ACACAACUUCUCCUUGACAGUUGUGUGUGAAGGGUUACACCAUCUCUGGUUGACAAAUAAAGCCAGACCUCCUCCUUUCUUCUUGCCACUAGCUUGAGCAUCUCUGUCUGACCUUAUGAGAGUGAAGCCAGGUAGAUCCACACUGGGGUCCAAGUUGUUUUGAUUCAACCAGGUUUCAGUAAAAUACAGGAAACUGCACUCACGUUAUACUUUCUCAGUCUUCACCAAUAUCUCCAGCUCAUUGCUUUUGUUGGGCAGAGAGUUGACGUUUCCCAUGAUGAUUGAUGGAAGAAAGGGUUUAUAUCGCCACCUCCUAGCAUUCAGCUUUGCCAUCUACUUUGCACCAGCACGGCAACCACAAUGACACCUCUUGAUGUCCUCUGGAAUUGUAUGUUGUUGUCCAGAUUUGCUUUUCCUCAAUGAAAGGAGCUCUUCACUUGAGUAAACUCUUCCCCCCACAGAAGUAUCCAUCAGCAGCCAACAAAAUGACAACAAAAUAUUAAAAAAAUCUAGUAGAAAUUAUAAAAAUUACAGAUAAUACGGAGAGACCAGACUUGCAGCAACCUCUCAGUUCAAGCGCAUUAUUUGAAUGUCAUCAUUUAUGUCCAGGUGUGAAUUUUCAAGAUGAUUUUGGUUUAACCCUUGGUUCCUACCACGUCCAUUUUGAUGGACUAUGAUGUCCAUGUUCUGCAGUGUGGAACAUUUGGACAAUUUCAACUUUGCCCUCACUUCAGAGCAAGUGGAUGGGCAUGCAUGAGGAUGCACAUGUCCUUCGGAUCAUUAGGUGAGAAGAUAUCACAUCUCAAAUAUGAAUUUAUUUUUUAUAUGCCUGCAAUCAGCGUAAUUGUGGUCAUAUUUUGGUUAGAGGUGGAUAACUACUUGGAAAUAGUUCCUUUCUUACAUAUUUCUUCUGAUUUUAUAUGCCUAUAUAUAAAACUAAUUUAAUAUGAACAAAUAAAUUCGCUCGCAUUUGGUUUGGUAGAGGACGAGGCUCGAGAACAGAAGGUGAAAUUGGCGUGUUUUUUCACUCCAAUAGACUCACCUGUUUAGAACGUACACUUUAUCAAUAAAUACGACAUGGCGCACAAGAACUGGCAUAAAAAGGGUAAUAAAUCUAAUUAUUUAUUUGUUAUUUUUUUAAUGAUCAGAGAAAAAAUGUCAAAAAAAGAUUAUUUUAUGAACACUUCUACAUGUCUGUUUUGGGGACAAAGUAGGCUGGAUAGAGCUUAAAAGUCAAAAUUUAGAGUUUGCAGCUUUCUGUACCAGAUAGCCAGAUGACCCUUUUUACUCUCUUUUGGUUUCAGAUGUUUAUAUAUUUCUGCUUUUUGCCCUCUUUUUAUCUUAGCUCCUAUUUCUGCCCUCUGUCACACCUCAGUCUUCUUCUUCCUUUUCUUUCCCCGCCUCAACCUUGCAUUGGAUUUGAACCUGGAACCAUUUGAGUCAAAGACUGCAGACCAAUCUUCGCAUCCCAGACUGGGAUGUCUUGCCUUUUCAUUGUACCAUCUUUUUUUCCAAACUCUGGGUUCAGACUAAUUGUGAGGAAACCAUUUUAUUGCUCCAACACACGACAAACUCCUUUCCUGGGUAUGAACAUGUUGCCGCAGACAGCAGAACUAUCAACCAUGCCACAGGCCUGCAUCUCCAGGUUUAAACCUGAAACCAUAUGACACAAUGAUAGCAGGCCAGUCCACAACACUGUGGCUGUGUUUGCCUAUUUUGGUCAUCUCAUUUCACAAUUUCAGAAUGAGUAUUCAAAAGCCUGACUCGGACUGCAGUGUAGGGAAGUGUUUUAUCUUCACCUCACAAACAAUGUUCCUAAACAGGAUUUGAACCCUGAACCUUUCACUUAACUUCAGCAGUCAUUCAAGUAAUUCAGUCAAGGCAGCAACAGUUAAGAAAACAGCAACAGUGUAAGAAAAACAUUACAUCGCCAUUUCACAUGGAGGGUGCAGGGAUUUGAACGCUGGGACCUUCUGCUUUUGGUCAGAACUCCUUUCCAUUAAAUCACUGGUUCUUAAUCUGGAGUUCUGGUUCUUCUAGAGAAGGGUGUCAGAGAUCAAAAUGGAGGCACAAAGUUUUAAAAGUUCUGAGGCUGUUAAUUUUAAUUUGCACAUAUUGACCAAAUUCAGAAUAACAUUUUUGUUUGACUGUUUGGAUAGUUUGCCAGUGUAAAUUUUCUUUAUCUUUGUCUUUUUCGGUAAAAAUCAUAGACUGUAUAUAGAAUGGACGCUGUCUGCCUCCUCGCUGGGUGGAGCCACCGCAAGAACAGCACCCUCUGGUGAAGGGUUGCAGUAUAGGUCAUAAAUCCCACCUCCUCCAGCAAUCCCUAUGGAGCUGUAGACAAACUUUAGAAAUUUAUUACACAGAACAUAAAUUUUUCUCCUGUUUUUUUUUUCCUGGUUGCUAUGUUGAUAUGUAGUUAGUGUAAGACUGGUUUGUGCUCAAGUCCUCUUUUUUUCUGUGCAGCUCCAUUUUUAAAAGUUAUUAGGGGGUUCAUGUUUUCUAUGUUUGACACUUGAUACAGCCUAUGGGAGUACGAAGAUUGUGUAGCUUACUGUUUGAGCCAAGCAUCAUCAAAGGGACUCUCCUGCUGCAUGCGUACAAUGCUGCUUCGCGAGUGGUGGUUCAAGGAAGUGGAGAAAAUCCUGGAAAUACCGAGAGCUAUUCGGCCUUAAAUUCAUACAAUGACAGAAGGCAGAGCCAAGUUGUCCAUAGUGUAUACAGUCUAUGGAAAAACACAACAGUGUAUCUUUUUAGGGGUAAUGCCUUAAUUUGGUUGUUCAAGAGCUUAGACUUCAGUGUCAAUGCCCUAUAAAGCCCUAUUUCCCUACUUUACAUGGAAAGCCCUUUUAAGAGAUCUGAACCCAGAACCUUUUCACAGUAAGGCACAAGUUCAAUCCAUUAGACCACAAACUCCCUGUCUGUGCUUGCUUAUUAAGGUUUUUUCCCUUCACUAUUUUGUUAAGGUUGUUCAAAAGCUGAGCCUGUUUAGAGCUCCACUAACCAGUUUAUUGUUGCUUUAAAGAUUUGGUCAGACUACAAAGUGAAAAAGAAGUUAGUUGUCUAGCUUAUCUGCUUUCAGGAAGAUUAAGGUGAUUCCAAUGCUUGAUUCAUCCUCCAGUGGUAGGGUCAAGGACUUUCUAGCACUAUGUUGGAGACCUACUUGACGUAACCCAUCAGCCAUAGAGGGUUUGCUUGUUUGGGUUUAUUUGAUAUCUGGUCAAUUAUGGCAAUUCAAAAGUUAAGUCCAGAGCAUUGUAGAUCUGUAAUGCAAAGCCUCUGCUGGGGUUCAAACCCUGAACCAGGUGUCUGUUAGGUGGCAGAUGAAACAGCAACACAGUGCUCUCUUGCCCUGCUUACUUGUUCAGAUUUAUUUCAUGUUUUUCCUACUUCUCAGGAUAGUAUAGAUAGUACAGGAUAGUAUAGAUAGUAUAGUCAAUCAAAAGCAUGCUCCUUCUUUAGAGGUAUGUUUAACAUUCCUGUGAUAGAAAGCCAAGUAUACAUUGAGUAAGGACAAAACUGAGAAACUUGGUAUAUCAGUAUGAAUUGUAUUUUUUAUUAAGGUGUAGCUAACUGCAGUACUUUGUUAGGAUUCUUUGCAUUUUGUAAAACCUUGAGACGGUGUGAUCUUGUGAGAAGCUCACAGCUUCAGGGAAGACUCUUCUUGCCUGCAGACACAAAACUUCUGAGGACGGACUGCAGGAUGUGGAGGCUCAGCGGAUCAGCCACUCUGCCUGCCAGAUGUAUGAGGCAGCAUUUGCUGGAAAAGGAAAGACAACUGUUAACAGUUACUAUUGUUGUUUUUCUCCUGCUGCCAUUCUGCUGUUUUGUUUUCCUAAUGUUAGUUUGUCUUAAUUCUUGUUAAGUCAGUCUUGUAUUUCAUCUUUUUAAGCAACCAUUUUCAUUUGACGGCUAUGUGAGUGAGAAGGAACAGAUGUGAAGAAGAUUAGAUUAUGUAAAUGUUCAUUAUAUUCAAUAAGGUGUAAUUUAACUCAGUGUGAGCUCCACAUUCACAGCACUUGAUUUCAGUGUCAGUCAGAAACUCAGUGGUGCGCAAUGAGUUUUAUUAUGUGUAAUUGGCCCACAGCUGAAUGGUGAGGGGAAGACAGAUGUGUUUAAAACACUUACACAGCCCAGUGGAUAGCUGUGGUUACUGAGAGCAGGUACUGCUGAUGAAUGUGUGGUCAGAGUGAGACAUCUUGUGGUGAAAAUGGGAACUAUAAGCUGCUGUAUCCAUGACUACUCCAUAAUGUUCUAACCUGGCUCUUUAGGUAAAAGGGAAGUAAACUAAAGUCAUUUAUCUCAACGAAGUGAAGGCGGUAACACAAAAUAAGGGCAACUGAAAAGUCCUGUGGGUGAUGAUGGACAAGUCAAUAAAUGAAUGAAACAAAAUAGAAUAAACUCAAUUGAAACAACAUACCCUCUAAUAUGUGAAUUCACAGCACAGGGAAGGACAACACCUUCAUUUAUUUGCUCCAUAACAAAAAUGUUUGAUUUUAAAAAGCAUUUUGAAAUCUUACAUUGAAAAAAACAAAACUUACACAUGCACAGGAGGUAAUCAGCGAAUAAGAGUUAUCACUUUGUCCACAGGGGGCACCAGUCAACAUAAUCAGAGAUGUCCUCACACGAGCUUUGACCAGUUUUCUUCAAAUUAAAGACCAAAAAGAGGAGAUAUAUUGAGGAUAUACAGUACUUUGGUUAUCAAGAGGGGAAAUUCAAGUUUUCCACUCUGGAGUUGAUUAUGCUGCACACAAAGGCUAAGACACACUCACAUGCAUUAAUAGGGUGUUGUGGCGGUGCACUAAGGGACACAUGCAGAGUGAAGGGAUUUGCAUAUGGAUGAGCAUCCUGUGUAGUUGAGAGUAAAAAGCCUUGGUGAAGGGCAUCUUAGCACUACACAGGAGGUGAAAUGAAAUAUCCAGCUACCAGUACAAAUUCCAGACUUGGUCCAGUCUGGUGCUGGCAACUCUUUGGCUCCAUAGUCAAAUUUCUACAGACUGAACUCCUGCCAUCUCUAAUUUAAAGCAGAGGUUAAGAAAUUAGAGAAAUAUUGUUGAAAACAAAAUAAAUUUGACUCAGACACAAACAUACGAUUAGCAGGAAUAAGGCUGUCACAAUAUUAGAUUUUAACCUCAUGGUUAUUGUGGCCAUAAUAAAUCUCAAUACUGAAAUUAUCGUGAUAUUGUAGAAAAUUUAAGGAAAACAAACAACCAAAAAAACAGUCAUUCAAAUCUGAUAAGAGUGCAAGAUAAGCGUCGGGCUACUCAUUACUUUACAAACAUUAACUAAUAAACUCAGUUAACUUGUCAUCUAUUAUCUUCAAAUAGGGCAGAGUGGGGUAAGUUGAGCCAUAAGGUAAGCUGAGCCACCCCCUGUUGCUUGGAAAUGGUAAAAGAAAUUGAUCAUAUGACCAAAUAUUAAGGAGAUGGGCAUCAAUUCAUAGAGUCUGUAAAGGUUAGAAGCACAUGGGCAAAGGGGAUAGAUAUUUAUUUCCAAAAAAACAUUUUUCACUCUUGAAAGUGAAUUUAGUCUGUCUUGAGUUUUAUUAAAAUUGUGUUCAGACCAAAAAACAUCUUUUUAAAUUUGUUUUAUACAUCAAUUGGUGUAUCUAUGAGCUACAACAUGAGGUCAAAAACCUAACAUGAUAGUCCACCAUUUUAGAUUAGAGGACUAAUAAAGUCAUAACAGUGGUUCUGGGGUAAGUUGAGCCAGUGGCUCAACUGAGAAAAAUAAAGGAGUCUGAUGAGAGAAUCAGAGUUUCAGUUCAGAUUGUUGAAAUGUGUAGGGAUAUGGCUCAACUUACCCCACUCUCCCCUAUAUGAUAAAUUAUCAACCCUGUGCCAGAAACGCUGUUAAACAAGUCAUUAUCAUGCUUUUACUUUGAUAAUCUUUUCUGUCUUGCUUAUAGGUUGCUGUUUAGCCUAAACUGCCAAAGUUUGCUUUCAUUCUGAAAUAUAACUUCUACUGUAGAUGGUGAUGUUACACAACACAAUAAAUGAUCAACUUCAUGCCUAAUGCUGUGUUAAUUUGUUUCCAAUUUAAUUUUAGUUUUUAAUUUUGUUAUUUUUUAUUGUUUUUAUGUAUUUUUAUUGAAACUUCAAUUCAUCUUAUCAAUAUUUUUUCAUCUUAUUUUGUAUGUAUUUCAUUAAUUUUAUUAAUUGUAUUUUAUGUCCGUUUAAUUAUUGAUUUAUUUUUUAUAUUUUUGUUUAUUUUUUUUCUUUUAUUAAUAAACUGAACUAUUUCAAAUAAUAUUUCAUAAUUUUGCUUGUUUAUUUUCGUCAUUGGUUUCUUUUGGACGGUUGUUGUAUCGGAGUCAGAGUUUUCAUAAGGCGUCUCUAAAUCAUCCCCGGAGUUUAGAGGUUUAAAUUUCUCCUACAUCAUGUACUAACCUGUUUUCACCACAAGAGGUCCUCGUCGUGACGGAAAAAGGACAGGACCAUCCAUCAAGUUACAGCAGGUGACAAAACAGUUCAUACAGAAAGCUAAACGUGUGUGUGUGUGUGUGUGUGUGUGUGUGUGUGUGUGUGUGUGUGUGUGUGUGUGUGUGUGUGUGUGUGUGUGUGUGUCUUUCUCACAGAUGAAUUAUUACCAUUCUUUAUUAGUUUCGAUCACAGAAGAUUAAUGGGCGAAGUCAUGAAAUUGUUUGCAACUUACUGACUUGCAUUUAGCCAGAACACUAUUUAUUAUGGGGACAGCUGUUUCUUCUUUCAUUUCGUGCCAGUGUUUGUUAAUACACAGCUGAUUUAUUGGUGUUUUGACCAUUUAUUAUUUAAUCUUUGUUGUGAAAUUAGACAGGGUGUUGCUGAUUGUGUUUUUAGUGAACUUGUCCUUUUCUUGGAGCGCACACAGCUCCACAUAUGGUCAUAAUGUCUCCGCCCAGCAGACAGGAGGCUCCCCGCCCCGCGCGUGAGAGAGUGAGUGAGUGUGUGGACGAAGAGAUAACAGUGGAAACAGGGCAGGGUCUGUUUUCACAGAAAAGCAGCCUGGAUGCGUGCGCUCUCAGCUUUCUGUUUCGUUAGAUGACAAGCAGUCGUUGCGCUGACACGAGGCUGAGACAGUGCUUUGACUCGAACCUGCUGCUGUUGCGCCUGUUGUUCGUGUUUCCUGUGGGCGUUGCUGCGCUGCCACCGGCGGCGUUGCUCAACUUCUGGAAGUAUGAGGAUUUGUUGUGAGAGCUGAGGGGGAAUGCGUAGAUUUGCAGGAUUUUUCUCUAGUGUUUUCUUCCUCGAGUGAGUGUCGUGACUUCGGCCAACUUCGGCGUUAUCGGGUGUUUGUUUUGGCGUGCAGUCGACAGCAGACAUGCAGCAUGGUGUGUAGUCGCUCCCCAGCCUCUGACAGACUGUUUACCUGCGUUAAAACGGAGCGAGGUUGCACGUCGUGUCUGUGCAGGGGCUCCAUGGGUCACUGCCGUGCGUAACGCUGGCUCUCCAUGGAAGACUGGUGGAGAAGCCGCUCAUUGAAACCGACACUUUAAGACACUGAGAGACACUCGAAACAACAUGAGUCAAGACCAAGACGGGAUCUCCUUACCGGUGCCGUGUUUUGGAGCAUGUCCCGGCAGACAGAGCCUAGCUGUGGACAGCUCCUGCAGCGGUGGAGGUGGAGGAGGCACCCCUGUAAUCCCCGCAGCUGGGACUUUCUGGCAGGACUCUGUGGUGCCUGGAGGAGGAGGGGGGCUGAUUCCAGCAGCCGGGGGGUGUCCGAUGGACGGCGGAGGGUUGCUCUCCACUGGGAAGUCGAGCAAAAACAGGCCGGUGACGGUGGCCUAUGUGGUGAACGGGGAGCCGAGCCAGCAGUGCAACGCGGAGAGCAUGGCGCUGCAGUGUUUAAAGGACGCCUGUGAUACCGUGGGGAGCAAGCUCGAGACAGUGAACUUUGGGAAGCUGGACUUUGGGGAGACUGCAGUACUGGAUCGCUUCUAUAAUGCAGGUGAGUUAGUGCGAAAAGGGUCGGAAGUGAGUCAGUGAGGUCCCUUCAAAACUCUUCCAAAAUGCCUGAAUUAGCAGUUAAACAUUACACAUUAGACACUUGACAUGCACAUUUGCGUUUAACUCAACAUGUUCUUUAUCCCUUUGAUUAUUCAAUAAGAUCUGCAGGCUUUGUUAAGAAAUAGUCACGUUUAGCAUGCAGUUACUUCAUGAUGGUAUUUCACAGAAAAUCUUGCCUCACUUCCUAAUAACUUUCAGGGGUCAAAGGUCAGGUCAGGCUGUACCAGAGAGAUUGUCUGAUCGGAUUGUUGUUCUGUUGUGGAGCUCCUGAAGUUCUUAAAACAUAACUUUUACAUGACUUUGCACCAGAUAUUAAUUUGAAAACAUUGUGUGAGAACAGGUUAAUCAUCUUGUCUGCACAGCUUGAGCAUGCACACCAUAAUCAUGCUACAAGAUAUUAACUUGUCCUUACCAGAUAAUGUCAUUGUGCACCCAGUGUAUAUGAUCUUGUGGGAAAUCCUGAUUAACUUGAGCUUUUUUGUGGGAAAAAAUAGAAUCUUACAUGCACAAUUUUUGUUCUUAUCACAUGAGAGCAAAGACUUGUUUGCAUGAUGUUAUCUUGCUAGAAAAAAGUUUAUUAUGGUCUUGUGUGCACGAGUAAAUAAUGAUAAGAUGAUAAUAUUGGGCACAGAAGAUAUUGUACCACCAGCAUCAUCAGGUAGACGAUUUCUGGUUUUGCAGUUUGUGACAAAACCACGGAGGGGAAAGCAAUUCCGUGAUUACUCCCUCCUUAUGUUGCACAGAUAUGCUUCCUUUCCCAUGCUAGUGUCAGAGGUCAAAGGUCAGGCCAUGCUCUGUCACCUCUCUCGUCAACAGUUUGCCUGCAGGACAGGUUUCCCCACGUCUCUGAACACAGCACACAGCUCUGCAUGUCAGGGCUUGAGGCUGCUGCAUUCAUGUCCCACUCAUUUCCACUCUGCAGAGCUGGAGAGCAUCACUGCCGUUCUUUAAUUCGCUCCCAAAAUAUGUGAGUGAUUGUUUUAUUUUCCCCCCACCACGCAUACUUUUCCCCUACAUUGUGCGCCUCUUUUAUCAUGCCUGAGUGUCAUGGGUUGAGCCAUGAGGCAGGACUUUCCACUGGAAUCUACUAACCCACUUUCCCCUCUGUUACUCAGACUGGAUGUGUAUUAGUUGGCUCUUAAUCUUGCUGGAAAGGUGCAGCUGUAUAGUAAACAGUGAAAAACACUCUAUGGAAAGCAGAGGUUUUAAAGGGUGGUGGUCAAAUAAAAAGCAGCUGUAAUGUACAGGGCCAGUCUGUCAGUGAGCAGAGGAGCCAGGAGCAGCAGCCAGUGUUUGCUUUUCACUCAGAUAUUUGGCAUGAGGAUUUGUUCAGUUCAUGCUGCAGGGAUUACUCAACCCGGAUAUGUACGACUGCUAUCAAGAGGCAUAAAAUCUUGGCCUGGCAAAACAAGAAUACAAGAAAGGAUAUGGUUGCAUCAAAAAUGAUUGUGUCACUGUUUACAGAUCCAAAGUAGUGACGCUGUAAUCGUUUUGUUUAACAAAUUAUGAACACAGAGACGCAAAGAAGGUGCAGAUUUACCCAAGAAGACUUAAUCCAAGAGAAGAAGAUAAAAUAAAGUGCAAAACCUUUUGGUGUAGUUUGUUUUCUGAGCAGGUUUAAUGGUAUUAAACAAAGCAUAGUUCCUGGAUAUAGGUGCUUAGAUGCAUUGGGUUCAAGUGGAAUUGUAUGCAUGUUAAACAGCCACCUGCUGUGACCCUGUUGGACUUAGAAAGUUGGGGGUGGGGGGUGAAGGAAGAGAGAGUUACUGUAAGAAGUCUUCUAUGAACACUGGCCUGGCUUUUUGAUUUUGAUAGGAGUAAUGAGAGGAAAUAAGCCCCCAUUAAUCAAAGAUAAAAAUUUUUGCAAGAGACUACAAGAUAGUCAGUGCUAGGUAGGGCUGCUGGAUUAUGACUAAAAUUAAAAUCAUGAUUAGAUUGAUUGGUAUUGAUAUUGUGGCUAUUACAAACCCAUGAUUUCACAUCUGCAUCACAUGCAUUUAUGCUACUUCAAACCUUGAAACCUAAAACUCCUCACUUAAACACAAUAAGCUGUAAUCAAAAUUUAACAUAGUUGUGUCUACACUUUUUACCCUUGAACAUUUUACUGAAAGGUUUUAUCACACUCCAUCGGACCUUCACAAUAAAAGCACAGCAGUGAAACUAGACAGUUGUACAGUUUCUGUUCAACACCAAGCAGGACUGUUUCUUGUAAUAACAUCACAUUGUUAGUUGUACAAAUACAACAACUUCUCUCUUUUUCCCUUUUUUGUCUUCCUCUUCACUACAGUGGAAUUUUCUCAUAAUUCACAUGGGAGGGUCGAGGUAUUUUCCCAGAAACUUGCUGCUGUAUCUGUUCAAACACACACUGCCUCAUCCUCUUCCUGCGUUAGUGUGUGGCAGAGAUGAAGGCCAGACAACAAAAACCUUUAAACAAUGAGCUCAGAGAGUCAGACGGAAAGUUUGUGGGUCUCUGUUAAAGUUUGGAGAGAUGAUUUUGCCAGAUUGAAGCACUUCAUGUUCCCAAGUGUCCUUAAAAGGAGGGUUGGCAGAGGCCGUUCUAAUAAAUCGUCCAGCCAUGGGAGGUUUUGAGAAAACUGUAGAUGGAAGCACUUGCCAGCAGAGAUGACUAACUGUAACAAAUCAAUGUGGGUUUGUUUCCUGUGGUUCAGGUAUUGAUCACUGAAGUUACAGUGAAAAGUGUGUAAAGUGCCGAUGGUUCCUGUUUAGUCAUAUAGACUCCUUUGGGGUAAAUUUGGGGUUCGUUGUCAUCCCCUUGGACUCUUUGACAUGUAGACAGUAGACCCCCAUCCCUUUGACUGAGACAUGGCCCACUCUACUACUGAGCCACAGAUGAUCAUAUGAUAUUGGUGGAGACCAGUCAAAAGGGAUGUGGCAAUGAAUGCCCUGAUUUUUGUCAUGGAAAGGUGUAAAUCAUCAGUAUAACAAGAUUUUAAAAGUAGGUCUGCUGCCAGCAAUUACUUUCCAUAUCAGUUGGAGCCAGAAUUGAUGUAUGUUGAGGUCCUUUGUUGUCUCAAAUUUUGGUUAAAGCAGAAAUUUCCUCUAUAAAACAAUAUCGAAUUAAAAAAGAAAUCAGCAGCUUUUCACAUUUAGUGGUCUGAAACUUGAAAAAAAAUGUUUGUGCUUCAGUAUCAUGAUUAAUGUAGCAUUUUACCUUGAUUUUUUUAUUUUGUCUGUUUUGUUUGUUUCACUCUUUAUCCUUAUAGUUUAUUGGCUAAGUUUGUGCUGUAAAUUUACUCCAAUGUUAAAAUAGAGUAUUUUUUUCCAACAGAGGAGUGCAUAUACAAUAUUUGUGAUUUUAAAAUAGAUUCACUGAAUCCUCUUCAUAUUUUGUAGCAUUUGUUAACACCUGUUAUAGACGGCUGCUCUAUGGAGGCACUUGCAUGUGGCUGUGCUUGAAGUUUGAAACUAAUAGGUGGUUUCCUGUAGUUGCUGACAGUUUUUGUUGGGUGUCAAUUUUUCUUGGGUACAAGCUUGGGUACGAGUUGCUCAGUCAGCUUGGUUUUUGAGUUCUUCCCAUGUAUUGCAGACCGGUUGAGGAGGAUUAACAUGACUACAGAACAGUGCAUGAAUGUGCACAAAUACUUAACAUGGGGCAAGGUUAGAGCAGUUGAAGGUUCAGAUUGUUGGUUUCUAUUUUUGAUUAAUUGCUGCGCCUCAUGGCUAAGGUUGAUAAAAUAUUGCCAUGUCAAUCUAUUGCUAUAUUGAUCACAACCAUAGCCUGUGUAAGAAGAUUAGCGGCAAAGAAACACCCCUAAAUUAAAGCCAAAAUAAUUAAAGCUCCCCCUUACGAUUGGCUGCAGUGUAGACACAGAGCCCACCUUUUCAAUGCAAACAGAUGGGACAUGGGUCAGGCUAGAAAACUAGAAUACACCACAAAUGAAGUUUCUUCAACCAUGAUUUUGUCAUUAUGGUUAGUUCUUAUUGUGCAGAUUUAUGUUCAAGUGUUAAUUUCCUGAAAAGUUGAGUUUUAAUUUAAUAAUUAAAUCUUCUGUGGGGAGUUCAUUGAUCCUAAUGAAUUUGGCUGAAAUCCAUGUUGAUGCCUUAUUCUGUUAUUCAAAUGCAAACAAGAUCAUUAGCAACAAGAUUGACAGUUCAAACUCAAACCAACAGUUCCUUAAAGUAGCUUUAAAUAAAGAAAAAAAAGCUGUAAAAGUUACAAACUUUGUGUAUUUUUGUACUUACUAUCCCUGCUGAGGACUUAAAGACCCACUCAGUGAAAGUCAUUUUUUUCUUGUUGUCUAAAUGUUCAUAUGGCAUUUUUCCUAUACUAGAGGACACAUCAAGAGAAAAGUAAGUGCAAUAUUGCAUUUCUGAGUAUUUCUUCACUAAAAUUGCUGUGAAUCUCUAGCAGACCCAAAUGGCAGGCCCAGACACAGUGGGAUUUCCUAAGUUAUAACUCCAAGCUCCGCCCCCAGAGCCCCACUUUGCAGGCCAGACUAAGAGAAAUAGAGAGGACAAUUGCGGAACAAGCGUCUGCGUUAGCGGACUGCUAUGCUCAUAAGAAAGCUAAUUAUGAUAUUACCUUUCAUAAUGUCCCCAAAGACAUUAGUGUCUGAGAGCUGAAAAGCUAUUAUGUUACCUGCUACUUCUGUUGCACCAGCAAUGUUAGGCUACUAGCUAGCAUGAAGAGAAGUGUGCAGAGCAGCAAUGUGUACGCCCACAACUCAGAGGUGAAUUUCUAAUGAGCUACUGGAGCUCUGCAGAAGAAAAGGGAUUUUGGCUAAAAACUUCAUAAUCACAAUUUAAAGACUUCUGAGAACACUUUAAGAAGUAAAAAAUGAUGACUUUAAUAUUUGAUCUUCAUUAGAAUGAUCUGCUGCAGCACUUAAACAGUGAUUAUCAGUGAAACAAAAACCCUUUGUCAUCCUUUCAAAUUUCCUUCUGCACUGAGUGGUCAGUUGCAGUGGUCUGAGGGAAAAGUUUUUAUUCUGGGUCCAAAAAAAGCAGCAGAUAAAAUCAAUAUUCUUGCAAGCAUUUUUCAUAGCUGCUGAUUCACUCCUCCAUCCCUCCUGACUCACUCUAAGUCAUGCUUUGAGUUUGCCUUGGCCCGAGCAUGGAGCCAAAAACUUUGUUUGACUGAGCACAUUUUCAGAGUACAGCAGAAGUUUAGCAAUAAAGUAUUUUAUUUGCUAAAAUAUAACUGACAAGCUCCUGGCUGCAACUGAUACAGAGACUGAAAUCUUGGGUGAAAACAACAAAGGAAGGGCGGACUUAUCAAAAAAGGAUGUGUGAGAUCAACAUAACUCUUUCCUACACACAAAUUAUCUCACAAGAAGUCAAUGUCAGACUGAAUAUAUGAAAGAUAAUUUCAUAAUGAGAUUUCGGUUUCACUGUAAACCCAUUUGAAUGACUUCCUCUUGCUGUAAAAUAGCAAACAAUGAGGUUGUUACGGUUGCUGUGUAGAGUCCUUUCAGCAAUUUGAUUCAGAGCAUCACCACAGAGUUAAAGUGAAACUUGCAGGUAUCAAACCUUAUUAAAUCAGUGUGUUUUGAAAGUUUAUACAGUAUUUCCCAAAAUAUCUGAAGUAAUACACUGAAGAAGUCCUGGAGUACUAUUUGUGAAUGUUUUUUUACUUCUAGAUCAUAAACAGACACAUUGGAUGUGACGCAGCACAAGGGGGUCCCACUGUUUAAGCUAAUGUUCAGAAUUAAGAAAUAUAAAUCUUGUCCUGUCAAAUACAUGAAGAAAAUCUGCUUGUGUGGUAAACUUGUAUUUAUGAGCCUUUUUAGGUGCCAGAAAAAGCAGGAUCAGGAAACAUAAAGACCAUAAGAGAGAAGUCCAGUUUGUUUGCAUACACAGUUACAGAAGGCGUGGCAGAGGGAGGUGUCGACAGAAUCAGCUGCCGCAGUGAAUUUUUCGUGCUCGCCAGUGGCGUAUAAAAUGAGCUGAAAGCUCGCUGAUUCAAACCUGGUCAGCUUUCAGCGCAGGUGGAGCACAGCUGUCGCCAUAGUGUGGCAUUACUGUCUUCAGACAUCUCUUGAUCUCUUUGACUACUUCACGAAAAUAGUAAUACGCCUCGACGGUGGCGGAUUUAAAGGCGAGGAGAGGAGCUUAUGUUAUUGGUCAAUACAGGUCUCGGCUGUGCCCUCUCUCCUUCCUCGCUACGACUUACGCCGCUCGGAGGAGCUGAGUUAGGGAGGGGGGAUACUUAAGCCGGGCUGCGCCGCUCACCAAAAUACCAAAUUGUUCUUGGGAACGCCUUGUCGGCAGGGCGGACCUGACUUACGCCACGCCUGCAGCGUGUCUCCGGCGAAGCAUGAAAAUAGAGUCCAGUAAGUCCACCUCCACUCCAGUGGGUGGUGGUAUGCUCCUUUUCAGCUAGUGUACCAAAACAACCGUGCCAGUAAGAGGCUAACAGGUUGUGUGUCCAACAUCGAAACACCGACAACCCUACAGCUCUGUAACUUACUACACAUGAUACAAUGUCUUUGUUUUAUUUUACAUCUCUUCUUAUGGGGUGUUCACACCAAACGCGACUUCGGCGACGGCUCCCAAUGCAAAGUCUAUGGACAGCCACGACCUGACGCGACUUGGCGACCGCCGGCUGCCUGCGACGCGACCUGCCGAGGUCGCGUCGCCGAGGUCGCAGGACGCCAAGUCGCGUCGCCGAGGUCGCAGGACGCCAGGUCGCGUCGCUCCCAAAGUUCAAAUAUUUGAACUUUGGGAGCGACUAUCCGCGACUCCGUGCUGCGACAGCCAAUCAGGGCUCCGCUGACGUCAACAAACCGGCGAAGCAAGGAGGAGGAGAAGAAGAAUCACAAUGGAGGAGCAGUGUAUCACUGCUGUGAGUUAUCACCCGGUCCUGUACGACGUGGGGUGCGCGUUUUACCGGGACAGCACCUCCAAGGAGGAGGCAUGGGCGAAGGUGGCCCAUGAUUUCGGGCUUUCUGGUCGUUUGUUUAUUUAUUUCAGUGAGCAGACUAUUUUCUGAACACAUAGCAAACUUCCCCUGCUUGCUAGGCUACAUGUUUCAACGCGUGUGUGUGUGUGUGUGUGUGUGUGUGUGUGUGUGUGUGUGUGUGUGUGUGUGCCGCAAGCGCUGGAAGGGGCUGCGGGAUGUAUAUAUGAGGGAGAAAGGGAGGGAGAAGGAAGGUUGGAGAUGCGGGUCAGCGGCGACCAGCCGCGUCCUGCGACCGCAGCUUUGGACCCGUUGUGAACACACCAAGGUGCCACACAACGCGACGUGACUGACCGACGCGACGUGACCUGGUCGCAUUUGGUCUGAACACCCCUUUACUCUGUUGAGGUUUUGUUUACCACAAGUUUAGAUGCUGAAAAUCCAACAUGCUAACUGUAGAGCAUACCAAGAACACUUAAGGCCGGUCUAAAUAUGAUGGUGCUAGGCUUCCGCCAAAAGAUUUUCACAGUCCCAAACUAAAGACUGAAUGUCUUAAGUAAAUCUUGGAGUUUUACUGGAGUCACAUCUUACUCCUGUUAUCUCAAUUUAUGGUGGUAAUCUGCGCUGUUUUAUAUCAGUCUUUUCUUAGUCUUGGGUUUGCGAUAAUAUGACCUCUAACAAAAGCAGAAAAGGAAACCUGAAAGUCAAAACAAGAAGAACAAGAAUGUAUAAAGAAUUACUGGCGAUAAAUUCAAAAAUAACGUUUUUUUGAAGCGCUACCUCAUACUCAGUAUGUAUCAGUAUAUGCAGCGCACAUGGGCUGCGGCGCAGGGCGCGUGUAUCAAGAAUUACUAUAGGCAAGUUAAGAGUUGUGAACACACAGCUGAUUGAUGCCUCCCCCCCCACACACACACACACACACACUGAACUGAACUGUCAAGAAGCGCUAAAAGAAUCUGGUUCUAGUCUUUCAAUAGUUGUAGUCUUGUAGAUAGUGACCCUGCAAGAUUAACAGUCUUUGUAAAAUCUCAGUCUGAGACUAGGCUGUGACUAAAAUCUCUAAACACUUGUCUUUAGAUGUGAGCAGGUGUAAGCUGAUAGUUUUCCAGAAGUCUUUCCCAAAUCUUCUGAUGAAUAGCAGGCCUUAGCCUGACUACUGGAUAUUUGAUUUAGUGCUACUUCAGUCAAGCCCGUGUGUUAACAUAUAUUUUGACAGACCAGUUUCAGUCAGACUAGACUUUGGGGUAAGGUGAGGUGCAAUGGGACCCAACAGAGAAGAGUGUAGGUGUCACAGUGAGCGAGCAACAUUAGCUUAUUAUAUCUAACACUGUAUUUACGUCACAGAUUGUUAGUUUAUAAUAACACGGUGAAGAUACAUAUGAUUUAGAGAAAGGGAAAAGCAGAUUUAACAUAGUUAUAUGUGUAUAAUUGUCAUUGUCAUGCCUUGUAUCUUACGGAGUCAGUAUAUUGUCAGUAAAUAGACAGAAAGUAUAUAGAUCAUGAAACUUUAGAGGAACCAUCAUGUGUGUGAACAUGGUUUUCUUUCUCUUUGUCACUUCCUCCACCCUGCAGCUCAUGCACUUGAUCUUAGCUUUCUCCCUGUAUGUGUGUUUCUGCACCUCUGUCUUUUCCCGCCUCAUAUUUAAGACAGAUGAGGGGGAAAAAGAGAAACAAAUAGAGAGACAUGGAGGGAGAGAGAGUGAUAACAGUGUGCUCAUACUUUAUUUUUACAGGUGCUGGUGUCAGAAAAGUUAGAGUGAAGCUGAAAAAACAGCCUCUUUUCUCUAAGUAUCCACCCAUAUCAGUUGUUAAACAUGUAAAAGAAUGAUUAACUGUCCCAGCAGCUAUUUUCACCCCAAGUUAUAUAUUAAUGCAGCAUAAAAAUUAACCUUCAAGUUGCAAUUUAAAAAUGUAGUGGCUAAUACUGAGAUUUAUCAGCCCUACAUUGUGCAGUCCUCUGUUGUUCCCUCCUUUACCAGGAAGAGGUUUGUUAGGUCAGAGCUGUGGUAUGCAGGGCUUUAUCUCUCUAGUUGAUGAUUAUGUUGCAUUACUGUGUAAUUUGCACCCAGCACAAUGGGUUUUAAACAAUUCCUGAGCACUUUGAAAGCAGCUUUGUAGCUCAGUCUGAGUGUUUGCCCGCCUCUUGUUUGCGCUGAGAGCACGACUCCACCGCUCACCACUCUGCCAGCAGAGCAGGUUAAAACACACAAAUUGUUUUCAGGCUGCGCUUGGAGGUGAAGGAUUCAGUUGCUGGAAAGAGUUUGAAAGCAUUUUAGCCAUCAUAAGUUCACUAAACUUCUUUAUUUAAUCAGAUUCAGUGCAUGGAUGGUAACAGUGUAGCUGUGCUGAGUAAAAAAAGUGAAAACAGUUGCCCUGAAGAGCAGAUGUAAUCCUUUCACAGCAGGUGAGCUCCUACUGUUUCCACUGUCAACAUGACAUGGCCUCAGCUGACAGCUUCUAGUUGAGAGUGUCCUAAGCAUAGGACUGUACGCCUGACAGAGAGACUCAGAAAUCCCAUCAGCUGGCGUUCUGCUAAGUUGUUUAUCCUCCUUGCUGUUUACUCUGCAUGCUUGGCUGCUCCAGAGAGGUGAAAGAGCACAAGGUCAGAGGGAAUUAGCCCACAGGUCACUCAUUGGUGUCUGAGGAAAAGUGACAUACUGUCAUUGUGAGAAGUACUGUAGAUAGUAGACAAUGUGAGUUUGUGUUUUCAUGCAGAGAUUACUCAACAGGAAGUUAAGUGCAGACACAAAAUCGGAAGCUAACUGGUAAAUGUAUUAUCAUGUCAGCUUUUUUGCUUUGACAUUGUGUGCAUGCUCUGCAGACUCAUUACAAUAAUCAUCCAUGUCUCUGAGUAUUUCAGUCUUUCAAACAGCAUUCCUCAUACCCUAAGCUUGUAGUAAGUGCUGUAAACUGUGAACCCCGGGGGUUGAAUUCUUGAGUGGCUCUAAAGGAGAGUGACAGGAGAUGGAGAAUCAGAGCAUAAAAGCUUACUUUCAGAUCUUAACAGGGUUCGUUUGAGGUGAAGAAACAGCAUGGGAGGGACACAAGAGUCUUUGAAAACUAAGCUUGUGGAGAGCAAAAGAAAGUGACUCAUUUGUCAGAAUAAUGAUAAGGUACCAUGAAACACAAAGUAUGCUUAACCUAUCCCAAAAGAAUGAUGAGAUUUCAUUGUGUAUGGGAGUACAUGUGUACAAGACGAGAUAGACUGGAGCAGAAGAAUGUCAUGCUAAGAGAUAAAAACAUUUUCAUGCAUGGUGCAAAAUUUAACGGUCGACCGAUAUCAGUUUUUCAACAACCAAUGCCGAUAUCAAUGAUGUGAGGGCAGGUCUGUCGAUGGCCGAUAUUUAAUGCUGAUAAUGCUAUUUUAUUUUAUCCUACAGUAAAUGGAAUUGGUAUGUAUUUGCAGUUAAAUGAAAAUCUUUAAUAAUUUGGAAUUUUACAAAGUACUUUAAAGGCCUUACCGAAUCACAAGUGAAACCUAAAUGAUAGUCAACAGUUAACCAGUUGCACAGUUGUGUCACAGUUGUGUGGCGUCUGACCAAUCAGAUAGUGCUGUGGUAAUGUGAUAGAGUUAAGUGAGGCCGAGUGAUAACAGACCUAGAGAGAAAGACAUACCAACAGUGGAGACAGAGAAGCACAGUUUCAUUCAGAAGGCGAAAGGUAAAUUAAAACAUUAAUAACUGGUUACAUACUGGAUGAAGGCCUUGUAGCAACUCAAACUGUAAGAACAGCUAGGCCUCAAUCAGUUAUUAAUAGUCUCUUAUGCAUUCAUCCUCAAGCUGUGUGUUUUAUUGUGCACAAAUCCACUGAUAUCAGUUAUUCAAUGGCUGAUACUGAUAUUGAUCAUAAUAGAGCAGGUUGGCCAUCCAAUUACUUAGUCCACACAAAAACACUGCUGCACAAAAAAGAAUGCAAAAAUGUGGGUGAGGUAAAAGUAUCACAAUGAUCAUGUUGUUGAUAAAUCUACAGCGUGUUAUUCCCACACUUUGAGUAGCGGCCACUUUUUCCACAAUAUAUCUGAGAUGUUUAGGAAAAUAGUGUUUUUUUAACAUUUCACAGAAACAUUCCACCUCCUUCAUGCUCAUGCCAAAGAUGAAGCCUGGGAAUCAUAAAAGAUGUUAUUAUUCAUCCUCUGGGAAAAUUAAUUAUUGUUGAGAAGUUUGUUCAAAUGAUGUUUUGAUAGUUAUAGAUAUAUAUUAAAAAAAAAAAAAAAACUGUAUUCAAAAUAAUGAUCAGAGUUCAUCCAUUGGGGACGAUGAUUAAUAUCCAACAGUUUGAUUCAGUACAUUUCUUUGAUGUUUCCAUAUAUCAUGCCAAAUAUAAUAUGAAAAAUCAUAUCCCAGUAAUCAAAAGUGCAAAAAGUGAUUUUGAUUCAUACUCUGGGAAACAUAAAUGUAUGUUCAAAUGUUUGUUUGAUGCAUGCAUCUUUUGGAAGUUUUGAUACUUUUUGUUGAAGGAAAUAUUUAAACACACAGGCAUGAACAAGAAUCAGUAUUCAAUGAAAGUGAUCAGAAUUCAACCUCCGGGGACCACAAUGGACAUUCAAAUGUUUGUAACAUAAGUGAUUUUAAGAAAGCAUAGUAUAAUGAAAGUGAUCGGGGUGUAACCUGUGGGGAUCAUGGAUUUGUUUUCAAAAGUUGGUAUGGAUAUAUCAUAGUAAUUUUUGUGGUUUUUGGGGAUGUGUAAAAAGUUACAUAUGCUGGCAAGUAUGAAUAUUAACAAAGCUAAGCACUUUUACAGAGAUUAAGAUUCAUCUUCUUGGAGCCACAAAUUAUCCAAAAGUUUGUUCAAACUAAUACUUUAACUAACACUAACCUAUACUGAUUUGUAGGUGAAACUAGUAACUAGUAAUACUAAAACUAGUAAUAAAAAUUCAGGGUAUUACAAAAGUAGUUGGGAAUCAUCCUCUAAGGACCAUGAACUAGAGUUCAAAAGUUUGUGAGAAUACAUCUUUUUGAUGUGUCUACUUUUAGGGAUGUGUAAAAAUUUGCUGUUGCUAACAUUAACUUAACUUGUAAACUUAAAAGUGGUUAGAAUUCAUGCCCUGGGAACCAUAAAUUGUCCAGAAGUUGCUCAGACUAAUAUUUUAGAUGUUUUGAUAUAUCUGGAACUGUAAAAACAUCAUUAUGCUGGUGUUGCAAGUAGCAAAAAUCUCAGGGUAUUACAAGACAUACUAGGUUUUACUGAGUAAAAUACUGAGAUACUGAGUAAAAACUUUAACAUGUUGGUAAAGGACACCAAAUAGAUGGAGGUUUAUCUGCUGGUUGCCCUGAGCAUCUGUUCAUGGGUUCAACUCUGGAGUUGUUGAGCUGCUGAAGACUUUUGUGCACCCAUGUUGUGAAGGUAAAAGUGCAACGUUGCAAAAAAUCCAUCAACACCUCAGAGGGCAGCUCAAUACACUGACGUCUAGCACAGUUUGCAUUCACUCAUAAAUUACAGGAACUCAGCACGUGUUUUUAUAGCCUUUUCUUGCACAGUGCAGUUUUGUUUCACUGCUGCAAUUUGCUCCUAUUGUUCCUUAAUCUGAUAAUAUAAAGGGAUAGAGAUAAGACUGACGCUGUUUACUUGGCAUACAUACAGAUACCUCUUGUCUCAGCAAAUUCUUCACCGAAACUGUGAUGAGGAGCUCAAUUCAGAAGGCAAGUCAGGGCAGCUUUCAUGACAGCACGGGUUUUGCUCAGUGUGUUUGUCAGCCGUGGAUGAAUUCACAUUCUGUUCUCAGCUCUUUUCCCCCUCAGGGAUGUGGCAUCUCAGUUUGUAAAAUCUCUCCUUGUGUGAAAAGGGUGAAAAGGCAGAGGUUUAAAAAAGAAAAGGGGGGGGGGGGGGGUUGCAACUGACAGGUUUGGUCUGAUUUCCUGCAUCAUGGUGUUUCCAGGACUCAGGGACAAAAAUAAAGGCAACAUUAAUCUCCAUGCUGGGCAGGGCAUCCAAACAGCAGAAUAAGCAUUGUCUCCUGUUUCCCAUAUGAUCCUGUGGGAAUGCAGAUGUAUUUUUGGCUAGAAACACACAGCCGAAAGACUUAUUUGGUGUUUUUCCUUCAUUCCUGGGACUGUAACUUCAUGGAAAAUGUUGUCUACACAUUGUGUGGUCUUACGUGUAGCUAAAUCUUGAAAUUUCUUGCAGAUGCUUGACUGAUUUGCAAAAAAAUUCCACUCCAUUUCAAAAAUAAAAGCCUUCCUGGAUGCAUUUUUACUUUCUUUGAGUUUUUGCUUACCUAUAUGGUAAAGGGGCAGUUGGUAUGGUCUUCCUAGGCAAAUAAUAAGAAAAAAAAAACACAGUAAAACUGUCUCUUUGCAUGAGAAAUGAAGUCGCCCUCAGGGACAAACAUGACCCGUCUUGUAUUUCUCUGGAACUGUUUCUAGGAUUUUGACAUUUCCAGGACAGGUUGAGGUGUCUAAUCUCUGAAGUAUCUGAUUAUCACCAUCCGUCUUUGAUCAAUGAAUACCAAGAUUUUAUCUCACGGAUCGCUUUGAAACUUUCCCAUCAAGAAAGCUUUGACACACGCCACCUUAGGGCAAGACCCUGAAGGCAAAGUCUAAAACAAGUCAGAAGGUGUUGCAUGGUUAUGAUUACCUUUUUGCCUCAUCUGGUAUGGUGCGUUUCCUAGUGUGCUUGGAAUCAUUUUGGUUUGAAUGUGCAUGUUUUGUUAAUUAUAUUCUGCCAACAGUCUUUUAAUGGGAAGGCUGCUCUGUUAUAACACAUUUAAAGUCCUUUUAUAGAGUGGGGGGGUUAUAAAAAUGAGCUUGUAAGGCUUCAAGGAUUCACACAAUGCAUUUAAAUGAGAAACAGAAUGUAAACAAAGCUGUCUGUUUACAAAAAAAAUCCACAGGGUAGCUUUCUAGUAAGUCCUCAUCUGUCAUCUCAAGUUUGUCUCUCUGUUAUGCAUGUUGCUUAAACCCGACAACAGUGAAACAUCAACUUUGGCUCUGUUUCAAGGAGUAAUCAUACAGCUGCUAUGAGACAUGAGGACAUAGUUACCAGCCUCUCCUUCCUGGAAAUUUGGCAGAAAGUUUAUACAUUUUACUCUCCAGUAGUUCCUUUUUUAGGGGAGUAAAAGGCUUCUUGAGUGUGGGAAAUUAUUUCCAGGGAAGCUUGGAGACAGUAAUUCCACUCUUUCCUCUCUUUCUGUCCUGUGUGUGGGAAAAGCUCCAGGGAAAUCCUCCCACUGCACUCUGCUCCACUAACACCAGGCUCACUCUAUCUCCAUUAAAAAGCACCACAGCGCAGCGGCAGCAGCACACUGAGGCUUUCACUCCGAGGUUUUACAGCAGUGUCCAUGGUUACAGCAUACUAUGUGUGGCUAUUACGUAAUGCCUUGUAACGAGUGCUGUAUUUACCUACUCCACCUGUUCCAUACCUGCAUACUCACACAUAACAAAACCGGAGACCAUUACAGCUUCACCCUGAGUGACCAGUGUGAGCCAAGCUUUCACUGAGCAAUUAGAGCACUGCAGUGAAGCCACGUAUUCAACAAGUAUGAAGUGUUUGCAGAGAGGCACAUACCCACACAUGCAAACACAGUUUUUCAGGUGAUGCAGAUCAGCAGAGUACUACGCAGACAAAAAUAGUAAUAUGUAGGGAUAGAUUGAUGUAUUUCAAUAACAAUGGUGAUGGUCAACAUCUGGGCUCAUGAGACUGAUACAAAAAGAAAAUAGUUCAUGUUUGCAGACACUGCAGGCAGCCAUGAGUCUGGCUGCUGUUGAGGGUCCUCUUGAUUGAUGUGUUUCCCCAUCUUUAAAGACAGCAGAUCAAAUCUACUGAAGUCCUUCACAAAUUUCCCUAAGGGAACAGGAGGACAGUAAAGUGUAUCAUAUCCUCUUAUUUCAUAUUAUAUCAUAUAUUAUAUCAUGUCAUAUGACAGUAUAAUUAGUAUACAUGCCCCGGCCAUGCAUGCAGCCUGUUACAGUUGCUGUUGUUACACUCUCAUGUUUGUACACAGCGAAAACUAGAGUGUUGAUUUAACUCCCACAGAGUUCAUUUACAUACACGCUUGCUGCAUAAUUCAGAGGUGCAGCAUGUCAGCACCACUGAUUCUAGUAUUCUGGUCACUAAAUAAAAAAAACUGGUCAUGGAGCACUGAACUGUCCUCGUUCAGCACCCAAAUUGAAAAUAUUGGCAUUCUUUAAAGAGACGAUAUGUAGUGAUGUGGACUCCGCACAAAGCGAAAAAGCUAGGGAAAACACUGUAUUGUAUCCUAUCAUAUCCAUGUAUUGUCUCAUAUAGUAUCAUGUCAUAUAUGGUAGUAUAGUAUCAUAUGAUAUUGUAUUGCAUCAUAUCAUACCACUUGUAUCUUAUUGUAUUGUAUCAUAUGGUAAAGUUUCAUAUUGUAGUCUCAUAUAUCGUAUUGUAAGCUAUCAUAUUGUAGCAGUGUCUCAUAAGAUUUUUCUAAUAUUGUGCUGCUCAACUUUAUAUCUUCAAAACUAAAAGAUUUUUUCAUUAUUAUUUAAAUUUAGCCCCUUUACAGUGUGCAUAAAUAAACUGAUGAGCUAUUCAGACCAGUUUCUAACAGGUUAUACUGACUGGAUAUGUCCAGACCAGAGUUUGUCAUUUGUUUUGAAGUCUAUUAAGAAUUGACCAAUCAUAUAUCAGUGGGCUUUGGUGGUUAUAGGAAAAAGAGUUUAUGUUGAGAGCAAAAGCAAGAGUAGAGUCUGUGAUGAUGACGUCCUUGCUUUUAUUUGGGUAAUCAAUGACAGUUUUUUAAUCUUUAAGAACAGAUCUCUUGAUAAAAGUUCAGCUAAUAAUACGUUUAGACAAAGAACUAAACUUGACAAGGUCGGUCUGGAUUAAGUUUACUAACAGCCUGGAAUGAGUCCAGAUUCAUACCCUGGUAUUGCAAUGCUGAUGUAAGGCUGUGUGAAGCCUUUGUGUUAUUUACUAUCAACUGUGAGCGGUCACAUCCACUGAAGGUUUUUUGGCACUGGCAGAACUCACUACCCCAUUUUCAGAGCACUUCUCCCUGGUGUUUAUUGUCGCUGGUGUAAUAGAGUGGUUGUCCAGCACUUUUGCUUCCCUCAACAGUGACCAUUGGGUCCGUUCUAAAAUGCUCUGUAUGCUCCAUAUUUGCCUCCAUUCAUCAAUAUUUUACUAAGUAAACAGAAAACCAAUUGAUAAAGGUUUGAGCUCCUCCUGGAAAACUAGUGGUCACUUUUUCUCCCUCAACAAAGAUGUUAUCAGAAGUCCCGCCCCUUCUUGAUCAUGAUUGGUUGGUGGUUAAGAGGUUAGGAGGCCACAUUGCAUACACUAAAAUAUUUUAAUUUGAAUAAAAAAGUAGCUCAGAUUUUGUUGUGUAUUUUUUAAAGCUAAUUAUUGUUCACCUAAGAAUAAAGACUGUAUUAGUACUCAUGAAUGGAGCCCCAUCAAAAAUCCAAAAGAAGGUUGUGUUCGAGGGUCUAAGGCCCUCAAGAAAAGGCUAACAAGUGAACGUUGUGUUAAAAAUUGAUCAAAGAAAGACAGAAAUGAGCUUUUACUCCUUAAUGAACACAUGAUCAAUAUGUUAGCCACAGAUUUACGCAUAGACAGACACCCACUUUGUGUUUUUUGCAUCUACAUGAUCAGUGUGCGCUCGGCUCCAGGGAUGUACUGCAUAGAUGAAACAGACUGUUGGAGUGUCGUUAGCUGAGGGCUGUUGGGAGCGGCUGUUUACAUUUCUCAACAGCUCACAGUCUUUAAAAUAGAUUUCUUUGUCUGCAAAGCUCCCAGUUUGGCUCUCAGCCCUGCAGAGACACUUAGAGAUGCUGAGAUAAUCCAUAUCCACCUCAACUGUCUGCACCGCCAUUUAGUUCCGAUUGUGAUUAUAAUAUUGAGCUGAUCCUACCUCCCAAAAAGAGGGUGCAUGUUGAGCUGCUGCAGACACUCAGAGAGGAGCUGAAAUAGAUCUAGAAAGAUGAGCCGUCAGACAUCAGAACAAUCCCCUGUAUAUUCAUGCAGCUCUGCUCUCUCUGUGCUGCUCCCCCUCCUCUUCUCUCCCUCCGACACACUGCUGGGCCUGAGGAACCUGCAGCAGCAGGCUGAGUGCUGCUGAAAGCCUGGAUAUUGUGUGAGAGUAUUGAGUUAUUUUCCCUCCUCUGCUUUGAGCUGUAGGCGAGGGAAUCAAUUUAGAUUUGGUCAACAGCAGCAGGUCCAGCCGUAGGAGGUGUAGCAGGAUUAUCAAGGCUUCACUAUGCAUGUUUCUGGUCUUGUUUUUUCCAAUUUGUCUGAUCAGUCACUGGUUUCGAUUGCCCCAGAUCUGACUCUGAUUUGAGGUGAUUGCAAUGACAGCAGAGGUGAGCGCAUGUAAUCAGGUGGAGGCUCCUGUGAACAGGGAGGUUGUAUGACUCAGGUUACUCCACUCCACAGCCUUCUGUCAACACCAUGCUGGCAGGUCUGCUGUUAUGUUGGCAUGCACUCCGCUGUGUUGUUGCAUUGGUAAGCAAUCACGACAUCUGAGCGCUCUCCAGAACCAUGCAGACGCGCUGCUGUUGAAUCAGGCGAAACAACGGUCACUAUCUGUUUGAUGGUUUACAUUUCUGCCUCCCAGAAUUUGCUGCCAUUAUCCUCACGAAACCAACCAUGGCUGCACAAAAAUUCGAACACUUCUCUUUAUCAGAGAAGUUUGACUUUUUUGUUUUUUAUUAUUGUUUGGGGUGAUUGUAGCCUUUAUUGACAGGGUGAAAUGUGGGGAGACACGGGCAUGGUUUGGCAGUAUUUUGAUAAAGAAAAUGGAGAUUUGAUUGUAUGCAGGUUGUUUCUGGUUAAACUGGCAUAACCGCUCAGGUGGAGCAAUGCCCAACCACCAUCGAACAGGAUGUCAACCUGCAAAGAGGACUUCAGAGUGGUGCUUGUAGCUCUGCUUACGGUAACCACACUGUGCAAACUAUCCAUGCAUCCAUCCAGGGGGUCGUGGGGGGGCUGGAGCCUAUCCCAACAUCUUGGGGCGAAGCAGGGGACACCUUGGACAAGUCGCCAGUUCAUUGCAGGGCUGACAUAAAGAGACCAACAACUAUCCAUAUUCACACCUGCGGCCAAUUAGAAAGUAACCAAUUAACCUAACCCCACUUCUGCAUGAUUUUGGGAUGUGGGAGGAAACCGGGGUCCCCGGAGGAAACCCAUGCAGACACAGGGAGAACAUGCAAACUCCACACUCUCAUGUGCAAACUAAUUUGAGGUAUUUAAAAAAGUGUUAGGGGGGGGUUUAUUUCUUCUAUAGAACUGUUCUGACAUCUCUGACUUUGCCGGUGUCACUCAUUCAUGUGUCCUCCGUUGGGUUUCUGCAACAAGUAAGAUCUCGCGAGACAACUUGUAGUACACACACAAAUGCAAAUGCAAUUCAGGACACAUGAGAAAGUCUCAUGACCUUUAUCUGUAUGUUUAGCUUAAGUAGAUGACACUUAAGCUUAUACAUAAAUAACCGAAAAAAACAAAAUUUACUUAGUGGUUUUUGAGACAUUUUACUCAUGGAAAGUCAGGAGGACUUCUCCUCUAAGAAAUGAAAAUCUGCACAAACCGUUAUGGGCAUCCAUGAAAGAACUGUUGAGAUACUUCAGCAUGGACCAAGGUAGUGGACCAACAGAGGGACAGAUGUUGACAUCCUCACAAUAAGCAUGCCUGAAAAUCUAAGUCACAUAACAGUCAACAUUUGUGCCAAUAACUAAAGGGUAAACUGACUUUGCAUUUGAGCUCUAGAUUUACUGUGACUGUUGUGUCUGAACAGAGUUCAGAUCAGGACAUGUUGGAUCCAUUAAAACUACUGCGGAGCUUCAAAGUCUUCAAAUUUGCCUGCAAUCAAAUCCCAUGUAGAUGUAUUGUUUAUGUAUGUUCUUGCUCGGCUUGUGUGCAUUUAGACUGAUGCACUCCAUGCUGACAACACCAUGCACUGAUAGUCAAGUGUUGUCUGCUCUCGGGGGCUUUGUUGAGAGUACAAAGCACUUAUGAGGACUGAUUGCCUCUUCUGACUCUCCCAGCAGAACAAGACUCCCUCAUGUUGUGCCAUUCUUUUUCCUAUUUGCACUGAGGUGUGUGUGUGUGUGUGUGCGUGCGUGCGUGCGUGCGUGCGUGCGUGCGUGUGUGUUCUUUAUUCCUCUCCUAUAUUAACCCUGCCCUGUGACAGCAAACAUUUUCUUUGGCUCAGAUGUGGUCGUGUGAAGCAGGUGAGGUUUUCCAAGCAGCGCAUUUCAGAAUUACCCCACCCAAACACAAAGCUGCGUUUUAAAGACACGACUGCAACCUUCCAGAGUAGACGUCUGUGUGUCACUCUGCUGUCUUUCAAUGGUCUAUUUGCAUUAAAAUAUGGUUUGCAUGUCAUAUGGAUGGUGUCUCUAAACAGCAGAGAAAAAUUUAUGUUAUUUAUCUUUUAUUCAAUAGUCGACUUGUGCUGUCAGGCUGUUGAAAUUCAGCUGCACACCGUACAAAGUAACAGCUCCGAAGAAGCUUAACAGCCUUUUAUUUUGUAUAAGGCCAAGUAUGUCAAGUUUACAAUAAGAAUCUAAUUAACUUCAUGUAAACUCAUGAAUGAAAAAUGCACCUUAUAAUUUAAACCAAACAGAACAUUUAAAUGAAGCAGUGUAACAUGGAAAAUCAGGGGGUUUCAGUUAGGCCUGGACGAUAUAGAAAAAAAGCAUAUCGAUAAAAAAUAAAUCAUAUUGAUCGAUAUCGAUAAUUAUCGAUAUAAUUAUUAUAAUUAUUUAACAUAUAUUUUAAUUGCAGCCCUGGAUGUUUUAUGCUAUUGCUUAAUGACCUACUUUUAAUAAAGAACACACAAGCACUGAAUUCAAAUUCAAACCUUUAUUCAACCACCUUUUUUUUUUACCACAACUGAAAGUUUUUUUAAAAAAGAACUUAAAAAAAAAAAUCAACUUAAGUGGCCUGAGUGACAUCAGUAAAUACUGACAAACAUAAAGACUAAAGUGACCAGAAAAUCUGAUAAAUAAAUAUUUAAAUAGUCUUUUGAUGAAAAUAAACAAAACAAACAAAUAUAUAAAUAAACAGAAUAGCUUUAGGUGGGAAUAGCAUACUACCAGUUUUAACUGUGUGGGAAACUGCCCACAGCCUGGUGUCUGAACACUGAAAUAUUUCUCCUGGGGUCGGGAGAUUUAUUUUUUUUAAAUAUCAUGUGAUUGGCUUAAUAAACAAACUAAGCACGAGAAGCAGGACUUAUCCACGCCGGUGUUGUGUCGUAGAAUGCACCCCUGCCGAAUGCCCCCCCUGCUAGUAGCCAUGAUCCAAAUACUCGCGUCUUUGUAAAAUAUGAGCUCAUUUUCUUCCACUUUAAGAAGCUACACCGGAGCGUAUUUCCUCCGCACCCUUCUCACCUUUUCAACCCCUGACCCAUUUUCAUGCCUGAAGCGCUGUGUUUGAGAAAUACUUGCGGCCGGGCACUUCAUAUCGCGGGUCGAGAGUGGCUAGAAGCUGGUCGAAGCCAGGCUUUUCAACGGUAGUUAUUGGCAGUAUGUCCCUCGCUAUGGAGCAUGUUACUGCAUGGGUGAUGUCCUUAUGCCGCUUGGACGCUUUGUCGUAUUUUGGCAAGAAACGAAGUCCAGUUUGGUCUGCUUCACUUGCUUUGUGCUGGUGCUAACAGCGGUUCCAGAGGAUUCCUCCGACGACGACGUGGAGCCGCGGCGCGGCCGACACAGCUCGUACUCCUGCGGGUGCGAUCGGUUUAGAUGGUAAAACAAGUUGGUUGUGUUACCAGACUUGGUUUUUACUAAUUCUCUGCAAAUUUUGCAAACGACCGCUGUUUGCUUUUUGUCAGACUUCUAAAAACCAAAACAUUGCCAUGUUGGUGAACUACUGAAACCUUUUUUCGGGACAAUUUCCUCCGCUUCUCCUUGCUGUUACAUUAUUUCUAAUACACGUGCUGUCUGUUGUGGUUUGGUAAGGGCUGGGCUUGGUGCCGUAGCGUACCUGGGUCUGCGUUUGUGAUUGGUUGGGAGGAAGUAAUGACUGUAGUAAAAGCUACAUGAUAGGCUAUGAUUAAAAAGAAAGGGAAACUGUGUUUUUCUAUCGAACUUUUUAUCGACCCGUUUUUUUUUCUAUCGCUCCACACGUCUAUCGAUCGAUAUAUAUUGUUAUCGAAUUAUCGUCCAGCACUAGUUUCAGUUGUUUCCUUAAUUAUGGAGAGUUUAGGAGGUCUUUUUUUGGAGUUGAAUUAAACACGGAGGUGUUAUCCUCUCCAAAACAUUACACACUCUGUAAUUAAAGUUGGUGAAAACAGCAAAUGAAGCAGCAUCUUGUUAAAACUGAGUGUUUCUCUGGUGCUUUUUGACUAAGACAGAUUACAAGGAGGGAAGACUAGGGGAAGUUAGUGCCUCUCGAGUUUGUUUGCUGUAGAUUUUAAAAUUAAUUUUACAUUCAGGAGAAGCACUCAAGAUGAAUAAUAUCAGAGGACCUCUUUGUGUCCUGGACAAAAUAGACUUGUGUUGUUUUAUCUGUAAUUAUUGUGUCAUGUCAUGUCCAUGUUUCAGAUAGCAUAUCAUAAGUUGUAUACAGCUGUUAGUUCUCUUUUCUUUUAUAUCAGUGAUAAGUUGAGGCAAAUCAAGCAUCAGGGAGGAGAAAAUGUUAUCCUCACAUCUCCUGAUGGUGAUAUGAUCAGUGGAAAUGCGUCAUAGAUGUGGAAUUUUCAAGAGGUUGUUAAGCAGAGGUCAGUCAAAGGGAAGAUUAAGGUGUUCUUUCCUCAUGUGCCUCUCUACGUCAGACAGUGAAAUCUAAGGUGUGCUUAUCUAUCAGAAGGAAAGCGUCCUGAUGUGAAGAUGCUGACUGCUCAUCCGGAGAACAAAACCUUUCUGAUAUUUGACAUCACUGCGAAGAGCCACUGAACUCAAAAUCCCUGAUAUCCUUCCCUCCGCCUGCUCAGCUGUAAUGAAAAAGUGAUGCUGGUGUGGAGGAAGGGGUUGAUGAUGAGAACCUCUGAGGCCAGCAUCAAGUACCUGCUUCCUGGUUGAAUUUGCAUGUGCUGAUGAAGAGUGCGGGGGGCUGCACGGCCCCUCAUUAUUGACAAAAGCUCUCCACUGCUACAACCAGCUUCUCUCUGCAGCACUGUGUUGAAGUAAAUGCUUAAGCUAACUGUGCAUUCGAAUUUCGAGCAGUUUCACGGCUGCUUUGAGUAAUUUGUUCUGAUUAUCCUGUUUUAGAAGCGUGGAUGGCACUCUUCAUUGAUUUGACGAGUGCAUAAAGCUAACAGAGCUGUUUUAAAGUUACAUUAACAUCUUUUUAUGUCUGAUUCUUGCAAAUGUGUAAGCAAUGAGAGACUUUUUUACACAUCCAACAGACAAAACAGAUGCCCAAAUUUAUUUAAUGUCUGCAUCUUUCAAUGCAUGUGUGUUGAAAGUCCUGCAAGGAGAUUUUAGCAGGCAAUGUUUCAUACUGACAUAAAUUAUAAAAGGCUUUAACAGGACCUACACAAGCAAAGCAGACCCUCAAUGGAAGACUGGUUAUUAUUUUAAAAGCUGAGUUUGUGAGUAAAUUCAGUCUAAUUUUCUCCUGGCUAACAGUAGCAGAGCUAGCUCCACAAGCAUGUUAUUGCUCUGAUCAUGUGGUAUUUGUCAGUCUAACCAGACACAACCAGCAUUCAACUGCAUUGCUAAUUUCAAGAUCAAAAUGCUGCUUUUUACAUUCAGGUAGUAAAGCAUUAUAGUAUUAUGGAAGUAACUACUGACCAGCUGGUGGCUUAGACACAAUUUAUGACCAGAAUUUGAAGCUCACAUUAAUAUUAAUGAGUAAAUCUGGUUCAUACUAGCAAGAGUGACAAAGGUAAUUAAUUAGUUGUCUUAUCCUUCAUCCAAAUAUUGAUUGGUGCAGUUUUAUUUUGGGGAAAGUCAAAGUCUUAAUGAGAUAAAUAUACAAAGAUAGAAGUGACCAGCAUUUGAAGUUUGCAUAGUUGGGUCCAGUUCAUUGUAGUCAAUGUGCAGAAAAUGUUCAAAAACAUUAGCCUUAUUUUGAUAUUAUUCUUAGUUUUUUAGAUUUAUUACAUUUAUUGAAAUCCCCUUGUAUGUUUGUGCUUUUAUAUUUAAGUCUUAUCAAGUUAAGCCUUGGAAAUGGUUAAAGUCCCACUCAUAUCGUUUCUUUUAACUACUUAAAGUGUUCUCAGUGGUCUUUAAAUUGUGAUUAUGAAGUUUUUAGCCAAAAUCACAAUACCUGUGUCAUUUUCAAGGGCUUUUCUUCUGCAGAACUCCAGUAGCUCAUUAGCAAUUCGCCUCUGAGUUGUGGGCGGAGACAGCACUGCUCUGCACACUCCUUUUCACGUUAGCUUGCAGCCUAACAUUGCCGGUGUAGUAGAAAUAGCAGGUAACAUGGAAGCUAUUCAGCUCCUGAACACUAGUGUCUUUGGGGACUUAAUGAAAGCUAAUAUCAUAAUUAGCAUUUUUACGAGCAUUACAGUCCACUUACACACUCGUUUGUUCCGCAAUCGUCUUCCCUUCUUUUCCGCGGCUUUAGCACAGCCCCGGGGGCAGCGCUUGGAGUAGGAAAUCUCACUGUGUCUGAACCUGCCGUUGGGUCUGCCAGAGAUUCACAGCGAUUUGAAUGCAGAAAUACUCAGAAAUGCAAUUUCACUCUGAGUUUUCUCAUGAUAUGUCCUGUAGCAUCAGAAAAAUGACAUAUGAACAUGUGACAACAUGACAACAAGAAAAACAUGAUUUUCAUUGCAGUGGGUCUUUAAGCAAGUUUUUAACCCCUUGUUGUAGAUUGAAUAAUCUUUAGCUGUUUCCCAGAUGUUUCACCCAGAAUUUAAGGAUUUGGGAAAGUAAAUGUAAAGUUUGUGAUUUUAUCAGUAAAUUGGAACUCCAAGAAUAUAAUGAACUGAACUUAAUGCUUGAAUGUUGAGAAUAUUAAGAAUAUCAGAAAUGUGCAUGUAAACUUGGAAAACUUUGACCUGUUUUGUACUUGCUGGCUCACUUCUUUCUGUUCUUGAAUGUUUUUUUUUUUCACAGUUGGGUCUUUUAAGUACAAAAUCCAAAACAACCUGAUAUGCCCUGAUAAUAACAACACAAAUUUACUGCUGAAAAACAAAACAAGAGCUAUAAAAGAGAGGCAAUCAGACGCCUUUGCACCAGUAUCUAGUGUUCAGAACAGAGCGACCUGUCAUCUGACCUGCCUGCAGUCACAACAGUGUUUACAUCGCCCCAUUGACUCAAAACAACUGAGUCAUGAUGACUGAAACUCUUGCUGCUCUCCUCCAGUCGUAGUUCUCUAACUCCUAAAGCCUGAAAUGACCCGUUAUGGAUAAAAUAUAUUGCCGGCUGGAUAAAAGAUUCUCCGCUCUUGUGCUCAGUGUAACGUGUUUGUUGACACAGAGAGGAAGAGGAUCGCGGAAACAGAUGAGAGACCAGUGUGCGGUGUUAUCUCUGUGACUCUCUGAACCCUUGUGUCAUUACAGGAGAACAGUCGCCGGGCUGAUUUGUUUAUGUUGUUAUCAGGAGCAUGAGGCGGCCUCAGGGACGGCUUGUACAUCCUCACUGUAUGUGUGGGCCUCCAAAUCUCUGUGGAGCUUACUCCAAUGUUUUUCUUUCAUGAUGCUAAUUCCCACACGGUGACUGAAGUAGACGCUAAAACUGAGCACUUUACCAAUACCUGUGCCACCAAACUGGCCAUGCACAUUGUUAUGGAUAUUUAAGUAGGCCUCACUUUUUACCCUGUAUAGAUAGAAUAGAAUAGAAUAGAAUAGAAUAGAAUAGAAUAGAAUAGAAUAGAAUAGUCCUUUAUUGGUCCCCCAUGGGGGAAAUUUUUUUGAAGAAAAUAAGUAGUAAAGCAUUAAAAUAAAGAAAAUAAGACCAUAUACAGUAUACACAAUUUAAGUACCAGAAAAAAAGUGGUGGUGUGAGUCCAGUUUUAUUGCAGUUCAUUGUGAAGUCUUAUUGCAGAAGGGAGGAAUGACCUGCGGUAGUCAUUUUAUUAAAUAAUAAUCCCCUAAAACAAGUCGGGUGCCUUAAGAAGAAAACAAAAAUGAAAUAACACAGUGGUUCAGCACUUCUCUGAAUGGGCUCUUUGCUAAUAACAGUCUAGCUUGAGUGACAACCAGCAAUAUUUACCCCUAAUGAUCUAUUUAUCCAGAAAAUAAUAUCCUUGAGUCCAGCUAGAGUGGCCGCCGUAGUGAGCUUAUUUAUGUUCAUUUAUGAGGUUGAAGAGGUGGGUCAAACCAUCUGCAGAUGACGUUCUGUUUUUCAACUGAGCCUCUGAAUUAGCUCCACUUGUCUCUUUGACACCAGAAUCUAUAUCUGAUAGCACACUCAUCACACACACACACACACACAGGCUGCAGGAUAAGCUGUCGGGAUUUCACCUGUGACAACCCGUGGUUUAUUUUACCAACAUACGCACAUACUAUGGUUCAAUGCAUGAUCAUUAACCUUUGACCUCAAGACGUUGUCUUUGUCCCAGAACAAUCAAGAUCAGCUCACGGCUGCUUUAAUGAAGAUGGGAUAUUAGGUGUUGAUAGGAAAUAGAAGAAAACUAUACAUGUGGACGUUAUAUAUGUGUGUGUGUAUAUAUAUAUAUAUAUAUAUAUAUAUAUAUAUAUAUAUAUAUAUAUAUACACUCACCGGCCACUUUGUUAGGUACACCUGUCCAACUGCUCGUUAACACUUAAUUUCUAAUCAGCCAAUCACAUGGCGGCAACUUAGUGCAUUUAGGCAUGUAGACAUGGUCAAGACAAUCUCCUGCAGUUCAAACCGAGCAUCAGUAUGGGGAAGAAAGGUGAUUUGAGUGACUUUGAACGUGGCAUGGUUGUUGGUGCCAGAAGGGCUGGUCUGAGUAUUUCAGAAACUGCUGAUCUACUGGGAUUUUCACGCACAACCAUCUCUAGGGUUUACAGAGAAUGGUCCGAAAAAGAAAAAAUAUCCAGUGAGCGGCAGUUCUGUGGGCGGAAAUGCCUUGUUGAUGCCAAAGGUCAGAGGAGAAUGGCCAGACUGGUUCGAGCUGAUAGAAAGGCAACAGUGACUCAAAUAACCACCCGUUACAACCAAGGUAGGCAGAAGAGCAUCUCUGAACGCACAGUACAUCGAACUUUGAGGCAGAUGGGCUACAGCAGCAGAUGACCACACCGGGUGCCACUCCUUUCAGCUAAGAACAGGAAACUGAGGCUACAAUUUGCACAAGCUCAUCGAAAUUGGACAAUAGAAGAUUGGAAAAACGUUGCCUGGUCUGAUGAGUCUCGAUUUCUGCUGCGACAUUCGGAUGGUAGGGUCAGAAUUUGGCGUCAACAACAUGAAAGCAUGGAUCCAUCCUGCCUUGUAUCAACGGUUCAGGCUGGUGGUGGUGGUGUCAUGGUGUGGAGAAUAUUUUCUUGGCACUCUUUGGGCCCCUUGGUACCAAUUGAGCAUCGUUGCAACGCCACAGCCUACCUGAGUAUUGUUGCUGACCAUGUCCAUCCCUUUAUGACCACAAUGUACUCAACUUCUGAUGGCUACUUUCAGCAGGAUAAUGUGCCAUGUCAUAAAGCUGGAAUCAUCUCAGACUGGUUUCUUGAACAUGACAAUGAGUUCACUGUACUCAAAUGGCCUCCACAGUCACCAGAUCUCAAUCCAAUAGAGCAUCUUUGGGAUGUGGUGGAACGGGAGAUUCGCAUCAUGGAUGUGCAGCCGACAAAUCUGCGGCAACUGUGUGAUGCCAUCAUGUCAAUAUGGACCAAGCUCUCUGAGGAAUGCUUUCAGCACCUUGUUGAAUCUAUGCCACGAAGAAUUGAGGCAGUUCUGAAGGCAAAAGGGGGUCCAACCCGUUACUAGCAUGGUGUACCUAAUAAAGUGGCCAGUGAGUGUAUAUAUAUUAGUUUUGGUCAAAAUAGAGAAGUUGUUGAGUUAUCAGUGUACAGUCAUAACAGGGCUCAUACUAUUGAGCACCCAGACACCCAGACCUCCAGGUGUUGAAUCAAUGCCAACUACUUAAAGCUCCUAUGGAGGACUUAACAUUUGUGUCAGUUUUUGCACCCCUGUAGGCAAUGCAGUGUUUGAUACUCUUUUUCUCUAAAUGCUUAGGUAGAGUUGUCAGAGUUGUCACAGAACACGUAGAUAUAAGCACAAAUUGAUGGUGUUGAAGACAGAUAGAAGAAGAGCUAUAAAGAUAGGGUUAUAGAAAAAGAUAGUGUGUAUAUAUAUAUAUACACUACAGGCCAAAAGUUUGGAAGCAAGGCCAUUACAGGCCAAACAGUUGGGAGUAACUUCAAGUUUUUGUUCACAAUGCUUUUUUAAAAAUCCAGCAUGAGUUUUAUGUAUUUGUUGUAUUAUUUGUUGAAAACUAACAUAGAAUUACACAUCUUUUUUUCCUUUUUUGGUCUAAUUCAUAAUUUUGCACCCAAAACUGACGCACAUCUGUACUUGGGAUUAGUUCUGACUUAGUAUGUUUCAAACAUUAGCAGCCCUCUUAAGUUAUAAAUCCCCUGCCUUAGCUUAAACAUUUUUUGAAAACAAACAGGAAUUGUAUUAUUUACCACUCAAAACAUAAUUUCUAAUGUUUUUAAAGAUACAAUGUCCAGAAAUGUUAUUGUUUGUGAUCUUAUAAAAAGCUGAUUUGUAGAAUACAUAAAUAUAUAUAUAUAUAUAUAUACACUACAGGCCAAAAGUUUGGAAGCAAGGUCAUUACAGGCCAAACAGUCGGGAGUAACUUCAAGUUUUUGUUCACAAUGCUUUUUUUAAAAUCCAGGAUGAGUUGUAUGUAUUUUGGGAUGUAUUUACUCCAUGAUCAGAUGUUGCUUUCAUGGAAAUGCACCAUUUUACUCCAUUUACCUUUAGAUAUUCAUUGAUGUUAACAGACCAUUGCUAAAUGUCAGCAAAAGAUAAUAAGGGCUUAGUUUUAGGGUUGAAAACAUUUGCAAGAGUCACAACUUCAGUGCAAAAGCAAAAAAAACAAAUCACAGUUGGAUUAUUCACUUCAACUCUUUGGCGUUUGAGAGUCUGCAUACAAAAAUCCAAAUAAAUCUCAACUGCGUUCAAACCACCGCAAAAAGGGCUAGAAAGAAGCAACUGAGUAAAGAAACAAAAGUACAGAUUUGUACAUUGAGGAAAGAAGGAUACACAGAAAGAGAAAUUGCAAAAUGCCUAAAGGUGUUUAACAAAGGAGUCAGCUACACUCUGAAAAGACUAGAGGAACCUGGAAGUUAUGAUGAUAGAAAAAGGCCUGGACGAAAGAGAGAUACUACAAAAGCAGAGGAUAAACAUAACAUUGUCACCAGUAAGAGAGAUCGGCAAAAGACAGCACCAAAUAUAAGGGAGGAAAUCAACAUGACAAGGUUGAAACCCAUAUCUCUGACAACCGUGAAAUGACGUUUGAGAAAGGCUGGUCUGAAGGGUUAUGUAUCUGUAAAAAAAACACUACUUCAUCCACAGAACAAGAAAAAGAGAUACGAGUGGGCAAAAGCUCACAAAAAUUGGACCUAUGAUGACUAGAAACAAGUUUGAACUGUUUGGUUCAAAACGCAGAGUCAAUGUCCGCAGACAAACUGGUGAACGUCUAAAAGCUCCAUGUGUUACACCCACAAUUCAGCAUGGAGGUGGUAGUUCCAUGGUAUGGAGAUGUUUUGCAGGUGAUGGAGUGGGAGAUUUGUUUGAAUUAAAGGGUAUCAUGAAGAAGGAACAGUACCACUCCAUCCUCCAGCACCAUGCUGUUCCAUCUGGACUCAGACUUGUGGCUCAUAAGUUUGUUUUGGAGCAAGACAAUGACCCUAAGCACUCUGCCAAGCUCUGUCAGGGUUAUCUAGACAAAAAAGAAGAGGGAGGUGUUCUUCAAAAGAUGGUUUGGCCCCCUCACUCUCCAGACCUUUCUCCAAUUGAGCUUGUGCGGGAUGAAUUGGAUCUACCGGUCAGAAAAACGCGUCCCACGAAUCAGCAGUCUCUUUUUAAUGAACUUAAGAAAGCUUGGAAUGCAAUCCCUGGAACAUACCUUGUGGAACGAAUGCCUGGUAUAUGCCAAGCUGUUGUUAAAGCCAGAGAAGGUUACUUUAAAGAAAGCAAAGUCUAAGCAACAAUAACUCAAAUACCUAAUAAUUAUGGUCAAAAUGUAGAUUCUCAGUGAAGGCAUCACACACAUACACACACACACACACACACACACACACAUAUAUAUAUAUAUAUAUAUAUAAGGCCAAAAGUUUGGACACACCUUCUCAUUCAAUGUCUUUUCUUUAUUUUUUUAUAUGACUAUUUACAUUGUAGAUUAUCACUGAAGGCAUCAAAACUAUGAAUGAGCACGUGAAAUUUUGUACUUAUAAAAAAAGUGUGAAAUAACUGAAAACAUGUUUUGUAUUCUAGUUUCUUUAAAAUAGCCACCCUUUGCUCUUGAUGACAGAAGUACUUAGUCACAAAGUAACCCUGACAAGGUAUACCUGUUUAGUAAAAACCAUUUCAGGAGACUACCUCAUGAAGCUUAUUGAGAGAACAGCAAAAGUUUGCAGCGCUAUCAAAAAAUAUAAGCUUGGUUGGAAACUGACAACUGUCUUGGUGCAGAGUAGGUAUUAUCCUUCACUCAGAGGUCCACGCUUUCACCUAACAUGACAUCUCUGAUUCUCACCCUCAGAUAUCGCUGUUGUGGAGAUGACAGAUGCUUUCCGCCAGCCCUCGCUCUUUUAUCACCUUGGAGUGAGAGAGAGCUUCAGCAUGGCAAACAACAUCAUCCUGUACUGCGAUACCAACACCAAUUCCCUACAGUCUCUGCAGGUAAGCCGUCCUUAUUAACAACAACCAGGACAAUCCUGCCUCUCAUCACUUUAAUGCAUCUACCACACAAUCACUGAGGCUCCCAAGGGUGCUGAUUAAAGGCUAUAUUUAGGGGGGAUAUGUAAAAUUGGCGGAAAUGAAAUUCAGUGGAGGAAGCAGGGAAAUGCAUCAAUAAUUUGGUGAAAGGAAAUGCAUUUAUGAGACUGUUUCAGAUCUAGAUAUGAUGCAGGAAGAUAAUUAUGUUAUUCAAACAGGCAUAAACCAAUUUUUUCUUACAUAAGUUGUACCAAGGAUGUGUACAUUUAGUUGACUAAACAGUUUAAUGUCGUCAACCCAGUUAAACUUUUAUUUUACUUGUAAAAAUUGACCAAAAUAAAGUUCCUCACAGGAGUUUUAAUUAUUGUAUGCCCAAAAUACUGAUUAAUACUGUAGCUGAAGUUAAUGCUCUACUACCCAGGUGUAAACCCGCACAGAUGACACAUGGUUUGGCGGUUUUUGAUUCGGCUAAUGAAAUAUAAUCGUAAGUCUGCUGUGAUGAGUUAAACUGAUAUAUUAUCACUUAGCCUGAGAAAUGUGUAAGCUGGGUAAAUAUUUGUAAUUGUUUACUCCGAGACUGUUGAAAUUGAAAUACACCUUUUAGCUGCUUCUAGAUUAGACUUUGAACAUAGUUUAGAACCACGAACAAUAAGAGAGGUUGAUGGCAAGAAUCAACCGUUAUAACUGUGUUAAUGUCAGAUCUGUAACUUACAGAGCUGGAAUCUAUAGCGCUGCCAGCAGGUUGGGUCUGAGUCAUCAAAUGACAACAGCGUGAGUCUUGCAGGUGCUGAGUUGGAGACCAGACAUAGUUCACACAGUCUGAGGCUCAGACUUGAACACAUUAACUCCUGUUGUGUAGCAGAGGAACACCGGAGGCUUUAUUGCAGAUUAUUUGUGCAGAUAUUCAUGGCGACAGGGCUCCUCUGUAAACUUAACAUAUAGUUUUGAAUAGACUGCCAGGAGAGGUUUGUCUCCACCUCUUAUAUGAUAUUUAAAGUGAAUUAGCGUUCUUCGCUCUGUUAUUACGGCUUUUUAAGUCAUGAAGAAGGUUAUCUUGAGUGCCAGUCUUUCCUGCCCUCAUGCUAACUGAUAUCUUGUAUGAGUUUUUACUUCCUGUGGGUUUUCUUGGUGCCCGUGUCCCUGGCUGUGCGGUCAGCUAACCGCACCUCACCCUGCCUCUAAAGACCACUUCUCUCUGGUGGUUGCCUAUGAUCUCCAUCAGGCAGCUGAAUUGUUUCAAAGCAGGCCGUUUUAAUGUCAGGGUUUCCUCAAGAUACUGAAGACCUUUCAUAAGGAAAAUACACAUUGAAGACCCUAAAGAAGCCUGUGGAUGAUGGGUGUAUUUCUGCUGGUUAUGCUUUAUUUUCCAUGGUAUUACUGCACAACGUUUAUUCAGUCAUAAAACAAGGCUUGAAGUGGAUCUUUAUCCACAGUUGGUCUGAAUACAUGCUUUUGAUUUUUUUUUCACUUCCAAUCAAUUUUGAAACACAGCCAGCAUGAGGAGAGCGUUUCUGGUUGUGAAGGUCAUCUCAGCAUGACGUGAUGAACUCUGAAGUCAUGUGCUGCUAAAGUUUUGCAAUCAAAUCUUACUGCCUUUUACUCCUCAGAGAGGAAGGAUUGUAAAGCAAGCCUAUUACCAUCACGCAUCAAGAUUGAGUUCAUCCCAGUUUUCAGUUCAGAGAUGGAGAUUCAAGCCUGCAAAGACUUUUUAAACAGUGUUUUAUUAGGGUUCUUUUAGUAUGAUGCUCAGGCGGUCUGCUUCCAAAUACAAUGUGCUGUCAAAUGAACUGUGACCUAGCUAAGUCAGCAUCAUUCCGAAGUAAAAGUGCACCUUUUUUUGGCAGUAGUCAUUAUUACUAAUCUGGGCCUGGCGCUAGGAUGCCAGAGGUUCAUCUUGCAGUUUGUGUAGCCUAUGGGUGAUUUACUGUGCUCUUGUUGGUUGCAAUUAAACCUAUUUAUCAUUUAUGUGAGGUUAUUUGAUGCUAUAUGAAGCUCUGGAUUCUUACGAGCAUUUUCUAUUGCAUGUGUUAUGAUUUUACUGGUUUACAUGGGUGUCUGGCAACUUCAUGGUUUGGGCUGGUUUUUAUUGGAUUGGGCUAAGAUGUGAUUGGGCUGGAAACUGUCAAUCUGAUCUGGCAACACUGAUGAGAAUGUCUCUGUCUCAAAAUAAUUGAUAAACAAACCUCAAACCUGUCAUUAAGCACAAUCAGCCAGAUUUCAUUAAAGAUUAAGGCAUAAAUAAAAUUUAACAAAAUAAAUUUGUUAUGUCCUUGGUGAAUAGGCCUAUUUGAUAACUCUGCCCAGAAACACUGCCACAGAGCAGGAGCGCCGUUUCAACAUUACACACACGCGCAAUUUGGAGCGCGGUGUUUGACUCUUAAAAGGCAGGUGUCUCUGUCUUGGUCCAGCAACGGGGACGUUGUUGUACACUCCUGAAAGGGUGUGGGACAUCAUUUGAACCAGUACAGUUUUGCACAAUGUUGCAUUGGCGAAUGGAGUGCCGUUGGCUGUGCCGGUGCAACAUGAGUACCCGAUGCCCGGAGAACGAUAACGAGGAGAGACUCCACAAAGGUGCUGUACAGAGAAAACAGGACCUUAUCGAUGGAUUCUGACAUGUAAAGUAUAAGUUUAGAAAGUGCUCUUGCUAUUUAAUCAGUGAUAAAAAUCCAAUAGAAAUCCAUAAAAAUGUGCCUCAGGGGCAGCAACACACCGUUUGGUGAGGUUAAUAAUUAUUUUUGUUCAGCCUCUGUCAGACUCUCCAGUCUGCUCUACAUUACAAAGACGCAACAAAUUAAAACUAAAUGCUUUCAAUAUUAGGAGCAACGUACCCUAUGUCAUGGCAUUAAAAAAUAUUAGGCAUGUAUGAGAUAUUAAUUUAUCAAGAGCAACUUAUUGACCAAUGACUUAUUUAAACUUCAGCCACUGUCUGCUAUUCCGCGGCAGCGCUGUUCACCCUACCACAGGGCUCUCAAGUUUUGAACUAAGCUUAGAGUGAGAUUUCCUUGGGGGGGGGGGGGGGGUGAUUGAAGAUAAUUAUUAGUAUAAUAAUCUCUUAAAUACAACGAAGUAUGAGGGCCACAUUAAAAAAAAAAGUUUUUAAAUCUUCGAGAAUAAAGUUAUCAUUUAGGAGAAUAAAGUCAUUAAUAAAUAAGAAUAAAGUCGUACAGUUACCUGUUGUGGAGGAGAGUUGCUAAAAUCAGCACUGAGGAGCAUUUAGAUGAAUUGUACUUUAGUAUAGGAGAUACUCAAUCCUUUGGUACAUGAGCAUUACACUGUCAUGAGUAUCAGAACUUUAAAAACAAUAUAUGAGAAAUGCUCCUUUGUGGAGGGGGAAAUGGCUGUACAGAGGCUAAAUUUAUCAAUACAGCUGUUAAUAGCAAUAGCAUAGGGCUUUAGUUUAUCAUAUGAGUUUAUCUGCCAUGAGGUGUUGAGGUCUCUGCAUGUGUAGGUUACUGACUUACUGUAAUCAUCGGGUCUAUCUCGUCCUUAUAAAAACCUGCUCUAUUACGGCGAGUGUCUGUCAAAAUCAAAUCAAAAUCUACCAGGAUACAGCAAUGCUGCUUUUUGAUUGGCUGUUCAGUAGAUGUACUUUACUUGAUUGGCUUGUGCGUGGCACGCAGCUUCUAAACUCUCGGAGAAACUCAGUUGAUUCCUGCCUGUUCCAUAGUUAAGGAGGUGCAACUUGGGGGACGUCACCAUAUUCAUUUAAAUGCGUGAGAAAUACAAUGUGUGGCGUGUGAGCGUGUGAAUGAGUGGGAAUGCGUGUGUCACACGCUGAAUGCGUGAGACUUGAGAGCCCUGCUACCAUAAUCCUGCUCCAGACAGGAGUUUUCUGGACUGCUUUUAUUCCAGUUUUGAUGCUUCCAAAGAGAAAAUCCUUGUUAGUUUCCACCACAGAUGUGAGGAUAUCCACUGUCAGCUUUAAAAAAUUCGACCGUGAUACGAAAAAAUAAAAUGCAAUGCAACAUCGCAGGACAGGAAAACGUUGCUAAUGUGAACGCUUGUAUUGACAGGAUACGGGUUUGAAAAAAAAUGUUGACGUCCGAAAUAAUCGCACGAAAAAAACACUCCCGGUGUGAAGAAACCUUAAGUCUGAAAUUACGCAAAUUAUAUUUUGUAUGUCAUUUUGAUAAAUAAUUAAAAUUAAAAAUAAACAUAUAUAUCAAUUUACGACUUCAAUUUCUUGGGUGGGAUCUCACUGGCAGGUCAGGGUGCCCUGCCAAAUGCACUAUAGGGGAAAGGCUGAUCUUUUUUAAGCUUCCUCCAAGUGACCCACCUUAGCCUUCCUUGCUAUGUUGCUAAUAGAGCUACUAAGCUAGCCAUAAAAAAUGAUAAUCAGUUUUUCUAUAACGGUGCCUGUUACAGAGUUCAUUCAUAUAGGAACUAUUAUUUCUUACAUUCGUCUACCCAAUUUGGCUACUACUUUCUAAGCCUGGAAGAGACACAAACCAAAAAUGAUUUGGCAUGUUGAGCUUGUAAAUUGUACAGAGACAAUGGUGUCUUGCAGUCACUCAAGAAUUUAAGUAACUGAUGUUCCUAACAGAGGAAAUAUAGUGUUUCAAUCAAUAUUUGGUGUUUAAUAAUUGAAACGGCCUUGUAAUGAGCGCGAUUAUGUUAAUGUUUUUAGUUUGAGGUCAUUAUCUUUGACUUCAGUGGUGCAUUUCUACCUUAAAGGCCCUGUCUCUUGCUGCAGUGACACUGCUUUUUAACUAGACUCACUGAAGACCCUGAACAAGCUGCCACUCCCCCUAAAAGUCAGUGUCUUUUAGGGGGGGGUGGCAUUAAAUGUUCUUGACUCAACAAGGAGGCAGGAAUUGCAUUUUCUGUCAUUAUUUCAAGUUUUAUUCCAAAACACAAUGUCUAAAAUAAAAUUGCCCUCAGGACAAAAUGUUCUGGUGAAACUGCUGAAUGAAUUUUUUCUCUUCUCAUCUUUCAGGAGAUAAUUUGCCAGAAGAACACUGUAAGUACACAAAGCAAUCUAUUUUUCCCUCCUUCGCCUUUGCCUUUCACAUAUUACUCACCCAUUUCUCACACAUCACACGGUAUUAUUAUGUGGUGCAAAGAAUAUGCUUUUUGCAACGUGCAGGGAGCAGAGUGUCUAACACCUUAUGUUUCUCCUCCUGGUGUGAAAGAGGUUUUCUCCCAUGCAGCAUGCUUUUAUGAAGAAGCUGUGGCGAGUAUUUGCUUUCACUGAAGUGUACAAUAAAACAUUUUCUCUUUCAUUUUAAAUACUUUUUUUUAUAUCACAGCUGUUUCGUGAGUUGUUGCAGCUGCAGUGGUGUGAUAUGCUGAAAGCUGCAGGGUGUUGUGAACAUUUGACAUGCAAAACUUGCAGCAUUCAAAUAAGGUGGUGCAAUAAUACAGGGACAGUCUUGUUCUUUACUAGCAAAUGCUAUAUGCUGUUCUUUGACAUUUAUCAAAAACUCACAGAGUGAAACAGAUUUUAUAAUGUAGUUAGACCAGUAUUAUAAAUUUUAAAAGUUUUUCACAGCUUUUACAUUGGCUGCAAUUUAAAGAUGGAAUAAUAGAAACAGGAGUGAUAAACCAUGAAUUGUAAAGUACUGUUUAACCUCAUGGUAUUUUAGCAUUCUGACUCACUAUUUUUGGUGGUUUGUUCAUGUAACUCGUGUUUGUUCGAGAUAUUUUUCAUGUGAAGUCAGUGUUUUUAACAAAAUUGUUUUUAUUUUGUCCAACCAGCUGCACAAAUCCCAAAGGAAUCAUAUUUGCAAUAGUUUUGAGGAAAAUCUCAGACUGUGAAGAUGAUUAAACCCUUUAAUGCAGAAGGAGGAGUAGCAAAUAUGUAGUUGUCAUUUCUUAAUGAAUGCUAGCAAUGUAAAUCCAAAGUUUCACCAUGAUAUGAGAUAAAGAUUUGAACAAUAACACAAUCCAUAAAUCCCCAAAGUCCGACUAGGAACUUCCUUGGAUGUGUUUUUGGUUCGUCAUAGCUCUGCUGUAGUUUAGCUUCAUGCUUCAAAUGCCCUGCUGCAUUUUCAGAGCAAGCAGUGCCAGACAGCUGGAGUCACAAGAGCUUAGUUUUCCCACAGUAAUCACAGAAUCAGUGGUUUCCACCUUCGUGAAGAGCUUCUCCUCAUCCAUGGGUAACCUCUGAAAACCUCUGACCUGUGUUGUACUGAAGUGUUGGGCUGUGCUCUGGCAUACUGCAAGAAUAGAGGCUUUGCCUGUCCCCUGCAGAAGUUUUGGGAUUGCCAGUGUCUGUAGGUACCAGAUGUGGUACUUAAACCAUGUCUGGUACUACCCUCUGAAACUCCCCAACAAAUCUAUUUCUGUCACACAGCCAACCGCAGAGUGAAACCUCAUCAUGAAAAUCAUACAGCCAAUCUUAUUUUGUGGGACAUUUCUGACAGGCUGCAGGACUCCAAGUCGAGCUGAUCACCUGUCACAUAGCAGAGCUAAAUAAAGGCUUGCUCAGUGAACCCACCACUUCUGCUGCUGUGGUGGAUCAGAGACAGACUAAACACAGAUCUAGUAAAAGUUCUGUGACCUGAUGGCAUCUUGAUUUGACUGAAUUUACACAGUGUUGGCCCAUUUAAGCAUUUUUGAAGGGAGGGGGUGCUUUUAAUUUAGAGGAGAGAGAAGAGAGAGAGAGGAGAGGAUGUGUAUGCCCAGACUGGGAAAUGAUCCCCUGACCAGUCUGAUAAGGACAGUAGCUUGUGUGUGCAGGGCACCUGCUCUGUCAGCUGAGCUGUAGCAGUGCCUCGGGCCUGUUUUACGUCUAACACAACCAGUUACACUCAUAUCAGCUCAUGGACCACAGCUGUGUCAUGUUUAAGAAGUUAAUGCAUGAACUCUUGCUGACUUAUCAAUGAAUAAUAAUGUACUCCUUUAGAGCUUUAGGAUGAUUAACUCUUUGAAUCAAGAUUUAUCAUCAAAUUUCAACAUUGUCACUUGUAAUUUAAAGUGAAAGGCGUCCAUCAAAAGCACAGUGGGGUUGUUAUUUUCCAUAGUGGCAGAAGCUUAAAGCAGGAGAGGAUUAUAUAUCCUAAAUGAAGACUGCAUCGAUUUUGGACAGCCCUUUGAUAAAAGACAUCGGCUGGUGCACCCUUAAGAUGAUUAAUAAAUCAUGUGAUCUGUUAUCAAAGUAAUUGAAUCCUGUAAGAACCAAGGGCUGUUAUUCUGAUUCUGUCGGUUCAUUAAUUCAGCCCUUGUUCAAUAUGUGAUCAACAGAGGAGCCUGUGAGCCUGCUGAUGGUUGUCCAGGAGUCCGUGUUCAUGUGUGAGAUGAAUAGCUUAGCUCUCUUAAGUGGCUUUCCAGUAAGAGGAGGUGGCGCCGUUCUGUAUGAAACAUACUGCUCUCUGACACUGACCUGCACUGUGUGAGGAGAGCUGAUUAUCUCCAGCAGUAUAAGAGUGUAAACCCACUGAUCUCCUUUGUGUGCCCUCACUGCCUUUGUUCCCUUUCCCUCUUUCUUUUCCUAUUAAAACACUUCACUGCCCUCUGCUCUAGUGCAUGUGCUCUUAACCAGCCCUCUGUACUGGUUUAAGUGCUCUUAAAAGUUCAAUAUCGGCAGAGUUCUUGGUCUUCUUUUGCAUAUCCUACCUCUUGCAAGGCACUGAGGGUGUUUUACUGCAUGUGCAUGAAUAAUAAUAUUCUCUGAGCUGUCUUUUAUAUAUUCCUACAAAGUUUGAAGUACAUUUUCAUCAUGUUUCACUGUAUAGGUACUCCUUAAAGGUCUCCAGGAAUUUUCUUCUGCAAGCAACAACCAACUCAGAGUGAAAAGCAUGACACUUAAGCCCGCUGUGUUUGAUGAAAUUAAACACUAUAAUCAAAUAUAAUAAUGAACUCUUACUAUCAGAACCCCCUUCUGUGAGCAAGCUUCACCAAAUAUAAACACCAUUUGCUUCUGUAUUAGAGAGUAGGCAAGAAACAGGCACAGGAAACAAUCAAAAACGCCUGUCAUGAUAACUCAUCCCACGCUAAGUUAGCUUCCUGUCGUUGAGCCUGUCAAGCUCUUUGUUCUCAAAAACAAUAAACAAAAACAGAUUUACUAUGCCAAAUUUGUAAGUAACAAAGAAAUUUGUAGUCAGUGAAACAAAAGCAGCCAACUUCUGUUUCUCUGACAGAAAUGACAGGGACUAAAGGGGUUAUUAAGCUAACAUCAACUUAUCAGUCUUUGGCGAACUACUCAAUGACUGAGAAGAUGGUUGGUCUUUGACUUCUCCGUUUCUAAAAAUAGAUUUUAAUGAAGAAGAUGUCAUUUUGAAAUGUAGUACAUACCAUUGAUAGACACAUCAUUCUACAUAAUUUCAGAAGUCUGAUAUUUUGGGGCUUAAAAUGGUUCAAAACUAGCUCAAAGGCUUACAUAACAUUACUUACUACUGGAGCUUGGGCAAACUAACAUACAUGGCUUGUUUAAGCUCAUUUACAAACUCCUUAGAUGAUUAUCACCUUCCUGCAGAAUUUUGCCAUGACCUGCAGCACAUUUUAGCUCUUGGACCACAGAUAAGAAUUAAGAAGAACUUGGUCUCUCGAGUGGCAUUAAGUCCUUUUUGACACACACAUGGCACCUUAGGAUGAAUAUUUCCAGUCCCCCAAACUCUUCUCUGUUUGAGUUAAACCUAGUCAGGACUUUUUCAUGAUGAUGUAACUGGGCUAUACCAAUCAUAUUGCUCUUUGUGUGCACAUCACUAACUUCUCCAGUUAGUCCCUCAAAAUCCAACUGUAGUGUUUUUGUUUUUUGCUCUAAAAAGAUACUGUUCUGCUUCAUCUUAUCAUGAACAAUAGUACUUCAAAUGUUGAGAAAUCAAAGUGAUGUUAUCAAGACCACAUCAGGCUUAAAGAACAGAGUUACAGUGGCUAAGAUAAGAUUAAUCAAUCAUUUUUCAAAGUGAUUGAUUAAUCCUCUGUUCCUGAUGAUCAAACCCCUUUGUAUUCAAAUGUGUUAAAAUGCAAUCUGUUGGUCAAAUCAUAGAGCAGAUCAGAGUCUCUUCAGGGUGAGAAGGACUUCACACAAGGUGUUAAAAUGAGCCAACUUAGCUGUUACUCCCACUCUAAACAAGCUGAGUUGUUACAGCAGUUUUUUAUAUUUACUGUCACUUCUUUUAUAUUUAAGUUGUACUUUGAUGAGGUGGUUUAACUGGACUGCUGUCUUUGUCCUCAUGAAUCAAGUUAUUGAAAAGUAUGUCCACCUCAGCUACAUGUAGUGGCAACAUGCCCCCUUUUAGCUCAUUACUUAAGUGAUAUUAUUAGUGCUAUUACUCUUCUAGUCAGUCUACAAUGUCAUAUACCAAAACAGUCGACAAAAAAGUGAGCAAAGAGGUUGACUGGCUGUAAAACUUCAGAACAUGGACAGCCUCUGUGCAAAUGUUAUGGUACCUUCCUCUUGUUUACUUUCCUUCUUCUUCUCUUGACAACUGGUUUACUACCCAGCUUCUAUGUGCAUUCAUGCUGUGCAACUUCUGGACCAAACUGUGUGUGUGUGCAGGGGCCUAGGCCACCUGAGGGCUGAUAGAGGGUUCUCACAUGCAAGAAGGACUAUCCUUAACUACAACCAAUUUUAGUGAAAUAAAUGCGAGACAUCAGUUAUGUAAAUGCUGAUAGUCUGGUAUUGGAGUCUGAUAUUAGAGCCACAUCCAUAGCAACAGUAUACUAUCCCGAAAUAACAGACCACUGCUGUUGGUUAAAACCAUGGACUGGAUAUACAGUUGAGGCCAAAUUAUUAGCCCCCCUAUGAAUUUCUGAGUUUUUCUCCAAAAUUUCCGAAGUGCUGUUCAACAGAUUCAUGAUUUUUUUUACACAGCUUUUCCAAACAUCCUAGUUUUUUUUAUUUUGGAUCCUUACAUUAUUUUACUUUGCACACAGAAACAAAAUUAUUUCACAAAAACUAAAAACUACCAGGGUCAAAAUUAUUAGCCCCCCUGAGGCUAAUAGUCAAUUGUGUGUCCUUUUUGCUGGAUCACAGCAUGCAGUCAUUUACUGUAGUUUGUAACAAGGCUCUGGCACAUCUCCUGAAGAAUCCCAGCUCAUUCCUCUUUGGCAAAUCUUUCAAGCUACUCCAGACCUGAUGGUCUUCUAGCAUGGACCCUGGUCUUCAGUGCAGCCCACAGAUUUUCAAUGGGAUUUAAGUCAGGGCUUUGUGCAGGCCAGUCAAUAACGUUCACUUUGGUUUCCUGGAGGCAGCUCCUCAUCAAGAGUGCUGCAUGUUUUGGGUCAAUGUCAUGUUGGAAGACAAUUGUCUUGCUGCUGACUCCUUGAGGUUUUCUUUCAAAAUCUUCACAUAUCCUUCUUUCUUCAUUAUUCCUUCAACCUUGACAAGAUUCCCAGUUCCAGAUGCACUGAAACAUCCCCACAGCAUGAUGCUCCAACCACCAUGUUUAACUGUGGGGACAGUGUUCUUGGGAUUAUACGCCUCUCCCUUCUUUCUCCAAACAUAAGCAAUGUCUCUGUGAAUAAAGAGCUCUAGUUUGGGCCCAUCUGACCAAAGACCACAUCUCCAGUACGCACAGUCUUUCUCCAGAUUGUCUUUAGCAUACCUCAGUCUGAUCUGAAGGUGUCUCUUUUGUAGAAGUGGAGUUUUUCUUGGCCUGCAUCCUCGCAGUCCAUUUCUGUUCAGGGCUCUAGAGACUGUCUUGUUUGACACCACAAUUCCUGACUUGGCUAAGUCACCAACUUCUGUUUUGGUGGUUGUUCUAGGUUGUUUAGACACAUCUCCCACCAGUUUUCUUUCCAGUUUCUUUGAAAUUUUUCGCUUCCUACCUCUCCCAGACUUGUUCUGUACUGUGUGGCUCUCCUUGAAUUUCUUGACGAUACUUCUCACUCCACUUCUUGACACUUGGAAAUGGCGUGAUAAAUUUUUAUAUCAUUCUCCUGCUUUGUGAGCGUCAACAAUUCUUUUUCUCAAGUCUAAACUGAAUUAUCUUGAAGACUUAAAACAGGCAACUGGACUGUGUAGAGUUGAGAAGACAUUUCGCCUCUUAUCCAAGAAGCUUCUUCAGUUCUAAAAGUGCUAGUGUCAGGAGCACUAGCACUAGUCCUGACACUAGCACUUUUAGAACUGAAGAAGCUUCUUGGAUAAGUCUUCUCAACUCUACACAGUCCAGUUGCCUGUUUUAAGUCUUCAAGAUAACCAUGACCUGGAUGAAUGAGAAUCUACAUGGACAUCUAAACUGAAUUCUUUUGUAUUUGUCAUGAUGCCUUCUCAAGUGACAGCUCAAAUGCAUAACGAGGUUUUUAUACUGUGUGUAAAAUGUAGGACAACCCUUUGUUUUAAAUGAAAUGAUUGAUUGAUUACAAGCUGUGAGCACUCGAAAGUGAAAUUUACACGAUUGCGCAACAGUGGUUUUUGUUUUGGCUCAAUGAAGACGUCAGUUCUUAAGCUGGGCUAAUAAUUUUGACCGUGGUAGUUUUUGCUUUUUGUGAAAUAAUUUUGUUUCUGUGUGCAAAGUAAAAUGAUGUGAGGAUCCAAAAUAAAACUAGGAUGUUUGGAAAAGCUGUGAAAAAAAAUCAUCAAUCUGUUGAACAGCACUGAAGAAAUUUUGGAAAAAAAACUUAAAAUUUCAUAUGGGGGCUAAAAAUUUUGGCCUCAACUGUAUUAUAGACAACUUGGUUCCGCCUUGCGCCAGUAUACGGAUUUGAAGCCGAAAAGCUCUCGGUAAUUCCACAUUUUUUCUCCACUUAACUAAAACCAACAUUGCGCAGUAGUGUUGUGCGCAUUCGGAGGGAAAGUCGGCUCAAACGGUGAGCUACACAAUCUUCGUAUGCCCAUAGGCUGUAUCAAGUGUCAAUCACAGAAAACAUGAACCCCCUAAUAAUUUUUACAAAAUGUAGCUGCACAGAGAAAGAGAGGACUUGAGCACAAACCAGUCUUUUAAUAACUACAAGUCAACAUCGCAACCAGGGGGGAGAAAAAUUUACAUUCUGUGUAAUUAAUUGCUAAAGCUUGUCCACAGCUCCAUAGGAGUUGCUGGAGGAGGCGGGAUUUAUGACCUAUACUGCAGCCCGUCACCAGGGUGUGCUGUUCUCUGAGUGUCUUUACCCACCGAGGAGGCAGACGCUGUCCAUUCUAUAUACAGUCUAUGGUUAAAACAGUAUGAUAACAGCAUUAAGCUGUUGCAUGCAACUACUUACCAUGUUAGUGGAUAUCCAGAUGAUCUGACUCUGUUGUUGUGUAUGUAAUUACUGAUUGCAUGCAUGUGAUGGUGCAGUUUUGUUACUGCAGCCUUACACUGACUACAUCUACAUUUGCAGCUCACAGGCUUAAACAUUUAGUGCAUUAGGCAUGAGAGGAGAAGAUCGUGGCUGACUGUUGUUAUUGGCUACUUACGCUCAAGUGGUUAAUGGCUGUUAGUGGAGUCGUAAAAAUUAAAUGUCAACAUCAUCUCGUGUGCCUGUCUCUGGAAAGGUGAGUGUGUGGGCAUGCAGCUCUAAUACUGUCCUGAUUUAUCUGCGAAUGGACAGAUGGACCAUCAGGAAGGCUAGCAAACCACAUGACUCAUUGAACUAAAAACUGAGACUGUCAUAUUCACUAAAAAACCCUAUGAGCUGUAGCUGUAGAUGUGUUUGAGUGGAAGCUGAGGAACUUGUUGGUGACUGACAGAGGUUGGCUUUCAGGUGACCUGCAGCUGCUCUAAAAUAUGCAUCAGCCUGUGAAAACAAACCUGCUCAUGUUAUCCCCUCGCAUGACUGCAUGAAUCACACCUACACACAGAGAAGCUAAAUAUAGCUGUAGGAGUUUUGCAGCCUGUUACAGAAUGAAGAGUCACAGGUUUAUUCUUAAAGGCAUGCAUCCAUGCUGCAGCAACAGGUGAUGUCAUGAACCACUGUUGCGCUAAAGGAAGUCUACGGCUGGCUUUCAUUUCUUCAACGCUGAACCUUCCUUUCACUUCCUUUUUUCUAUCUUGGCAAUCAGAGUGUUUUUUCAAAGAGGCAGCUGAAAAGCUGAAACCAUGAGAGAAUAUUAAAGCCGUCAGGAAGCAGCUGGGUAGCAGCCCAACCGCCUUCAGACGCUCUUAUGUUUUUGUUUCACCACACAUCUGACAUUCUGGGAAUAGCUUGCCUUGAAAAGAUCUCGGAUGUUUCUCGAAGAUGGCAAUAGUGGAUUUCCUGCCUCUCUCUCUCUCUCUCAUCCUCUCUCUAUUUUUCUUUCUCUCUCUUUAUCUGUCUGUAAACACCACAUGCACUUGUUUCCUCUGUGUUUAUUCAGCGGUGGUGGGCCACCACAACAGGAGCAUCAGGACUGCAGCUUGAGAAUAAUAUGCACUUAAAACAAAUAAAGAUACAGAGUGCAGGAAUCUCCCUCCAGACAAAACACAUAUGUCUAGCAUUAGAGCUAAGUAAAUAAAGUCAAACAGUUUUAGUGCUACAACUGCUGCUAAAACUAAAACAGACUCGAGACAAAAUUACUCCUGAAUGCCACAGCUGCAGGAAAUAACAGGGUAGAGCUCUGCAGUAGGUAGGUGAGCAGAGAAGCUUCUGUUUCUGCAGGGUUUUCAUGAGGCUGCAUGGGCAAGAGGAAUUUGAGAGUGUUUGUGGUUACAAGGCAGCAGCUACUAAUGAGGCUGUCACCACUCAUGCACAUCUCCCACCCUGCCUGCUGCCUGUUUAGACUGGUUCACUGCAGACAACGCAACAUAAACACUAUUGUCAGCGUAGACAGAUCAGAGCCUGAGCCUCAUAUCAUUACCUGUAACCAUCUGUAACAGGGAAACAUGUCAGACUUCCUCCAGGCCAUCUGCUUCCUCCUUUUACAGUGUAUUGUUUACCAUACAGUGUCCAUAAAGAGUGCUCGGAUCAUUAAGAUAACACUAUCAUAAAAUGAUUGUUUCAUGUGACUGCAAAUGAGCACCUUGUACUGUGGGGAUCAUUUCGAAGGAGUACUCAGAUUUUUCAGGGUCUCAUGCAUGUAUUAAGAUAAAAUACUCUGAAUGAGAAAGUUGAAGGCUGAAAAGUCAAAGGGAUGUUUUGCUUUGAGAGUUUAUACACCCACAGUCACACAUUUCUCUUAUGCACAGUUGAAAUAGAGCUGUAGGUGCUGCUUUUUUCUGAUCACUUUCUUCUUUAUAGUGUAAAAGUUCAUCCCUAUGUUGACACAAAAAUAUGACCCCAGUUCAACUUUCUGUCUCAAUAGACAUGUUCAGCAAACUACACCUUCAUCCCGUACAUGGUGACGCCUCACAACAAGGUGUACUGCUGUGAGAGCAGCCUGAUGAAGGGCCUGACCGAGCUGAUGCAGCCAAGCUUCGAGAUGCUGCUGGGACCGAUCUGCAUGCCGCUUCUCGACCGCUUCGUCCAGCUGCUUAAAGUGUCCCAGGCAAACUCUCAGUAAGUACAUUAUGACACUGAAAGUGGCUGCAGGGGGCCCAAGACUAGACUUUUGUUUUAUUUACAUAAACUUUUUAAAAUUGACUUGGAUUCUCAGUGUGUUGCUGUAAUUAAAGACAUUGUGUUUCAGAAUCUUUGCAGCUGAUUCUCACUGUGAUGAAAGUUUAUAACAUACAUAUUAAAUCUAACACACAGGCUGUUCAUGCAUAUUUAUUACUAUGACAAAUAGAUAAUGUUAAGCAGGAACAAUGACCAAUAUAGCAGAGCAAACGCUUAUCAGUAAAGCUAUCAUGUAACAGCACUUUAAAUCUUUUUCUCAAAUUCUAACAUGACAAGUGUUUAACCCAGGGCCGUGCUGUAGGUGACUCUUCUCUCAGAAAGUGAUUUAGCUCAUCGGUAAUGAUGCUGGAGCUGGAGCUUUGUUUGACUCUCACUCGCCCCAUUUUUACAUAGCACACCCCUCAACUUUGGCUUGUGUGGUGUGCCACAUUUUGAAAGAAAGGAAAACAUUUAUCAGCACCUCGGCUGCUGGAGGAACAUUGAAAGCUUUUCCUGCCAACAAGGCGAUGCAGCCAGUUAGCUCUCAUUCAGCUCCUGGAGUAGUGACUCAGGGUUUUGCAGAAAAGAAAAACCUACACUUUGAUAAAGCUGUCGUCUCCUGGAGAACAUUUUUAGCCGCUGAGCAUGGCAGAGAGUUUUCAUCUCUGCCAUCUCUGGUAUCUUACAGCCAUGCAUUCAGUACAUUGUGCAAAGGAGCAUGUCUCCUAUUUAUGAUGGCUAUAAAUAAUAACCAAUUGAACGCAGAUUUAAUCCAUUUUGCUAUGCAGCAUGAGACCAGAGCCAUGAAUUAUCGGUGACAGGGUUCAUUUUCUAAUAAGUGAUCUUCUGCUGCUUAGACUGAUUCUUGAAACAGGCUAUCAACCAGUGUCAGACAAAUUCUUCUCCAAAUGAAGUGUAAUUGAAUUUCAGUCAGCCGACUCACAUGGAACAGAUUUAUUGUGUGAAUAGAGAGAAUGUAGUGAGUCAUUAUUUCGUAUUCAGGCCUUAACCUUACGGCUUCCUGCAAAGAGGAGAGCACAGAGGAGCGUGGGAGGUGACAACAAUCUGCAUCACAUGAUCCCUGUUUGAGCUCUGGUUCUGAUCCCAACACAGUGUUUUCUCUGUUACUCUGUUUUGAAGUAAAUGAACAAGGAAAUCUCAUUUCUGAAGCUCACUAUAAUCUGAAUGUCCUCAGAGGAUCUUUGUUCAUCAAUUUUCAUCCUCUAAUGCGGUUAAAGAGCUUCACUGUCUCAAAGACUUAUUUUCUGCUUUUAGACGGAUUUAACUGAUAGUAACAGCAGUUUGAACAUUCACAAAGAUCCCCACAAAUAGAGCAGAACAUGCAAAUGUGUGUUUUUCUAAAAGUCAUAUAGAGUGAGUGAGGAUCCCACAAAUGGCUCUUUGAAAUACGCUCACUAUAAACUGGAGGCUUUUACUUUUAAAAGAGUGUGAAUCAGGGUUUCCGCAUGUCCUUGAAAACCCUAAUGAGCUUUUUACAAAUUUUCCAGGAUAUGUCGGAAAACGGACAAAAAUCAAGAGAACAAACAGAAUGUCCGGGAAAAUCUUGCGUUGUCUCGAAAAAUUAUUCAUGCAUUCUCUUAAAUUUAUAUCAGAGUUCCCCAAAAACAAGUUCAAUGUAUAUAGGACAGCAGUGCUAUGAAAGUGACAUCACAUGGACAUUAGGAUGACUUUAGUGACCAAAACUCUGAAUGAAGUAAGAAAUAUGUUUCAAAUGUGAGAAUAGGAGUCAAUGUUAGCUGCUAUUUGUAGUUUUUAUUGGGUUUUUGGAGUAGAAAUCAAUAAAUGAGAAAAAAAAAAAAUCUACAGGAAACACCAGAGCACUGAGUAGAGGAGACUGUCAUGUACAAUGGUCUCCCAUUAACCACAUAUCUUAUCAUGAAUUAUCUUAUCUUAUCUUACUCACUGGCCUUUGGCUCUUGAAAAAAAGCUGUGAUCAGUUGACAUAUUUUAAUGAGACAAUUUGUUCCUGUCAUCUACUUUGACUGUCAUUAAAAAUGUCUAAAAACAGUCAAACAAUAUUUUGACAUUUUUUAUGUUUCCUCUGGAAAAAAGUGAAGAGACAACCAGAAUAGCUCCUCUCAGUUGGGAACUAUCAAAAAUCAAGAUUCUGCACAGAGGAGAGCAGAGAAAUGGAUUAAAACUUUAAUUCUUUUAGAAUUACCCCUCAAGGAGAAACUCAAGUACCUGAAACAAUUUGAUCAGUUAGAUUAAUUAGAUGUGACUGGAAACAUCUUUCUGAAAUGAAUACAAAAGCCUAAUGUUAAAAACCUGAAAACAUGAUUUUAUGAGAUGUUUUUCUACCUUUUAACAAAGUAGCUGUGGGAUAAUUUAAGAUGACGUGUAUUAUUGUAAAGUCACCAUGCCCACUUACCUAUAUUUUCUCCCGUCGCAGUCAGUAUUUCCGUGAGACGAUUCUGAAUGAGAUCCGAAAAGCUCGGGAGUUGUACACUGGCAUGGAGCUGGCUGCUGAGCUGAGCCGCAUCCAGCAGCGUCUGGACAAUGUGGAGUGCCUUUCAGUCGACAUCGUCAUCAACCUGCUGCUCACGUACAGGGACAUCCAGGUACACACCAACUGUGAUUAUCUGAACGUAAACAUUCUGCUGUCAUGUGUGUAAUUAAGCGGGCUGCUUUAGUGGAAAUUACAGACUGAGAUAAUUAGUUGUUAUUGUCAUCGUGUUUGUAUGCAAUGGACACACUUGACCCCUAUGAAUUUUACAAAAGAGAACAAGGACAUUAGCACAUGCUCAUUUUGUAGAAACACAAGUGACUUGGUGUGAAAAACUUGAUGUAAAGAUGAGAAGAGGUUCAUCACACUGUGAGAGACUGUGUGAGCAAACCGAUGAACAAUAAUGUUCCUUUACUGCAUAGAAUUAGAAGAUUUCAGUAAAUAAUAAAAAGAGUCAGAGAAUCUGGAGACAUUUCCAUACAAAAGGCCAGUGCUGAAAAACAAUACUCGAUGCCCAUAAUCUUUCAGUCCUUGGUCAGUUCUGCAUGAAAACAGACGUGACUCUGUAGUAGAAAUCACUGCAUUUGGUCAGGUUCACCUCUUAAAACUGCUGUAUAUGACACAUUUUGCUGCUGCAUCCACAAAUUAGAACUGUGUCAUGCAAAGAAAAACACAAUCCAGGAACACUGAUGGCUUUGAGUCCAUUUAUGGUGGGCUUCCCAUGCCUAAAGCUGUAAAGAGGAAAACUGUCCUAUGGUCUGACGAAUAAAUUCAUGGUUAAAUGUGGCCCCUUUUCUGUGUUUCUUUGUCAAGUAAGAACCCACUGGAGUCUCAUAUUUGUAUGAAACGUCUAUGUGAGUAGUUGAAGAAGGUAAUCCUGUCAGCAGAUUUGUGAGCAGAGGACAUGCAAGUACUUUUCGUACAACACCCUGAAACCUUCACGCAUGGACUAAAAAUGUAUAUCAAACAAUUAACCAAGUUCAAACAACUUUUCAACUAAGAGCAGAUCAUUUGUGCAUGCUGCUUGUGUCUCUGACUCUGACUCUGACUACUGUACCAACUAACUGCCAGAGAGUAAGAGAGGGGUCACUGCAUCAGCGUUAUCCCUUUUUAAGUGCCAGUUUUCUAACAGAGGCCCAGGCAAACCGCCCUUGGAGAGCUCUAGGCAAAGCUUUUGGUCUACUGGUCUUAAAUCUGCUGCUCUUUCUUUCUCUCUUUAGUCUGUGCAUUGCAAUGGCACUCUGUCCAGAUCAUCCCACUCACCACAGACAGCGCUCAGCCUCGUGAAUCAUUCAUUAGAACAACCAACAUUGAGGACUAGCUGAAUUAUUCAACAUGCAUUGGGUAUAGUAACCAUGUAGGGGCAACAAGUGAUGAAGGAGGCCCUUAAUUAUUUAAGUGCUUUUGGUGUUACAAACAGAGUUGAGUCUCAGACAGAUUGAAGAAAAGGACAUUAGAAAUUCACAACCUCGACCUUCAGAGCAGCUCACUGCCUCCAUGAUUUUGAGGCUAUGUUUGGAGGACCUAGUGCAGAGAAACAAAAACAGCACAGCAAUGCUCCUCAAUGAACAGUGACAGUUCAACAAGAGCUCACCAGUGUGUUCCUCUCUUUCUCUCCAGGAUUAUGAGUCCAUCGUGAAGCUGGUGGAGACUCUGGAGAAGCUUCCAACCUUUGAUCCCAUGGCUCAUCCUCAUGUGAAAUUCAACUACGCCUUUGCACUGAAUCGGUAAGAUGGCGAGCGUGACUCAAGGCCUUACAUCUUUUGUUUACCUUAAUGGGGUGUUCACACCAAGCGCAAGUAAAAUCAUUCACGCAAAUCGAUUGCAUGUUAAGUUAAUGCAAAGAUGUGAUGAGACGCUCGUACUACUGUGGCGGCGCGAAUGACGUGAAUCGGGUUGUGCGAAUUCACGAAAGUUGAAAAUAUCUGAACUUGAGCAAAUAUUCGCGUCGCGAUAACCAAUUAGCAAGAAGGUUUCCAGGUGACGCAUGAAAACAGACUGGAGGAUGUUCACUGUGUGAAAAUAUAUACACAAAUCUUUUUACUGCAGUAGACUGAUGGACAGGUGCUCUGCAGCUGGGAUAGAGCGUUUGUAAUUGGUAUCCUGGAGGGAUAUCCUGGCACCGACCUUCACCAACAGGUCGUCAAAUUGGGUAUGGGUAACCCGAAAAUACCGCUGGAAACGUCUGUCAUCCGGGCACAGCUAUUGGUGGAGGAGACACAGACACAAUGAUGCCUAUUUAUCUGAUGGUUGUGGGCCUUCCACAACAAAAACAAAGCAGCAAUCCGCUGAACGUCAUUCACUCCUACCAUGCUUGAUGGAGUAACUUUAUUUGGACAUAGUUUUCAUCGACUGUUUAUAAAGAUGGAUAAAAAAAAAGGUAAACUUAUAUCUCAUUAUGUUGAGCCCAAUUUUGCAAACUCGGGAUUAACUAGUAAAGCCCCAGUAUUGACAGCCCACCAUUUCCACUAACCAAUACUCACAUUUAACUCACCAAUAAAACACCAAAGACUCCCCAGGUCACCAUAAACAGCUGCUCCCCCGUUUUGUGAGGCACGGUCCACAGCCUUGAAUAACGUUCACGAGCCCAAACAAAGUCAGCGUGCUACAACAUCAGACAGUAGAAACCAACCAGAAAGUAGGUAAAUUUUUCUGAAUCCUCCCUUGGCCAUGACUGCCCACACAAACAAGAAAACAAAGUAAAUACCGGGGACUCUGGCAGAAUAACAGGCGCUUAAAAAGGAGGCAGAUCGGACAAGAGCUAAAAAGCCGGGUCAACACCAUUGCAGCAUUUGGGGGGAUUCAGCUGGACAGGUAAACCGCUUUAACAAAGUUAGCCAAGUAUCUGUAACAGAAGCGUUUCUUGUCUAACGGGACCUACUGCGUGUUGUUGCGCUGCUAAACUGUUGACCUCAGGUCCUGGAGUAUAUCACUUUAUGUUAGUUGUAAAAGUCCUGCAAACAUUGUGUUUGCUGGUAGUCUGUUGGCAUCUACAGUAGCACCAGUGCUUUUUACUUUCACAUUGACUGGGCCCCAUUUGUAAUUAUUUGAAGUAUUCAUCUAUAUUAUAUCUAAAUUUAAUUGAAACAAUAUGAGCGAGCACAAGUGUCUGUUUGUAGGCGGGGCUUGAUGGAGCAGAGAGGGAGGGGAAAACUGGUUGGGAGGGGUAGUGUUUACAUUCAAGAUUUCUCCCAAAAACUGGCACUUACUCAGAUCCUGCCCACCCCACCUUUGAUCAGCUUGAAAAGAACUCAUUUUAAGAUAAUAACUAAUGUAAACCCAUAGUCCAUCUGUUUACAUGGAGGCCAUGGAUGAUAUAAUCUUUUAGUCAGUUUGAGGAGCUCCAAAUGUCAUUCAUUUUUUAUGAUUGGGACAUCUGCAGUACAGGAACUUUUGUGUUACAUACAAAAACCUGUAGUUCCUCAAACAACCACUUGAGGCUGAUUCCGAAAGUGAGGCAAGAUGUAAACAUAAAAUCAGAUGAUGAAAGCAGAAAAAAAAGUUGGUCAAUGGUUUAAAAUGGUUUACCACAUUCAUGCAAACCUGUGCGCAUUUGGAGCUUUUUAAGUUACAAAGAAGCCAAAAGUAAGCAUCUUUAACAGUUUGAUUUGAAAGUGUUACAUGCUGUAUGGAUGACACCUUCAAAUUAUGGCAUGAUUAGGGUGUUCAAGAAUUUUGUCAUCUGUUUGUUAAUGGGACGUUCCUCUCAUUUGCUCCACUCAACAGGGAUAUGGAUUACCUUUUUCCGGCUUAUUUAGAUUUUUCCAAAUAAGGCGUGUAGUAAAUAUGGAAAAUGGUUCUCUUCAAGAAUCCACCCCAUCAGAAAUUGAUGCUAUAUUAAACAAUAAGAAGUACAACAAGAAGAAAGUUAUUUCUAAAUAAUAUCAUGUCUUUUUUGAUUGUUUAGUGGUAAAUACAGAGAAUUUGAGACAAAAGUGGGAACAAGACCUUUAUAUGGAAAUUCAGAAAGAAGAAUGGUCUUGCGUUUGUUGGCAAGUUCAUAAAUUUUCUUACAAUCUAAGGCAGUAAAUAGCUCUAUUUAGGAUGAUAAAGGAUUUAUUAUACACCAGAAAAACUACAUAAAAUGAACAGGGAGAUGUCAUUUCUCUGCUGGCGCUGCAAAAAAGAAAAAAGGAGCUUAUUUUCACAUGUUUUGGUCAUGUGACUCACUCUCCUCUUUUAGGAAUUUGGUUAUCCAGUUGAUAUCUCGGUGUUUACAUCUAUCUAUUCCAUUGGCAUCUCAUUUAUGUCUUAAGGCAGAUCCUCAGAAUUUUUUUAAAAUCUGGCAAUCUCAUCCAGAAUUUGACUUCUAGACCUAAGUAAAAUAGUUUGUGUGUGUGUGUGUUUAUUUUUAUUUGUUUGUUGUCAGUGGGUUAUUUCCCACUUUGUUUAUUUGUUUCAUUUGUUGCUUAUUUUCUUUUUGCUGUCAGGGUUUGUUGUUCUUUAAAGGUAUAUGUUUGGAUAUUGUUUUGGUCCUGUAAUUGCUGUGAAAGGGGCCAGCCCCCAAUUAGGAUUAGAAAAUGGUGAUAUGGAGUGUUCUGUUUUUCAUAUUUGUCAAGGUAUCAAGCCUGUUGAAUGAUGUGAUUUGUUUGAUUUGUUCUAAUUUGCUCUCUGUGAGGGAACAUGAGAUGUGGGGGCAUGAGUUCUAUGUACAGAUACUUCACAAUUAAAUAGGAAAAAAUUAAAAAAAAUAUGAAAGAGUUUGAUUUGGGUGAGCUUUCAAACAUUAAGAGACAUUCACCAUGAGCUCUUUUAUGUUUUGGGAUUUGAAAAGAACUACACAGAAAAUCCUUGACAGAUCAUCUUCUAUCCUUAACUUUUCCUUUAGUUGCCCAGUUUGCAGAUGUUUGGAGCUUUUUGGGUUGUUGUUGUUUUUUUUUUUUUUUCCCACCCUUUCUCAGUCAUCCUUUUGUUUUUGGAAGGCUUACAUAGACAGCAGUGAUGGGAGAAUUUCCUCAAAGCCAUAUGAAAUCUUAAAAAAACUAAUAAGCAGCUGCUAAUUCAGUCUGAACAUUCCCAAACAGCAGUGGCGUUAUGAGUAACGUGUGCAGAUGUGCUUAGGAAAGAGACAGAUGUACACCACAAAGAGGUUUUCACUGCCCGUUUUCACACCACCUGCUUUUCUUGUAAACUUCCUGUGGUUUUUGAUUCAAACAGAAAUAAAGCGUGCUGUUCUGUAAUAUGGCAGCGAUUGGAAAAUGUUUCUUCAGGAAGCCAAGACACCCGUGUGUUCUCGCUGUUACUGUCUGGCCCAUUACCAGCGCGUCAUAUCGCGUUUGUGGGCACACCGAGACAUCAUGUGAGACAGAAUUAGAAAAUAAGUGCUAAUGAGAUGAGACUACACCCAUGGAGAGUUUGAGUUGCUUCCCUCAGGUUUCAAUCAGGAUGUCAUGAGUGGGGAGAGAUGGCUCUUGGCAUCCUUUAAAUAAAGUUGUAAUGACUUAGACAGUUGUUACACAUGACUGUUGUUGUGUAGAGAUCUGUUUGACAGAUUGGUUUGUGUUCAACUCAUUUUUUGUGUCUAUAUGAGUCAAGACACAGUAGGAUUUUAAUGAUCACUUUCCUAAUGAGGGUAUUUUCACUUCCCAAUGUUUAGUAAUAUAUUCUGCAUAAAAUUUUAAGAUGUGUUUUCAGGGAUCUGGAUCUAAACUCAGUAAGGUUGUAGUUUCUUUCAGACUUUUGUUUAUGGUGAAAAAACAGUUUGUAUGGAGAGCAAAAACAGGCAGACUCCAUCCUGUGGUUACAAAAAACCUAAACACACGCUUAAAUCUGUGAUUACAGGAUUGCAAAAUAGAAAAUACAUCUGACAGUAUAUGAAAGCAGAUACUGUUGUAGAUGGUCUUUGAGACUGAAGCUUCAAAUGGAAAUUACAUCCAUGAAUUAUGUUCACAUGCUGACCUUUCAUUGAGUCAUUGCCCGUCAGCAACCUGAUGAUUGUUCUGAGACAAAUCCACAGAUUGAAGUGUGAAUAGACUAAUUGGCUUCGGCCUCUUGUCAGCGGCAGACACGCGACUGUUGAAAGCUGCUUGAGGGGGAUGUUGCUCAGGUUUUUCACGCUGCUAAGAGCCUGACAGGAGCAAGAGAAGAAUUUCCUCAGCGAGAGAGAGAGAGAGACGCAACAGAUGAGAGCAGGUUUCAUCUCCCAGAAGUCUUUUCUCCAGACUGUCUCCAUGGUAAUAUCUGUCAGCUCAUAUGUUUUAUUUAACCUUCACGCCCCAGAGAGAAGCUGCGUUAUGUUUUUUGGGAUUUUUUUUAUGGCUGUCACAAAGUGUACCUAUUUAAGACUUCUCCUUAAAAAAACAUGUACGACCAUGUGCUUACAAACAGAAAAACUAUCCACAGCUCAUACCUCAGAACUAGUCCAGUAUUACAGCCUUGGGGAGUAAUAGACUACUUUUUGGGACUUGGCGUUAGAGGUCGUCCAUUCAAGAUGUCCUCACCUUGCAUUGACAUAGUUAACAGUCCGAGAAGCAACACUGGAGUUGAUGUUGUGAGAUGACACUGAGGAGCAGAUUGCAUGCAGCACAUGUAUGCAGAUGUCCAUCUCAACGUUAAUUACAGCUAACCCAAAGUCAAAUGACCACUAAUGAGUUUCAGAAUACAGUUAGAGCCGCUGUGUUCCUGCCUUUUAUGCUCUCCCCACAGACAUUUGCCUUCGUACCACCAGAGCCGGCCAAAACAUGAGUUUGUGAUCACGCUCAUACUACAAACAGAAACCAAAACAGUUCUCGUAACUCCUCCACAGAUUCUGCAAAAAAAUAUAGACUUUACAAAAAGAGAUUAAGGUUACUUACACCCCUUCCUCAAAAUUACUGUAAAGAUGAGACAACAUCUCUUAGUGGGGAAAAAAAUAUAACAAAAACACAAAUUUUGGUCAUAGUUUUAAUACCCUCACUGCUUGGCUGGGACAGGAAAACCUUGUUUCUGAUUGGGCCUUUAGAAGCCUGUAGCUGGAUAGAAACUGGCUUUCUAUCCAGUGACCUGGCUUUCUAUCAUAGAUUACCUUUGUAAUUAAGGAGUAGCUACCAGUCUCACAAAAGGGUGUGUAUUUUACAGUAAAGGUCCUUACAUACCGGUACGGUUUUUGUCGUGCGAUUAUUACGGACGUCAGUAUUUUUUUUCGAACCAGUAUCCUGUCGAUACAAGCGUUAGCAUCAGCAACAUUUUCACAUCCUGCGAUAUUGCGGCAUUUAGUUUUUUCGUAUCAUGGUCGAUUUUUCUAAAGUUUCCCAGACUGUGUGUCCACUUCUGACCAAUCAGAUUGCGUGUUGUUGCGACAUCAGAUUCACCGGUAUAUUCAACUUAUCCAACAUAUCCAACCGGCUGAUUUUUUACGUGUCGGAAGCAGAGUGCAUUUUGAUAAAAGACACAAAUAUUACAAAGAUAACGACCUGAAGGACAUCUUGUGGAGAGUCAUAGCAUCGGAUCUCUCAUAUGACGAUGGUUUGUGUGCUUUAACAGUUUGCUAAACGUCUUUGUUUAAACUUUCAUCUGUGCUAACGUAAGCUAACGGUUGUUAGCAUAGCUUCAUGUGCCUAUCUGGUACUGGCCCCGACUCAGUAUUUGCUAUCAUGACAGAAAGCCAUCUCAACACUAGUGUCUAAUCAGAACUGAAAACAAUCAGCAACCGUGGUACAGUUUCAGCUCCUGGGCCAAGCAGUGAAACUCACCAAGUUCUCUUUUUUGUAAUAUUGGAUGCACUCAUGUGCUACGCUUCUUUUUCUUUUGAGAAAGCAAAAGGAGUACCAAUUUGCCAUCACUUGAAGCUGAAGUAGACUCCAUUUUUGUCCUCUCGCUUCCAGCCGGGAUGCUGGUUGUUAAGGGAACGUCCUGCCCUCCUUCGCCUCUGAUUGGCUAUAAGUGCUGACCGUUUGGCUUGAGCGUGUGAUGACGUUUCCAGCUUUUCUAGCCAAUCAGAGGUAAAGGAGGCCUCUGAAUAUUUCAUGAUUUCGCGUUCUAUAUUCGUGUCGGCCCCGGUGUGUAAGGACCUUGAGUCUCCACAUCUUACUGUUCUAUGUUCAAGCAGCCUUUUUUUGAGUACCUCCUUGAGCGUUCUGUUCAUGUCAUUACUCUGCAAGCCACACAUAACUAAGCAGCUGUUAUGCAUAAAGACAAAUGAUGCUGAUGGCUUAAACUAGUCAGAACCAAUUCUGAUCUGGAACUGGUUAUCAAUUGUCAUCCCUGGAUAAGAGAUAUUUUAUAUACCUUUCUGGUUAUCUCAAAAUUGAGUCGAUUAAAAUACAUAAGUUGAUAUGAGUUAUAUUAGCUGGAUAUUUAAUGUUGAAUUUUCAAGAGAAGUAAGAAAAAGUGAGAGAACUAACUGGAAGGUAGACCCAUUUUAAUUCACUAUUCACCUCCAAAUGCUGCAGCUGUACUCCGGCUUUGUUUCUGAAUCUAAGCUUUUAUGAACCUAUCUUCAUUUUAUUCAAUUAAUUGACUCCCUGAAGGGCUCUUCACUUAAUUUCCUUUCAAGAGCAGCACACUCUCUUACAUUUAUAAAUGGGUUAUUCAUUUGACAGCCUUAGUUGUUUCCUUUAAGGUUUGUCACAGAAAGAUUCAGUACGAGUGAUCUACAGCAGCACAGUUACAGAUCACAGUGGAGGAAAUAAAAGUAGAGACUCAGCGACCUCAGCAGUGUGUAACUGGCACCAGUGUUACCUCUGUGUAGGUAGAUCCGGCUGCCAACAGCAGGUAUGCAACUGUUCCCUAGCUACACACACAAACACACUCAUACACAUAAUUAUACUCACACACAUACCUUUCACACACACGGCUGGUGUUGCUAAUUUGAUUCAUGCUGUCCAAACCAGUGAUUCUUUCAUGCACCCAAGGAUUGAUCUGUCUGUCUGUCUGUCUGUCUGUCUGUCUGUCUGUCAGUUUUUGUGAAACCAGAAUAUAUACGUUAUCGUGUUGUACAAAAUGUAAAGGCCAUGACCAUGCAGCUUUUGUAGUGGUUUUGCUUUACUGCAUUUGCCCCUGACCUUGCAAAACAUGCUUCACUGACACUCAUCAUUACAUAAGACAGAUAUUUUUCAUCAUGUCUUAUAAUCACAAUAAAAAUGGUUUAAGGGGACUCUUGAUUUUGCAAUGUUACACUUCAAGUGAUCACAAGCCCUUCAGAAAACGAUUUAUAUGGAAAAAGUUGAGGAAAGGCUUUUUCCAGGGGGAGCUGCAUGAAAAUUGACAUAUUAGUUCUGGUGUCUUUUUUUAUUUUCACUAUUGAAUAUUCAUUUCAGUCAGAAACAGUAUAUGUAUUUUCUGAUAGGGGAUCUUACUGGGGCUUCAGAUCUGAAUAAAUAAUAAGAAUCAAUAACAACACACCUGAUCUCCAUGUUUAGUUUAACCAAGCAGGAAUCUGCAGAGUGGAAAAAACACUUCCUCACAUGUUGGUCUUGAUGUCUCACUCUUAAGAUGUUGCACAAAUCACAAGUACUCAUGAGGUUAAACAGUAUCCACAGAUAGAAACUCUGAAGAGGUGCAGGGAAAAGUGUCUCAUCAGCAGCAGCUCUGAUGGCAGAAAGAGUGGAUUUAGUUCAAUCCAGUGUGUGACACCAAUUUUUGCUGACCAAAUGUUUAAUCAGUAUCAUUCAGAAUCAUACACAGAAGUUAAGAGCUAACCACUUUGACUGAAAAAUUCUGAGGUGCAAUUGGGCUGCAAGUGUAUCAGGUUAAGUGUCAUCUCCAGAUCACUUCAGUCACUGUUGUGGGAGGGAGGGAGAGAGAGAGAGAGAGAGCAUUGUUCUUGACUGCUGGCCACUUAUCUGUUAAAGGUGGGGUAGGCAGGAUCUGAGGAAGUGCCAGUUUUUGGGACAAAUGUUGAAUGUAAACACUACCCCUCCCAACCAGUUUUCCCCUCAGCUCCUCCUCUCCCCUCCCUCUCUGCUCCAGCAAGCCCCGCCCACAAACAGACGAAAGUGAAAGUAAACAGUAUUGGUGCUACUGUAGACCCCAACAGACUACCAGCAAACACAAUGUUUGCAGGACUUUUACAACUAGGAAAAAGUGACAUACUCCAGGACCUGAGGUAAACAGUUUAGCAGUGCUACAACACGCAGUAGGUCCUGUUUGACAUAAAACACUUCUGUUACAGACACUUAGCUUACUUUGUUAAAGCGGUUUACCUGUCCAGCAGAAAGGUUACAGGGUCCAUAAGAACCCAAAGCGUCCCCCAUCGACCUGGCUUCGUAGCUCUUGUCUGGGUGGUCUACCUCCUAUUAAAGCACCUGUUGUUCUGCUAGAGUCUCCGAUAUUUACUCCAUUUUAUUGCUUGUGGUGGCAGUCGUGGCCAAAGGAGGAUUAAGACAAUUUUCCGUACUUUCUGGUUGGUUUCUACUGUCCGAUAUUGUAGCACGCUGACUUUGUUUGGGCUUGUGAACAUUAUUUAAGGACGUGGCGCGUGUCUCACAACACGGGGGAGCAGAAUCGGCCUCACAACCAAUUAGCACAAAGGAGCAGCGUCCGCCUCACAACCAACCAGGUUUGGGGAGGUGGAGAAUGGCUUUGUUUACAGUCAGAAAGAGUGGGCCGCCAAAAAAAUGUAAAAUGUUGACUACACAGACAUAACAGAACACAGCAAUGUCAUUAUAUUACCAAAUGUCAUCAGUAACUUAUAGCUAUUGACUGAUAUUAAAAACUUUUUUGUAUAUACACCACAAAAAACGAUGCUUCUUUAACAAUUUCCUGCCUACCCCACCUUUAAUCAGUCUUCUCCUUCCUCUGACUUGUCAUGUAAUAGAGCAAAGAUUGCAAAAUUAUAACUAACAGCAGCUCUAGAAGAGUUUGUUCUCUUAUCAAUCCUUCGUUUUGAUUGUUUUAAGAUUUGGAGUUGGCUUAUUUGACUGAGAGGUGAGCAUGUUCUAGCCAUUGGCCUCAACUCCACCUCUUUGCUGAUUUGUAGAUCUGCCUCGAGUUUUCUGGGACCAACAUUGUCAGUAUCUUUGGUCUUUCAUCACACCUGUCUCUGUGACCAUGUCCAUGUUUUAUACCGUCUGUGGUCUCAACAGGAAGCUGAACAUCAUUUCUGGUUCUGCUGUUUCUGUUGGAUCCUUUUUUUUUUACUUUCCAUCACAUACUUGUGAAAGUCUUCACUAAUUUAGUGCAUUCAAAAACGGCUUUAGUUGGUUCUUAUUUUUACCUUUUAUUGUAAAAUAAAACUGUUAAUCACAACCCAAGAGUAUGAGAUUACUGCACAGUGAAGCACUUAACUUUACUAUUAGAUUUAAGGGCCAGCAAGAGAGACAUUGAAGAAAAACAGAAGAAAGAAGUUACUCACAAGUUGUUCUGCAUGUUUUUGUGUGUUUGUCGUGAUUGUAGGAGGAACCUGCCAGGCGACAGACAGAAGGCUCUGGACAUUAUGCUGCCCCUGGUGGAGGGUGAGGAGCAGGUGGCCUCAGACAUCUACUGUCUGGUGGGGCGGAUCUACAAGGACACGUUCCUGGAGUCUCAUUUUACUGACACAGCGAGCAGAGACAGCGGCACACACUGGUGAGGAUGGCAGUAUUCAGUCAGCUCAGUUUAAAACCCUAAACUAAAAAAGGAAAUAAACCCUACACAUGCAGAACUUUGAUGCAGCUCUGCAGGCUUUGACUGUAUGCAGGAAACAGCUGACUGUAGAAGGUGAUAAAUUAAUCUCUUCGUGCUUUUUCCCCUCAGGUCCUCUGUGUUACAUUAUCACAAAGCAGGUCAAAACUAACACCAUCACAGGGCUGUCAGUGCAUCAUCACAUCACAGCCUCCUCCUCCUAUGACAAAGGGAGUGUACUGGUCGCACUAAACCAGCUCGUAACACCAUCUCUACCUUGUUAACCUGCCAACUAAAUGAGUCGCUAACUUGGAUCAGUAUAGUUUUGAAUAUUUUGGAUUCACUUUUGGGGAGCUGUAUUGUUGUUCAUCUUUUUUAUACUGUCUUGUCAUUAGGGGUCUUUUGUCCCUGCUGUAAGAUAAUAACUGAUGGGCUCAGAGAUUGUAAAUGCAAAAAUGCAGGUAAAUACCUUCAAGGUAACUUAUCUGAUCAUGGUGCCACAGCUCAACAAAUAAACCAUGCCUAGUGCCAAGAAUAGUGUGAUGACUGAGUCUGGAGAUGGAACCAGAAUAAAAAAACAGACAUGGGGAGGGUUUGCAGGUUCUGUUGAAGCUGAAGGUGUUGCUUCAGGGAAAGGAAUUCAGGGUCCGAGCAAAGUGGAGAAGUUCAGGUGAGUGGGAGAGUGCUGGGUUGCAGGGUGAUGAGAGGAACGGUGGGAGGCGCUGGGAAAAAAAAGAAGAAAGGGAAGGUUAGUUACCAAAAAAUAUACAAGCACUAGAAAAAUCUUCACGUGUUUUCACAAGAUCACCAGAACGUGUCUGUGUACUGCUGCGUUAAGGUGUAAAAAAAACUCUAGCGCUGAGGCGUGGGUCAGUAGCGAUCAUAAAGUUGGCUUGAUUGAAGAUAGGGGACAGGUGAGCGCACUCAGCCUCAGCGCCACAGAGGGGGAGGGAGCAGCCUCUGAAAGCAGGCGACACAGCAAGACAACCCCGUCCAAAAAAUAAAAAUAGAAAACCUUAGAACACUGCUCAGUCACUGUUAUUGUGAACCACAAGUGUGAUUGAAGCUAGAAGGUGGGACACAAGGCUAUAGAUGACAGCUCAUCACAGCAGUGACAUCAAGAAGGCCAAAGGCAUCCACCCCUGAAUAACUUGAUUAUAAUGCUCAUUGCAUAAUCGUUAUGCAAUGAGCAAAAUCAUAAGAACAAAUGCAGAUGUUCCUGUUCUUCCAAAUAAUAAUUACAUGAUGCAAGUCGCAGUCAUCAUCAGAUUGAUUUGGUGUUUGAUAGUCUAGAGUAAAAUCUAAGAGAGUAGGCUGCCUCUGUUUGUGGAAGUGUUUUUUGUUACUCUGCAUUUCACCCAUAACCAGGGCUGGACUGGGACGAAAAAAUCAGUCUUUGUCUUUUUGGCUCACAGUGGCCCCCAACAGAAAUAGUGUCAAAGUUUUACUUUCAUGAAAGCUUUGACAUAGUUUGGUUACAAUACAGUUGAAAUAGUGACUUUUGCUUGAAGUGGAGAUUUAUACAGUAUUCUGCUUUAAUGUCUACUGUUAUUUUCCAGAUAUUUCAAGGCAACAAAAAGACAAAACCUGUGUAACUUCCCAUGAUUAAGAGUGUGUUUGUAACAUGUAUAAACCAAAUUUCUAUAUUUUAAAGGGAAAGCUUUGAAAAUGUCUUUAAUCGAGUUUCAUUGAGUUUAAAGAGGAACAGUGAAAAGCAGAGUAUAUUUUUCAUGAUAGUCAUCCAGUUUUUAUGAAAGAAUUUUACAUAUGCCUCUAAAACGGUUCAUGGAAAGCAGUUAAAAAUCAUCAAAACUGUAAUAACUUUGAAAAGGAGACAGAAAGUUUAGCAUUUUGUAUUAAUUCUUAGUACAGAUACCCUUUGAGAUGCUAGCUCAUUAUUACUUUUAUUGUUGCUUUGUUCAGUCCUUAUCUGCAACAGCCUGUUAAGGACUGUUGGAUGCUUUUGCCUGAGAUUCGCAGCAUAAUAGAGCUGCUGGAAAACCUGCCUGUUCUGCUCGAUGUGACUCAGCACAGCAUGAGACAUUUGUGGAGGGUUUCCAGCACCUUACUGAGACUUGAGGAGGUUCUUGGGUAAAUCACUCAUCCCUGGCUAGUUUGCAAUCUCCUCAAAGUCUGGCUGUCACAUCAGCACUCUAAUAAUAACCAGACUAACAAUAGCAAACAAGUUGGCUUAAUAACAGGCUGGUGAUUGCCUUCAUCCUCUAAUUGCUCUGCCGAUCUCAUAUCUCUCUCCAUUGAAUACUCUGCCUACAUUGCUGCGCUCCCAUCUGGUAAAUAUUUUCAGAUCUAUGUUGUAACUUGGCAGAGAAGCGCUCACAGCCCUUCCUUCAGUUCAGUAGAUUGUUCAUUAAAUAAAUUACAUUUCUCGUUUGGCGGGGGGACUUGUGGUUAUGGUUUGUUGUUCUGUGGUCCCCACUCAAUAUGGCUGUUAUUGUUUUUUCUAACAUGAAGUGUCUCAGGAAGCAGCGCAGCUCAGAGAAAGACAUCAGUUAUCUCAGGGGUAGACUUGGGAUUUGAUAUGACGCAUGUCUUGAAGGAGGAUGUUUAUUGGAGUCAUCUUGUCUUCUAUUCUCAGGUUUAAAAAGGGGUUUGAGUCAGAGCCAACACUACACUCUGGUAUCAACUACGCUGUUCUGCUCCUGGCAGCCGGACACCAGUUUGACUCGUCCUUUGAGCUUCGCAAAGUUGGUGAGUAGACGCUAGACUUCAUGACUAUUUAUGAUUAACCACAGUAUGUAAUAAAAAAGAAAAGAAAAUUACAAAAUGAAUGCUUAAAUUUUCUAAUUUAACAUCCAUGCAUGGAAAUCUCCAGGUUGAAGCUGCAUGCAUUGAUUUGUUAACGUUUAAUUUGAACCAAUAAACAAAUGAUCACUUUUAAGGAGUCUCUCACUAACUCCAGGCCUCAGAGAGUAAUUAUUACCUUGAAUUCGCUGAUCACAUCCGAUCUACAGAGAGUCUAGAUUUGUCACUUUGCCACUACUGUCAUCAAUUCUUUUCACUGUGGUACCAUAUGCACCUGUUUUGGGCAAAACAGGCACAAUACAGCAGAAUUAUAAGCAGCUACAUUUUGGAGCUGCUAGGCAAUAGUUAUGACUGUGUCUAAAUUCACCAAGAGGACUCAGAUUAAACGUUAUUCUGUUGAGUGUGUACUGGAUUUGUAAAUGGGCAAAAGCCAGCUCAUUGUGAUAUCAACUUUCAUGGGUAAUUAUGUUUUACUGUUGAUUUGCCAAUAGCUCCAAACUGCUUGAUCAGGGUUGGGAUUCUGGGGUAACGCACAUGAAAAUUACAGCAAAAAAGCGUGAUAUAACACAGUGUGAGAUGAUAUGAGACAGUAUAACAAGAUAUGAUGUAAUACACUUAAUUUCAACAUAUGAUACAGAAUAAUACCAUACAUUUUGAUAGGAUAUGAAAUGAUACAAUAAAUGCCAAAAGAAGGUAUGAGGCUUUAAAAACUGAGGACCUGCAGAGUUUUAUUUUGCAGGUAGGCACUGCUGAUUCUUGAAGCAGACACGGUCUCCUCAUAUCUGCCUUAAUACAGAACAAUCUGAUCAUUUUUAAUAAGAUUUCUUGGUUUGGCAAGCAGGCAUGCUUCCAAAUCAUCCACUGAAAUCUGAGGCUCAGGGGAGCUUAGGAAUGUGAGAAACAGAGCGAACAGUCCUGGGAAUCAGCCUGCAGCUUCUGAAUCUACCCCACCCUUAGUCCCAACAGACCAUGAGCUACCCCUGAGCUAAUCCUACCCCUAGACCCCCACCUACCUCUCCAAGUGGCUGGUUAUUGCAACAGGGCACGUAGCGGCAGCUUUGUUUUGCAAAAGACAAGGGCAUAGUCCCAGUUUGCUUUAGACUGUGGCAGAAUAGAUUAAAAAAUAUGAAAGCCAAACUUCUUUGAUGCAACAGUCUUAUCUUUGGCUGCCCUGUCUUGUUUUCCAGGGGUGAAGCUGAGUAGCCUGUUGGGGAAGAAAGGCAGCCUGGACAAGCUGCAGAGCUACUGGGAUGUGGGCUUCUUCCUGGGUGCCAGCAUCCUGGCCUGUGAUAACACCAGGGUCAUCCAAGCCUCUGAGAAACUCUUCAAACUCAAGGCCCCCAUCUGGUGAGAAAUAAUAAGUAUUCCUUAUAGUAGCAUGCCAAAAAAAGCUUUUCAGGCUGCAGCCUUCACCAUCUGUGUGCCAUGGUUAGCCCUGAAAACACAGCCUCCAUCUGUGCCAAUUGUCACAAGCAUUUGGUGUGUCAAAGAACUGGAAACAUCACUGAACUCACCACAAACAGCUCUUCUGUCUUUGUGUGGACUCAAUAAAUAUACAAGCUUGCAACAUUUUGCAAGGAGUUUAAAAUGUACAAAAAUUCAAACACUCCGGAAAGAUAUGCUUCCCCGCUGCAGAAGGGACAAACAGGCAGUUUGACAUUUGAGUAAUUCAGAGAUUGGUCAGAUUUGUGCCAUUAUCCACUGCAGAGUAAAAGCGUUUUUGUUUUGGGCAAAAUGUCUUUUUAAGAUGUGAUUUGCAUUCAUUCGUAAAGAUUUAUGAGACCAAGCCAGAUGUUUAACAUGUGAUGAGUACAGUAAACAGUCUGCAGCUGCUUUUUUUUGCUAGACCCUGCUGUUCUCUGUUUGUUUUGGUGCUGAGAAAACUCCCCAAGUUUCCAUUAAUGUCGCAAAGAAAAAUGAGCAGCAGCAUGGAAACACAAGCAGAUAAUAUUGUUUGUUCAUGUCAUUUUUCUUUGGGAUCUUUUCUCAAACAAUGUAAUUAACAUGCAAAUUAUUGUUUUGUUCACAACAGCAGAUGUUUUUCUGUUGAGAUGCUGAAUGUUAAUAUGAUUUUUUGUAGAUUCAUCUCAUUAAAUAAGGGGCUGAUCCUGGUCUUUAAUGGAUGCAUUUUUCUUUUGCUUGUUUUCAGGUAUCUUCGCUCACUAGUGGAGACAAUCUUGAUUUACCAGCAAUUCAAAAAGCCAGGCACAGAGCAGCCGGCCCCCAAACAGGAGCUGGUGGACUUCUGGAUGGACUUUCUGGUGGAGGCCACCAAGAAAGACGUUUCCUCUGUCCGAUUUCCUGUAAGGAACUACAGACAGGAAACCACCUGACCUCAAUCAUGCAGCUCAGCCGAGAAAAGUCAUUGUAGUACUGACACUUUCAUUUCUUUCUUAGGUGUUGAUAUUGGAGCCCACUAAAGUGUACCAGCCUUCAUAUCUGUCCAUCAACAAAGACGUGGAUGACAACACAGUGUCAAUCUGGCAUGUUGCCCCUGACGAUAAGGUGGGUGGUUUUCAUAUCUUCCCCUAGAAUUUUGCUUAUACAGUAUUGUUGGUGAAUAAUAAUAGUGACUUCAGUAGUUUUGUUACUUGAACCCAUGGCCUGUUUUUGGUCUAUAACUGAAGCAGUUUCAGAGGCUUUACAAAAGGCUUUAAAACAGAGUGACAUGUGACAUGGUCAAGCCUUGAUUUGAGGUCCCAAUAAUAAUAGGAUGAGUGAUAAAAAGAGGGACUUUAUGAAACAGGGACAUACUCCCUGUAACACCCCUGACUGGUUUCAAAAGUGGUGCUGGAAAUUUGCGCUUUCUAACUUUUUAUCUCUUUGUUUCGGCUCUACAAAUUUAUUGUGUAUUAUUGCAAAAACUUUCAAAACAAAGUGAAAUAAAAAGUGAGUAAAACUGACAUUUUAUAAAAGUGUCAGUGGAUCAUCCAGGACUUUCUGGGGCAGCCUUAAGUGGACUAGUGUGAAAGAUCAUGGUUUGUGUUAAAACCUUAGAUUAUUUGGACAGUAUUUAGGGAAUAGAACAGAGUGGGUGACUCUCUCACACACACCAUAUAAUAGAAAAUGUGAUAUGAUAUGAUAUAAUAUGAUAUGACUUAGUACAGCACAAAGUUAAACCCAUUUUCUCCUCCAGAUUUCAUGAUUUAUCUUUGGUGAGACUCUGCUGCGAUAAUGGAUCGUUGUUUCCUGUCAUGAAGUGUUAUUGAUUUUUUUUUCUCAUACUGUAGUUCAGUUUUGCUCUCUGAAAAAGCAGCUUCUAGAUGAAAGUGGAUGCACACCAGGAACUGGUCCCUGUAAAUCUGCCACAUCAGCAUUUCCAUCCUCACAUUUCGAUUUAAUACAAGCAUGACAGCUGAUCUAAUAAAGCCUCUAAUGUCUUUUUAUUGCUGUAGAUUUAAUCUACGCAUGCCACUGCUGUAAUAUUGUUAUCAGUAUGAUAUAAUCAAUCAGUGCAGUGUCAUCCACUGGGGACACUUUGAUUGAGCGUGUCCCUGGAGCUCUGAUGAUAUUUGUUGCUUUCUUUCCUGCAGCAAAAGGGGAUUCAUGAGUGGAACUUUAGUGCCACAUCAGUGCGAGGUGUCAGGUCAGUGUUUGCCAUCUUUAACGACACACUUAUGUUGUAGAUGACUGAUGAGACAGAGACUCCACAUGUCGCCACAGGGCGACUGGUUUCAGUUUAUCAUCAGACAGCAGAUAAGAGGAAAACUGUCAAGCUUCACUUUGUCACACAGAGUUUUAGGAGCCAUACAUCAAGUCAUUGCGGCUAUACAGACAGAGAUGUCACGACUUGUUUUCAGUCAUUCUGGCUGUAUGUUUUUGUUAUUUCUCACCUAUUUCUAAGCUCAGCUGUCCUGUAAGUGCACAGAUUGUAUUUAACAUUCACAGUCUAAGAGUUAGUAUGCACUGAAAGCAAUGCAGGUUACUGAGAGAGGAGAAAAGUGUCAUUAGGAUUUACAUCUUAUUUUCAGACAAUCGCAUUGUGUUUUAAAACAACAAAUAAGACACUGACCGUUAGAAAGACUAAUGGGUAACACUUGGAAAUAUAUAAACAUUCUUGAAACCUCUUUCACAUUGUCUAUGGAUAUGCAUUUAUGUACAGUAGAUGUGUGUAAUUGCUGUAUAUGUUUUGUUUAUCCUCAUUUGGGAUGGGGAUCAAAAGUCAGGUCCUCUUAGAUGCUACAUCCACAUUUUUCAGAUCCCCAAAAUCAGCCACAUUUGAGUUUAUUGGGUCUGCCGUCUAGCCUCAUGAGCCUCUUUAAGAUAUUCCUCAUUUUGACUCAUCAUGUAAAUGUUGUGAAAAUUACUGAAAAACCUCAAGAUAAGAGUAAAAUACAGUAUAUCACAUACUUUAGGUUUGAAUGUCUCAGGAAUGGAAUCACAGUUGUUGUUUUUAAGGUGCAGAGGCCUUGAAGCAGAGUCAUACAUUUUUUUUAAUGCGUACAAAAAAACAAGCAGACAUGUCUGUUACCAUGACUUCAUCUCUCACAGACUUAUCAGACUGCUCCAUUAAUACCACAGACAGUCUGCCACAGUCACUUACCAUCAUGUCGUCUGUGUGCCUCUCUUUCCUCGGUCCUCAAAGGAAUUCAGAGUCAGAUGAGAGAAGAGAAGUGUAGGGCCACGCUCACAUGUUGCUAGGGAACUACUCAUUCUCUGUGCCCACUCAGCCUGCAGACAGUCAGCAGGACACAAAAGCAGCUCUGCCAGCAAUAAAACAGGCGCACACACACACACACACGCACACACACAGUCCCUCCGUUGUCUGCCUUGGCGUAACUGGCCUUGGCACAAUGGCUAAAAAUUGGACAAGUGCUCAUUUCAGCAUAUGAAAGUUCCUAUUUAGUUUUUCAGUUGAAGCUGUCCAUGCUUUGUGCAGAGGAGCAGUGUAAUUGUAUUAGCAAAUAAAAUGAUUGUAUGUAAUUUGUCCAGAAACAAACCGUCCUCUCUCAAACUCAAAUACUGCAUUUGUUCUUUGUAUUUCAGUUUUAUCCAUUGUCAUUAAACCAGUGCGUAACCCCUGGGUUUUAAAUGUUUCUAGAUUUGCCUCCAAACACUGAAACAAAAACUCUUUUUUGGUACCAGAGACUGGAUAGCUGAUGUCAUAAAGUCCUGUGAAAGACUUGAUUCAGCUGUAUCAGCUCUCAUGUGAUGAUUGUCCACCUAACCAUGAACUGUUUCUCCUCAGCAUCUCCAAGUUUGAUGAGAGAAGUGCCUUUCUCUACGUGCUGCACAAUGCAGAGGACUUCCAGAUUUAUUUCUGCACAGAGAUGCACUGUAAAAGGUUGGUCUUGCCCUUCUCAGCCUGUCUGAGUUCAUUUGUCAUCAUGAAGCUUUUAAGUCGAAAAUCAAACAGCUGACUGCUGACAUCGUAAGGUUUCUUUUAGCCUGUUCAUCAAAAUAAGCUUAAAAUUACAACUGAAACAUUACUUUAACUGUCAAUUUUUUGAGGCAAGAGCUAACCUGAAUUACAUGCCACUGAUUAUUAAGAAAGCCAACCUACUUGAUCAUACAGCAAUGUCGAGUCACAGCCUUGUUGACUACAAGAAAACUACUUAAUGGUAUACACAAGGUGAGAAAAUGAACAGGAUUUAGUAGAUCAGAAGAAAAAAAAGUAACAGCAACAAUAUUUUUGCAGCUUAAGUAAAAACAUUUUCUUGAAAUAAAAGUCACAGACAUAACGUAAUCUUCAUCAGGAUUCGAGGAAAGGUAAAACGCACAAAAAGCGAUUUUAAUAGUUUCCUAUCAAAGACAAAAUGCCUGAUUCUGUGAUGUUUAGCACAGAAUGAAGCUCAGUGUUGCCUCAUGCAGAACACAGGAGUCAUAGGCUCCCUCUGCUAUCAGCUGAAUAAAUCUUUCAACAGCUCAACACUAAUCACCCUCCAUCUUUUUAAACAAGGCAGCCCAUUCAAACACGUCUUCCCUCCUACUAUAAUGCUUCCCACACCCUGCUGCUGCUGGCAAAGCUUUGCCUCCACCGCCCUAGCCUCCCCCCUCUCUCUAGUAUGCAAGUUUGUUCGUGCCCUUAUGGAGGAUUUUGUAGUAUCCUCUCUAGAAAGCCAUGCUGCUUAGCUAACCUGUAGGGCACUUAAAAAACGGACUUUUAAGCACCAAGUAGAACUGUACUUCAUUAGGCAACCAUCAUCUUCAUCGUAGGGGAAGUUUCUGCUGACAAGUUUUGAUUGAUGCUGUUGUUAUUACAAUGGUCCCAAGACUGGGCCUUGGGGCACACCGUUUGAUGAUUUUAAAGAUCUUAAAUUUCAGAGGUCAGCCAGCACACACACUUUGUUUUCUUCCUUGUUCUCUGACUGCAGAUUCAUCUCAUUAAGUGUUCUUACUCCUAGUUUUAUGAUGGUGUUUGUUUAUCUUUCAGUAACUUAAAACAUGUGCUUAUGGUGUGUAUCAUCAUAUCUGACAUGAACAUGAGCAUGAUGAAAAACUGGUUUCAAAAAUACGAAAUCACCCAAAAGAAGGAUUAGAUUUUUACUUCUACAAAUCAAGCCAACAUUUUCUGACAUGUUUUUUAUAAAUAUUUAUGCCACUCUAGAGAGCUUGCAAACUUCCUCCCUCAGGUGUGAAUUUACGUCUUCAGUGCUUGUGCAGAGCCUCACAGGCACUGUUGUCAGCGCUGUCCUCAGGUGGCAAAUUUCACACUUUCUGCCACCACAAGCACACCUUGUCUUCUCUCUGCCACUGUGUUCCUGGCUUGCUGCUCUGCAAGGCACACAGUGUUCAGGCUCUCACAUCAGACACUCACGCGCACAUCCAGUUCUUUAAUGUGCAGAGUCAGUGAGUCAUGCCUGCUGUUGUCAUGAUGCUUCUCUCCUUUAACACAAAGCAAAAAGGAGUGACAUUGGGGAAAGAGAGGAAGGAGUGAGCAGAAGGUGAGAAGGAAGAAGGCAGACUAAAUGUGUAUCGAAAGAGGAAGAGGUGCACAUGCAUGAUUGGCAUGUGCGCAUGCAGGAGUACACGUGCAUCACAGAACACCUGCGGGCAUGUCCUGUGAGGCAGCAUGAUGAGGAGACAUGAUAAUUCACACUUUGGCGCUGUGACAGUGAUUAAGGUCAUUAUAUGUGUCUGUAUGUGUGGGAGGUGUGCAUGUAAACACACUGUAACCCUUCUGGAGAGGGCCAUCAGCUAAAUACCAACACUCACCGUCACAAUAUGUGCAUAAUGAAUCUCAAACAACAUGUGCAAAACCACGUUAAAUAUGUCUAACCUGAUUUAUCAUUGACGAAAUAUACUGCAAAUAAAAGGAAUCACAGUAACUGAGUUUUGAACCAUUAAUUGUGGUUACUUUUCCUGUUGUACACAUUUAUGACAAAGCAUAAAGUAAUAAAGUCAUUUAGUACCAUAGACAGCAGCUCUUAUGGCCAAUCCCAAGAGAAUAAGAGGAGUAUAGCAACAGUGAGUGCGUGAGUUUGUGGGCGCCGUCAGUAUUAUGAAUGCAGAUAGUGGGCACAGGCCCUAGAGCACUAUUAUGUUAAAAAAAAAAAAAAAUAGCUGGAAAUAAAAAGUGAGGUACAAAGUGAGGUCAGUGUUCUUCUUUAAAAAAAAAAACUCACAAUGAGGUAUCUCAUUACCACAGGCUUUCUGAAAACUCAAAUAAAGCUCUGUUAAAAUGCAGUGUGCUGAUCUGUCUUGGACUGUUGUUCUUUCAGAUUCUGUGAUCUGGUCAACAGCAUAACAGAGGAGGCCUGGAAAGGCCCAGAGGAGGGGGACUGUGACGCUGAUGCCUUGGAGGUGAGAGGAGUGGAGACUUUAUUCACACCAAUAACAGCUCAAAAGCUCAUACCAGGUUAUAUUUUAGCAUUUUAGACACUUUCUUGGAGCUGUGCAGUUUAUGGUACUUGCCAGCAGUCCAAACAGUACUCAUGGUGCAUGGUCAGGAAUAGUAAUAUAAAUGAUGGAAAAAGUUCUCUUCUUGUACCAGCAUCCUGAUGAAAAAAGACAAAAAUCACUUGCUUGUUGUCCAUGUUGAACAUGGAGUGCCAGAGGGGCACACCUCCCCUCUGUUAUAUGUGCAUAAAUGAGAAGCCAAGGCAGGGAGAGCCACAGCAAAGACCCUGACGUACAGGUACAACACAUGUAACACAGAUAAAUGUCAUUUGUCAUCAGAGGUAGGAGGUUGGUUUGAGGUGGGUUGCAAAACAGUUUCUGAAGGCAGCAGCAAGAGGAGACAGGCCGAUUUAGUUAAAAUAGAACCUUUGCUAAUUGGCUGCAUUGUAGGUAAUCAGCUGACCUGUCAGCUGGUAUGGGCUAGUGUAAGACCAGCUAAUGUACUCUUGGCUUUGUAGACUCCCUGAACUUACACCACAUUUGAUUUAUGUUGUACGCGCUUGGUUUUUAACAGAGCCUCUAAGAGACCUCUGUAUUCCCACCUAGUUUUCCUCUCCAGUUCAUCAGUUUUUAUUCUUAUGACUGAGUAGACAGCCAGCUGCACUACCCGCCUAAAUGUAGGGUAACCUGCUGGGAUGAGACCUGGAUUCUGCUCGUUUGCUUUGUAAGCUCUGACAGGACAGAACAGACACCUGCUGCUCUGUUCACCUGUCGUCCCAGCGGAGCCUCAGGAGAAAGAAAAGCUAAUUAUCCCAAAAUGCUGCCGCGCCCAUUUUGACUUAGCACAGGCAGGGAUCAAAUGUCAAACAGGUUUUAUGAGCCGUGUGUCUGUGUUUGAUGUAAUAUGAGAAUCAGCCGCCUGCAUUAACUGCUGGCUGCUCUCCAACCCCCCCCAACUGUCUUCAAAUCAAGGUCAUAACAUGUCUCCUGUGCACUUUUAUCACAUGAUAGGAAGAAAAGAAAAUUAGGUUUCAUUAGAGUUUCAUUCAAUUCUUUUAGAAAUUGAAUUGGAUUAUUUAUUGGAUUAGUUUGUUUGGAUAAAAAGAGAUGUUUUUCAUCCCUUAAAGAGAGGAAUAGUAAUUAUUUACUGGGGUCUUAAACAAGAUAAUUGUGAGCUUGUUGGAAAUGACUCAACAGGAUAAAAACCGUGAAAACCAAAAAUACAACUAUGCUUUUUUCUUUCCUCUCUCUGGCACACUUUUUUAGUUUUUUAAAGAAGUACCUAUACCCUUCCAUUGAAACAAAAUAGUGUUUUUCAUGCACGCUGAGAGUUGAAAAGCCGUUUAAAUGAGCAAAUCUGGACACUCAUCCUUCUUUGAAUUUAUAUUCAGGUCUUUAUAAACUGCUCUGAGAGACACUUGAUGCUGCUCUCUAGGACCUUUAUCAAACGCUUUAUGGAUGUUGCUGGUACAGUUAAUUUGCCUUUCCUCCUCUGUUAUUAUUAUCAUCAUCAUUGUGGUCUUUUGAUGUGUUUUAGCAAGUGCAGUUUUUAAUCCUGUGAGAAAUGACGGGUUGUAAUCAAUUCAUAAGGUGUGUUAUCAUGAUUUAAAUUUAACAUUAGUUUUACAUGACCAACACCUUGAUGUGCGCUCGUCUCCACAGUACGACUAUGAGUAUGAUGAACAUGGAGAGAGGGUGGUUCUGGGAAAAGGGACAUUUGGAGUCGUUUACGCGGGCCGAGACCUCAGCAACCAGGUCCGCCUGGCCAUCAAAGAAAUACCAGAGAGAGACAGCAGGUAAGAAUCUGCAUUUGUUUGCCAUCUGAAUGUGUUACUCAGACAGACUCUAAAGGUCCACUGGCAGAAGGUAAGCAGUUCAUGACAGAGGAUUUUUUUUGUCAUACUAUUCUGGUAUUUACUUGUAUCCUUCUGCAGAACAGAAAUGGUUUAACUCUGACUGUUUAUGUACACACUGGUUGCUUGCAGAGAGUUCUUCCUUGCUUUUUGUUAUCAUGAUGCCAUCGUUACCAGAGAUCACGCAGUAUUUUGUGUCCACUACAAAUCUGAGAGGUCCUCAUUUGCAGAAUUAGUCUUCUGAACGUUUAAGUUGUCUGGUGGGCACGAAAAUAGAGCCCAUUGUCUCCAGAGGAUGGACCUCAGCACUAUGGUAGCAAAGCAAUCCUGCUUUUGUACCAUCAUCAAUCCAAAAUGUAACAUUUGCUGUAUACCUCAUAAUCUGACUGCUUUGGACUUGAUUUAGCACAUUCGUGUUCAGAGGAUAAACGCCUUUCAUUUGAAGCCCCCCCUCAGGGCACACUCAACAUUUUUAGCAAUCCUUGCAAAUCCUCCAUUUGUUUUCCUCCUAAGCUGAUAUUACAGCCUGGAUGUAAACAGGUGUGCGGGCCGUUAAUGCCUCAUCAUGCUCAGCACUAAUGUUGAGCAUCAUUAAGGAAAGUGCUGCUUAAAGCACAGAGCACCAGUGUCCCUGAGGGUUUGUGGAUUUCUCUGAGCUCACAUCUAGAUAAGUGACUGGUAACUGGAGUUAAAUUGUCACCACUGUCUCUGGUCAAAACCACAUCUUUGAUUUCGUGACUUUCUCACAGACGAGACAACUCCUCUAUCAUUCCCUGUUUUACUAAAUAACUACAGCCAGUCAGCAGAGCGCUAGACUGCAGGGGAUACAGAGGGUUUGUGUAAAUAAUUUAGCAGUUGAUCAAAAUGUGAAGACAGGCAGAGAGAGACAAACAGAGUGUGUGAAUCAUGCAGAGUGCUGAAUGUGAGAGAAAAUUGUUGGAUGGCACGCUAUCAGGAUCAGACCUUGCUGUCUCUCGGGUUUUGGCCUUUUAGAUAGUCCAUCAGGGCAUUGAUUAAGUGAAAUAAGAGUUACAUCCACAUAAAUACUACACUCUUGUUGAUCAAUGCAUUUUCACUGUUAUGUAUUUUUAUUUGUGUGGUUUCCAAUCAAGUUUGAGGCUGAAAUAGAAAUAGUUGAUUAACAAGCACAAAAUAAGGGCCUGUGUCCACUGACUGCUAUAGGUUUCAUUGGUGGUUCCGUCUCCUGCAGAUUCAGAGCACUUUUUAGUGGCAUUUACUGUUGUAAGGUUACCAAAGUUGUCUCCUGACAUCUCGCUUUUGUAAUUGUCAUGUCUUUUUUUUUUUAAAUAAAGCUCAAUAUUUGCUUUCUAUCAAGGAGAUUCAGAAAUUGAAAUGUGCCAUUGAAAAAUGAGUCUUUUCAGUUUCACCUCAGCAGUUUGAGUUUUUUAAAUUUUUAGUUUUUUUUUUAAAUUAUUAUUAUUAUUGAUGAUAAAGUUGAUAUUUUUAGACUCACCUUUCUUGAUUUUGAUUUGUAAGUAAAGGAGAAAUGACAUUGAAGAGCACAGUGGUGCUCCAAAGGUGGGACUAUGUAAAACUAAGAGAAAGUGGACAUAGGUCCUUAUGACAUAUGUUUUUGAUCAGCAAAGCUGGCCAAAUCCCCAAGUAUGAAUGUAUUUUGACUUUGUUACCUUUUUACAGAGGUUAAUUGACAAUCUUUCUUUUAAUAUUUGAAGGUCUGUGACAAGAAGCAGUGAAACUUUUUUUAUAUAUUUAGAAUUCAAAAAGUGUUAUGGACUAAAAAGAGUUUGUAAGUUGAUGUUUGCUCCAUUGUGGUAGUUUCAGGUAACUGCAGUUUUAAGUUUUACUGCAGUAGUUCCACAGUCAGUGUUGUACAAGUUAUGUAGUAAGGAGUAUCACAUAAUCGCUGGUUGAGAAUGAUGAGACCUUGGGAUGUUGAAAAGAUGAAUCACUUUGACUGACUCAAAGGAGACUUACAUUUAAAGCCUCUAAGAUCCCUCUGAAGAGAAGAUAGAGUGCUGUAAACUCAAACCCGUAAGCCAAAGAAAGAAUAGUGAAUACCUGAAUUCAGUUCUUCUCCAACCCCUCAGAGUAUCAAGCAUUUUUUUCUAGGAAUUAAAGUCGUGGUUACCUAUUCUUUCUUAGUGUAAAGCAUGGCACCAUUUUUUAACACAGGUACUCUCAGCCACUGCAUGAGGAAAUUGCUCUUCACAAGCACUUAAAGCACAAGAACAUCGUCCAGUACCUCGGGUCCAUCAGCGAGAACGGCUUCAUAAAGAUCUUCAUGGAGCAGGUGCCUGGAGGUGAGAACCAGAGGAAUUAAGAAAAAAUAAAGAUAAGAAAACAUAUUCAGUGUGUUAAAGAGGAUGCUGGAGAAAAUUUAGAGGAAAGUAGUCAAGGUCUGUUCAGUCUUAAAGAAAUCCUUCAGCUGUCUUUUCUUGUCAUUAUCUAAAUAGAGACAAACAUAUGAGUUAACUUUUUACAUCUGCAGGUAAAUGUACUUGGAAUGACUUAAGUUACAUUCAAAAACUGUUCAAACUGCAAACUAAACAUAUCCCAAUUUGUGCUAAAAGGCCUAAACUGUAAAAGUGCCGCUGAUCUCAGGUCAGACUGAGCGUAGUUAUGGUUGAUGAACUUUUCCCUCUCUGGUCAGGGAGUCUCUCUGCCUUGCUGAGGUCCAAGUGGGGUCCUCUGAAAAACAACGAGCCCACCAUCGGCUUCUACACUCGGCAGAUCCUGGAGGGGCUCAAAUAUUUGCACGACAACCAGAUCGCACACAGAGACAUCAAGGUGAGGAGUAGCUAGUUAGAAGUGACUUUGUCUUCUUGUCAGAGCUUUUACUUCUUUUUCAUUCUUGGUUUACUGUAAGCAUUUACUCUGUUUGAUUAUUUUUUAUGAAUUGUAUGAGGAUGCUGAAAGGGAUGACCCUCUGAUGUAAAUGAAUUUAAUUGUAGGUCAUGUUUGCAGUUUGUAGUAUUGGGAAGAAUUAGUCUGUUUCCUGAGCAGUAAGGGCGACUGUGGCUAAACUUACGAAGGAAAGAGGGCACCAGCAGUGAAAUACUAAACUUUGUCAACAGGAAAUCCAGACAGGGAAAGAAGUCAGGGGUGAUCUGUGGCCUCACAGUUUGAUUGACAGGUAACAGCGAAAACACAACAAUAAUAUGAGGGGAAAAAACACCUGUAAGCAGAAAAGAGAAAGGCUGGACUGUCCGUCAGUUAUUGUAGAAAUGUUCCUUUAAAUAACAUUUAGAUUUUCCUGUACAAGCUAAAUAUAUUUCACAGAACAACAACCCCUCGUAAAAACAGUGAUAAAUAGAAAGAACAAAAUCCUGUAACUCUAAAUGCAGUCAAUAAGAUCUGGUUUGAUGACACUUUAAGAGUAUCUAAUCUGCUCUUUGCUGUUUCAUGUUUUCUUGACAGUUUUGGAUAAAAACCCAUCCUGUCUUCCUCCUCCCACUGUUUGUCAUAUAAACUCCACCCUCUGUGUGUGUGAUCUCUGCGAUGACACACAGCGAUUAGGGUCAGCACCCCCUCCUUGUUCAUCCACCUGCUUUAACAACAGGGUCUCAGAGGUGUCAUCUUUAAAUAUUAAUCACCUAGUUAUGCCGCCCUCUUCCCACACGCUGUGUUGUAACCUGCUGUUUGUCACCAAGGAUUUGCAGGCACCUCAUAUAUUUUUCCCAAAUCAUCACGGUGUCAGGAUCUCAACGAGGGGACAGAUGAGUCUGUUCUCACUUGAUGUCUUCCUGAUCCACAGGGUGAUAACGUUCUCAUCAACACCUACAGUGGCGUCCUGAAGAUUUCUGACUUUGGCACAUCCAAGAGGCUGGCUGGGAUCAACCCCUGCACUGAGACGUUCACAGGUGGGCUCCUAUGCCUCAAAACUGGCAAACUUCAUAGAUCCCUGUUUACUAAAACCCUCGAAUAGUGCGUCAUAUCUAUUGUUCAGAUUUUUUGAAGUGAGGUUGUUUGUCUCAUAGGUCUAAAAACAUGAGUUGUUGUUGUUGAACUGUCAGAAGUGAAUCACGUCAAAUAUGAACGCACAAAUAAGGACUUACAAUAUGACCUUCUCCUCACUGAGGUUUGAAAGAUAGAGAACAAUAACUGAAACUGAUUUAUCCCUAUGAGUUUGACUGUGUCCAUGUUUAAUAUACAGUCUGUGGCCUCUACAUGAUCCAUCAAAUCCUCCCACACCAGCACAGAGUUGAUUGAUUAUUUUAUAAACACAACUGUUGUCUGCUGUAGGAUUUACAUACAUAGAAUCUAUAUAGGAUCUCUUUCGACCUCUGCAUGUACAGGACAAUAUAAGCAAAGAGAUGGGUACUGGUACUGGUUUGUUCACAGAGGUCACUAAGAUCAACCUAAAAUUCAGUAUGAGGUCUAACCUAGCCUCAUACAUUUUCUGCAAACCUAUUACACAUGACAGAGUGUCCGCCCGGCCCUGUAAAUAAUCCACUGACUAUCACAAAGAUUGUCAAACAGCCCAGCUUAAGGAAAUCCCAACUUUCCCCUUUGGCUCUGGAAAAUCCCCUUUUCUGUGUAAACAUCAGGCCAAACUUUGCACAUUAGUGACCACAAGUAAAGCAGAGCUGUGAGAUAACCUCAAGCAGACACUACUUCAUCUCCUGCUGUCAUCAUUUCAGCCACUGUCAGCCCCUCGGCAAGUUAAGUGACAUCACUGAUAAUAGCCGACUGUUUCUAUAAGGAGGCUUUUAUUUUGGCAGGAGUCUGCGGUCACAUUAGGGCAGGCCUGUGUUUGUAUGUAGGAGACCAGUUGCAGAGGAUAACACCCUCCGUCAGCCGUCAGCUGAUUGGAACAGACAGGGACUUGCCCUGAAAGGUGGAGUUCUUUCAGGAAACUGGGCUACUCCUUUUUAUAGCUCUGGCCUGCUAUAAAUGAGCCCCUGCUCUGCUUUUAGCUCAGUACACAAGCCUCUAAAUACCGCCCAGCAGGCUAUUAUUAGAACAAAAGAGUCCUUCAACAGAGAGCUGAAAUGCUACUUUAGACUCAGCUGUGAUUAUAACAACACACAUACACACACACACACACACACACACACACACACAUGAUCUUUGCUGCUGCCCUGAUAAAACUUGCUUUACCUGCUGGUCAUUUGUAAAGAUUAUGUCAUCUAUUUACAACACAGAAACGGUACAUAGACUCGGUUCACGAUAUUUUUGGCAUUUACGUCAGCUCCAUUCAUAUGCUACCAAUGUCACUUUGUACCAUCACUGACUGUGAGUCACUUUGUGGCCUUGAAAGUGCACUCGAGACCUCUGUAAACUUUCUGCAGAGCUUUUUCAAACACCUGAACUUAUUUUAGUCUGAGUUUCAUCCAAAUGCUAAAUGAGAAAAAGUGCAUCAAUGUCGACUGAAGCAGGUUGUCCUGAUUUUCUUCCUCUGCUAUUGACAGAUUUAGACAGGAGGGAAUUCAGUCUGUGUUUGCUUGCACAUUUUUCAAGCGUCAGUAAAGGAGUGAUUUGUUUUGUCAUAACUUAUUUAUUAGGUGUUCUUGGUCAUUUAUCAAAAAAGCAAGAAGGAAAGUUUCUUGCAUUAAGAUUCAAUGCACAGAAGAAUGGCAUACUAAUAAAAUGAUAUAAAAAUCAUCUUUCUCAAAGUCCUAUCAAAGGAAGUUGCAUAAAUCAGGUAAAAAGCUUAUUUGCUUCCUUGCUUGCCAUUAGAUAUCAAAACAGAUGCCAGGCCUAUAUCUGCCUUUUAAAUACGAGUGGGUAUCAAGGGAGCUGUUUGUCUAGCUUAGCUUAAAGACUGGAGACAACUGUCGCACAGCUUGGACUUUAGUUAACAGAAAGAUAACCACACAAAGAUGCAUCUUUUUUGUCUAAUAUACGUAUACAAAAGAUAUCAUGAACUCUUCAAUUCCAUGUUUUUCUUUGGUAUGACUGUUCAAAAGACUACUAGCCCACAAUAACAUGUAUAUUUCAAUCAUCAAGUAUUGAGCUAUUUUUAAAGGCAGGUUAGUUUUAGGUUGAUUUUGUCACUUCUGAGAGACUUGACAGGUACAGUAAUUCCCUAAAUGACAGAGUGACACUUCAGCAGCUCCUGGUGAAACCCUGAAACCCCUUAAAGCCCACUCAACAGAAGUCACAAUAGUUUCUGAAAGCUCUUUGCCCUGAAAACCAACUAAAAACACUGUCUGUCUGCCGGCCUUUGUGUUUAUGUUUCUCUGUCCAGGCACACUACAGUACAUGGCUCCUGAAAUCAUAGACAAGGGGCCUCGUGGAUACGGGAAGCCAGCAGACAUCUGGUCUCUGGGCUGCACCAUCAUCGAGAUGGCCACAGGGAAACCACCUUUUUACGAGCUGGGAGAACCACAGGCUGCUAUGUUCAAGGUGAGAGACACCGGCAGAAACAAAAGCCCAUCAUCCCUCUGGGUAAUGUGUUUAAUUUUAGCAAACUGGUCUUUGAGGGCAGAUGAACAUCUGUUCCUGUGGUGAAAUCUUCCAUAAAGUUUUGAUUAACAGAGCCAGUGAACAGCUGUGACUGGGGAUGUGGUCAGUUUUCACGUCUCAGAGCUCUUAAUUGCUCCCCUGAUGUUUUUAGUAUGAUCUGAUUUUUCUUUAGUUUACUAAGUUUACCUAACCUGUAACUGUGAGCCUCACUGAAGUCCCUAAGCAUUCAACUAAAUAAUAAAAGGAGAGACUCUCUCAGAGACAGCUGAUUACAUUACAGUCACAUAUCAUUUAAAAUACACUCACAAGCUUACUUAAGAGGUCAAAAAAACACCCUAAAGGUACACAAGAACAUCUCCUCUCGCUGUAAUAUACUUAAUAUGAUUAGAUAAGAGUUGAACAGUUAAAACAGUUCAAUAUUGACAUAAUGGAAAAACAGUGUACAUGCAAACUGUUAGCUUAUGAAACUGGUUGUUUUAAAUCUUCUUUGAAGUCGAAUCCUCAUAGGCUUUGUAUUUCUAGGCUGCAUGAAAUCACGUCCAUGAAAUGACAGUUCAAAGAAAGGACUCUGCAGACUGAGAGUUGGCUCAAAGGAGCUUGUAGCACAUCAGAUGUGGAAAUAUGUUCCUUUAGAUUGAUUGAAAAGCUAUGAGCCUUUCACGUAAUUAGAAGUGGACCUUUUUUUUUUACUCAAGAGAUCUGAUAUGUGCAUCAGACUGCAAUAUUCAACUUUCACUGAAAUGAUGUACAAUCCCAUUGUGUUUAAUCUUCUCUGCUCCCUCUGGCUUCACAGCCUGUGUUCACUCUGUGCUGUAAAAAAACAUAUUCUCCAACGCCAUCAAACUAAAUAAAAAGCAGCUCUGACGUCCUUACAUAUUGCCUCCCUUUUAUGUAAAAAAAAAAAUCAGCUGUUCUGCACCUGCUCUAUGGCACCACCUGCAUGUUGAUCAAGCCCAGCCAAAACUCCAAAUAACGUCUGUGCAAGAACAUUUGUUUGAACACAAACAAACAUGCGUAGCUCUCUGAGACAAGCCCACAGAGACUUCCUACGUGCCCUCUUUUUCCAGUGUCUCUGUGUGUGUUUGAAACCUAUUCUCACACAGCUCCAGUGAAACAUGGUUUGGAGCCGCAUGCAGCCCAUUAUAGACAGUAAAGAUGUUUAAGGGCUGUCUGGAAGGCAGGCCGGCUCCUGUCAAAGCUAUGAAUCAUGCAUUUUCCAUAAGAUGGAACUUGAUUAAAGGGCCAUGCAUUUAACCAAGGCUGAGUGUGUUACAGUGCUCAGAAGACCCUCCAGUAAACAGAGCAUGAGUGCAGGUACAGCCAUCCCCUCUCUUCUGCUGGAUGAAGAUCACAGAAUUCAUGCAGCUGCAAGCACUACCUCAUCAUCUUUAUCUCCAACUUAUUUUGACUGCAGUUUGGAGUUCAGAGUCGACACAAAUGCUAUAAUAAUCCUCACUGAUUCUUCACUUAUCCUUGAGGAAUGUCUCCAGGGAGGGGCAUCUCCAAGCUAAUCUUGAGUCAACAUUCCUCAACAGCAGCGACAGGAAUUUCUGGCCCUCUUACUGUCAGGAGAGUCUUGAACUUUGAGCAUUAUUCUCUUCCUUGCAGCACACUCUCAAAGUGCACUGGGUAAACAAACAUGCUGCACCCAAGUUGACUCCUACCAGUAAAAGCCAAGUCCUCACAGCUUUCAUUUUCAGCUUUAACUCAGAUAGUCCUUUCAAGUGACUUCUGAUCUGGCUGAAAAUAAAUCUGUGUCUUUUCUUUGCAGGUGGGCAUGUUUAAGAUCCACCCAGAGAUCCCAGAGUCCAUGUCUUUGGAGGCCAAGGCUUUCAUCCUGCGCUGCUUUGAGCCCGACCCAGACAAGCGCGCCACUGCCUUUGACCUGCUCACUGACGAGUUCCUCACCGUAACGAGCCGCAAGAAGAAGAGCAAGGGUAGCUUCACAGGUUAGGCCUCUUCAGCAAAGUCAAAGUGAGGAUACAUGGGGUUCAGAUAAGGUUGUUAAAAACAAUAACAACUGGCAAAAAACUCCCAGUAUUCAUCGGAAGGAGCUAAUAUUAAAGUAACAAAUAUGUUCCUGUUACUGGAGCAAAAAAAAGCUUUAAUCUUGUAUCUUUUUCAUUGAAAUCGGACAUAUUCAGGGAUUUUUAAGAACGUAACUUGGUUUAGAAGAAGCUAAUUGGUUAUCUUUUCAGCUAUUUUUUUCAAACAAAAGUUUUGCUUUGUUUAUCUACCCAAGCCCUGAACAUUCUGUUCACACUGAACCUGAGGUAUAGCUGACACAGUUUAAUAAUUUAGUGAUUAAAAGUCAAUAUUUAUUUUGGCUGUGCAGUGUCUUCAAAUGUUCCUCAGCUAUUUCACCUGCUGUAACCUCCGUACUGUGAAACAAAAACAGCCUGAAACCACCUUUGUCCUCCUGGUCUGGACUGUAAUAAUUAAGGUCCUCAUUGAGGCUGCUGUAGUGAAACGUUCAUGUGGUUUGGCCUCAGAAAGACAGAUCAGAAAAACGUUUUUAUUCUUGAAGUGUUUUUCUGGAUCUCUGACAUGAAAUCAUGUUUUUCUUUCUUCUGUUUGGUGUUCUGAUGCUUCUCAUGGGUUUUUUCCUGACAGCUCUUUCACCGGGGACUGGUGAGUUACUGAACUUUCUACACUCCUCUUUUCCAUUCUUUCUGCCUGUCUUUCUUGUUUCUUCCUUCCUCCCGUCCUUGCCAUCUUUUGUCAUACCUUCCUUUAAUUCUGUCUUUCUUGCCUCCUCUUUAAAUGUUUGUCUUUAUUUUAAUUUCUUCAUAGUUCUUUUUUCAUUCCUACCCCUUUUGUCUUUUUUCUUUAUUUUACUCUUUUUAUUUUUUCUCUUCUUUCAUUAUUUUUUUCACAUUUUUCUCUUUAACCUUUCUCUUUCCUCUCAGUUUGUCUUUUUCCUUUCUCCCUUUUUUCUCUUUCCUUGUAUUUUUUGUCAUUGCUUCUUUUUCAUCCUUUCUUCCCAUUUUUCAUUUUCUUCCUUCCUUUUUUUAAUUUUGUUUUCUUUCUUUUAAAGAACAAAAGAAAUAAAGACAAUCCUUUUUUUUCUUUCUUUCAUUUCUCUGUUUUUGGUCUUCCUUUCUUUAUUUUCCUUCUUUCUUACAUUCUUCAUUUUCCUUUUUGUUUUGGUUUUAAUACCUUUUGUUCCUUUUUUUCUUCCAUUUAUCAUUUUUUCUUUCUUGUAAUUUUCUCUUUUCUUUCCCCUUUUCUUCCCUUGCUCUCAUUUAUUUUUCAAUUUAUAUUCUCUUUUAUUUUUCAUAUUCCUCCUUCCUUUUACCAGUUUUCCCUCUUUCUUUAUCUUCAUGUUUUGCUCCCUCUUUUUAAUUCUUCUCCUGACAAACUAACCACUAAAGGGUGUGCUGUGUAAUCUGUAUAUCAGAGUCUUAAACAUCAGCUAAAGAGAAACCAGGUUUGGUUUCCAUUUUUUCUCUCAGUGGUCCCACUUGCACGACUUUGCCCUCUCAGAGAACUCGAAGUAGAUGUUGGACAACAUAACUUCUUUCUGAUUGUCUCUGUAAUCUCUUGUGUUUUUUACACAAUAACUAUAAUUUGCAGCCAGACACAUCAGACAAAGCUCCUCACUCUCUAAAUAUGAUGAGGAGGAAUUAUCUGAUUCUUCUCUCUGACAAGGAAAACAAUUUUUCCAUCAGCACUUUCACAGAUUUUCUUUUUCUUUGAGAUGAACAGCUCCUGCGUCCUCACUUCUCUUCCUCUGUGCUACAAAAAUAAACAUUAGCUUGGUAACGCAUAAUUGAUGCAACAGGCAGGAGUAAAAGAUUUGAUUCUGUCCUUCAGAGUAUCUGCGCAGUAUCUCUCUGCCGGUGCCGGUGGUGGUUGAGGACACCAGCAGCAGCAGCGAGUACGGCUCUGUCUCCCCAGACAAUGACCUCAACACCAACCCCUUCAUCUUCAAACCUAGCGUCAAGUGCUACAGCGAGAGGGAUGUCAAAGGGCCCCGCUCACUCUUCCUCAGGUAGAACAAGUAGGGCCCAGACAGGUUCAUUUGUCAAAGGGUCAAGGUCUGUCAUGAUACAUUAACUCAUAAAGGCACAACUAGUCCAAGCAAAGACAUUCAUGAUUGAUUUACUUUGUAUUUCUAGCUUAAUAAUACAUCAUGGAAUUGCAGAGUAUUUGGGAAAAAGUAAAAAAGGUUCAAACAGAUUCAUUUUUAUUCUUAGCAUCCCGGUGGAGAACUUUGAGGACCACAGCGCCCCUCCAUCUCCAGAUGAGAAGGAUUCAGGUUUCUUUAUGCUCCGAAAAGACAGCGAGAGAAGAGCAACGUUACAUCGCAUCCUAACAGAGGACCGAGACAAGGUGGUGACCAACCUGAUGGAGGCAAUAACACAGGUGUGUGGUUGAAACUUUGACCAAUCAGAUGUAUGCUUCAAAGCGAUAGAAAAAAAAUCCUCAUCUCCCUGUGAUGGCUUUUAUUCCUGUCUCGCUAUGACUGAUUCACCUCCAGGGGUCUGAAGAUAUGAGGCUGAAGCCCCAGCACAUCUCUACAUUGGUGGUUAGUCUGGCCGACUUUGUUCGCAUGGCAGACAGGAAAAUUAUCGCCAACACGCUGUCUCAACUCAAGCUGGAGCUGGACUUUGACAGCACUGCCAUCAGCCAGCUGCAGGUCGUGCUGUUUGGCUUCCAGGAUGCUGUAAGUGCCAAACCCAGAAACACUGACAUUAUGAAAACAGACAGAUAGAGAGUAGAAGAAGGAGGAGAACUUAAAGAAAUUUUAAAAUGCUGUAGGAAAAAAAAAACAAGCCGUUGCUUCAAGCUCAUUUCUGAUGCUAAAAUUCUCCUCACAUGCUGCUCAUUUUCUUUCUCCAGCUGGAACAUGUGAUUCUCUGUCUUUUUCAAUCCUCAGCUGAAGGCAUGGCUGCUUUUCAUCCUCUGCAGAAACCGUGUCUUCUCUGGACACUCCAGUAUAAUUGUUGUCAUUUCACACAAGCUGCAGGCUGCAGCAGGCUGCCAUGUUGCAGCUUUGCCUGCAUCGAGACUAGACAGCUGACGGUGAAAUAUUUUUAACCUUUGUGUGAGGAGAUAUGGGGUGAAUCUAUCAGGGAGUUAAUGCACAGUCUGUGACACAAAGGCUGCAGCGCUCUGUGUCUCAGAAAUGAAGUUUUGCAGAUGAAAUGACUCCAGAGCAAGUGCUUGUUUUUAUGGUUUCAGGGGUUGUUGCAUAAUCCUGCAAGAAGAUGAAGCUCUGAUGCCCCCUUCUGGUCAUCAGUGCAAAACAUUUAAAGUUAAAAAAAAGGAGCCAUGCAACUGAAAUGCUGCACAGAUGGAUUUUUAGAGCAUUGAUUAUGAAAUAUGAUUAUUCAAAUUGGAUUAUUUGGAAAUGAAACUGACUCACGAGGGAGCAUUAGUGCAGAUUUUAUCAUGUAAGCAAAGAGAAUAUGGUGAAGUAGUGUGGAGGUGACAAGCAAGAAAUAAGGAGAGCAAAGUGUUCGAUUUAGAUGCAGGCAUGGAUAAAUGAAGAGUAACAUCCAUCAGAUAUUAUCAUUAAAAUGUGGGAUGUCAAGUACGAAUGAAAAUAAAGCAGGAGUGUGGUUUUUUCUAUUUUAUUCUUAAUGUCUCUAGGUGAAUAAAGUGCUGCGAAACCACAACAUCAAGCCUCACUGGAUGUUCGCUCUGGACAACAUCAUCCGAAAAGCUGUGCAGACAGCAAUCACCAUCCUGGUGCCAGGUAACAUCAAUAAAGUCUGGAGCCAAACUUCUCUAAAUCAGUUAUGGCUGAUCUCUGGAGGCCGUGCAGACUGCCUGAUAAAAUAUAGGGUUUGCACUGGAAGCUGGAGCGAUCACAGAUUUAUGCUGGGAGACAGAUGUUUGAAAGUUUAAAGUUUGAUGUUGGUGAUCACCAAAGACUGCAAUGCAUUAAGUGACAGAGGUGGAUCUAGUUUUUCAGAUAUUGUACCAAACACAAAUCAACCAUCUGACUGAGUGAAAUUAAACUUUCAAAACAGAAGGUUGACAUGCUUUGUCAUACUUGGGUCAGGAUAUGUGUUUAUUUUGUAAAUGAACAAUCAAAGUGCAAGUAAAGCUGUCUUUUGCUCCAGUACAUAGAAUGUUUCUCAAUAUCUAGCAGCCAGAUUCUAGCCUGAAAUGCUCCCAUUUCAUUGGUGAAGUGUAGUAAUCAUUUAGGACAAGAAGCUGCUAUGAUGUUGUGUAACUAUGAGCUGUCUUUGUGAAGUUUUUAAGUCUAUCAUUACAAAUUCUUUUGCACAAACCACCACUUUAUUAUUUUUUGUCCUCUAACUAGUUCAUUUUGCAUCCCAACUUACUAAACUUAAAACAUGUAUGUUAAUAGUUUAUUCUUUGCUUCGUAAAACAAAUGGUGGUGUUUAAUGGUGACCUCUGUAGGAGGGGACCUGUCACUAAUACAGAUUUAACAGGUGAAAAAAAACAAAAAGGCCUUUAUUUCAGGCAAUCUAAACAUACCUGUGAAUGUAAUAUUCCAAGUGCUCUGCUAAAUGGUGCUAAAUGCUGCACACUGCACUUUUAAGGCAGCAGCUUUUCAUUGAUUUUGUCAGUAAUUCAUCCAAUAGUUACUGAAUAGAUUAAGCAUGAGCAAAGAAAGGUUAAGAACAGCAUGAGCUGAAGAUCACAUAUUGAAAUGUUUAGUUUAUGCAUCAAAGUCAUCCUAUAUGUCAUCCUUCAUUGCAUUCAUAAAUAAAUGCUUUGUUUCUGUUCUUUCAGAGUUGAGGCCUCACUUCAGUCUGGCCUCAGAAAGCGACCCCGCUGAGCAGGAAGACGUAGACGAUGAUGCUGAGGAUAGAAACUCCACCCACCAGAGCAGGCCGCCUCCUGUAGCCGCUCACGAUGACACUGUGGCCACGUCAGGAGUCAGCACGCUUAGUUCUACUGUCUCACAUGAAUCUCAUAAUGCACAGCGCUCUGUGAGCAUGGAGCUGGGCAGGAUGAAGCUGGAGACCAACAGGUAGCCACAAACACUUGGAUACUGUGAUUAGAUCAAGUACGGCAGCCUUCAAAAGAAUAACCUCUUCUGGUGUGUCUGUUGUUUGGACCUCAGGCUGCUGGAGCAGCUGCUGGAGAAGGAGCGAGAGUAUCAGGGCAUCCUGCAACAAGUGCUGGAGGAGAGAGAGCAGGAGAUCAGAUUACUGAGGCUGAAGACUGAGCCUGCAGGUGCAGACUUGACCCCUGUUUACCUCUUCAUUGUAUUCCCUACCACAGCACAAUAUAAGCUACAGUGACCACAUGUGGUGUAAAUGUGUCCACUUUGUCUUUAUUCAUGCACAGACGUUUCCACAUCAUCAGGGGUCUCAGAAGAACAAACAAAUCAACCAGCAGCACGACAUGAAGACCCCGAACUGACCAGCUGGCUGAGGCUUUACGGUGCCGACCAGGACGCCAUCAACAAAGUGAGACCCUGAUUUGACUUCACUGUGAUCUCAUUAACAUUACACUUUAACACAGCAGCACACUGUUUCUCAUGGUCUUUUGUUCAUGUAGAUACUGGAUGAGGAGUACACACUGAACAACAUCCUCCACGAUGUAACCAGAGAGGAUCUGAAAAGUUUAAGACUGAGGUAUUCAAAGAUUUCUUCUUGAUCUUUUUAAGACAAAUGAUUGUUUCAAAGUCUAGAAAUUAAACAUUUUGACAACUCCGUUUUGUUUCCCAAUCAAGUUUGUGUUCCCUGUCUUUCUUAUCAGAGGUGGAAUCCUGUGCAAACUUUGGAAGGCCAUCACAGACUACAGGCAGAAGCCAACCUGAAGCCUUAUGUGGUGACAACCACUCAGAGAAGCUCAGCCCUUUGUUCCCCCAGCUCAGUGUUCUCCUCUUUACCUCAGUAUUUAUAGGAGCCAGACUUUCAGGAGGAGAACUUGUGUUUGCAGCACACACUGAGCGAAUGUUGACCCACAUGAAAAAGGAACUCCUCUACACGUCUUGUUGGAGUAUUUUCAUACUUUAGGAGGAGAAGUUACUUUGGAAGCAGCAAUUUCAGAGAAGUGCCACUAGUUUUGCUACACCCUACGGGCUUUACAGAGCAUUUUGUCACAUGUGUGUAACUAAAAAGGACAUUUUGUGAGAAUUUGUUGAUAAAAUCUUGAAAACAGUCAAAACUUUUCCUCCUGUCUUUACAAUAUGAACUGUUUACAAAACUGGAGACUGACCGUUUUCUAAUAUAAGCCUGAGAUACAAGAGACUACAUUCAAAUCAUCCGUACCCUUGAUGCUUUUGUUGUUUUAUUAUUGAAAACUUAUCACUACUUUAUUUAAAUGUACUUUUAAUUUAACUGUCAUGGUGAUCUGAAGGAAGUCAGUGCAUGCCCUGUUGUUUUGCGACUUAUUUAAUUUUUUUUCCCCCACAUUUUCUUUUAUAUUUUUUAUUUUUAUUUUGGUCAUGUAAAUACUGUGUUACAAAGAAUUCUAUGUAAAAGACAUUUACGUACUUACAAAAUACAAUGUCUGACAGAAGUACGUCUCCACAUGGAUUGGAAAGAGUCUAUAAUGAACACAUUUGAGAAAUGAAUUGUAAAGUAUUGUAUCUCCUAGUGUCACAAAUUACAAGCGAUUUUUUUUUUCAGUUAGUGACUGGUAUAACGUCAUCUGUUUUUAUUGUUGUACACUGACAGAAUUGUGCUAAUCUUGCUUGUGUAGACAAAAUUAUUCAAUCAGAUGUACUAUGUUGUGCUGAAAACUCUGAACUGCAAAAAAGUUUCAUACAGAAGAGCCUUGACCUUUUUUUUAUUUUACAACAUGAUGUCAGAAAUAAGGAAGAUCGUCCUGAGCAGUGUGUCCAUUUUGUUUCAUAUCUAAAAUUAUUCAAGAUUUGUGUCAAAUUGUUAAAAUAAAACUUUUCAUCUUGAACUGUGAAAAAA